GUGAAUGAUAUGUUGUGGUCAAACAUAGAACUGCACCCUCACAGAACACGCCACUUCGUCACAGUUACAGAGGGAGGGAAAGACAGGUAAAGUUAUUAGAACAACUGGAAACAAAUGGGUGAAUUAACGAGGAUUACAUCGAUGGACAAGUCCCGGGGGAAGAAUUACGAAGAAAACAACUGCACAAUAGCGUUACAACGAGCGCUCCAGUGUUUUAAGAACUGAAGGACUCGGUUUGAGAUGGACUGCACGUGGACUAUUGCUGUGUUUAAAGGCAAGGUGUCGACCACAGCUUCUCAAGGUGAGUCAAAUUCACAAGUUGUCAUCCCCUGAGUGCCGUCUGGUUGAGUUUUGGCCUUGGUAUAUUCCUGUGAACUAUGUUUUUACUCGUGUUACUGCUGAUAUCCCACAAGGCCUGGCAUAAAGUGAAACACUCAGUAGGCCUACUGCUGGGCUAUUAACUGCUCCAUGUAUCCAUUUGUGUAUGUAUACACAUAAUCAGGGCUCUCAAGUCUCACGCACUCAGCGUGAGACACACGCAUUCCCACCUGUUCACACGCUCACACGCCACACAUCGUAUUUCUCACGCAUUUAAAUGAACAUGGUGAUGUCCACCAAGUUGCACCUCUUUAUGGAACAGGUACGAAUCAACUGAGUUCCUCCGAGAGUUCAGAAGCUGCGUGCCACGCGCAAGCCAAUCAAAUAAAGUAUAUCUACUGAACAGCCAAUCAAAAAGCAGCAUUGCUGUAUCCGGGUAGAUUUUGAUAUCUUGCGGUUUGACUACAGGAGAGGACAGACACUCGCCGUAAUAGAGCAGGUUUUUAUAAGGACGAGAUAGACCCGAUGAUUACAGUAAGUCAGUAACCUACACAUGCAGAGACCUCAACACCUCAUGGCAUAUAAACUCAUAUGAUAAACUAAAGCCCUAUGCUAUUGCUAUUAACAGCUGUAUUGACGGAUUUAGCCUCCGUACAGCCAUUUCCAGCCAUUUUCCCCUCCACAAAAGCUGCAUUUCUCAUAUAUCUCAAAUAUAAGUUCUGAUACUCAUGACAGUGUAAUGCUCAUGUACCAAAGGAUUAAGUAUCUCCAUGUUUGUGAAACCUAUACUAAAGUAAAAUUCAUCUAAAUGCUCCACAGUGCUGAUUUUAAAAACGUUUUUUUCUAAUUGUGCCCCUUGUGCUCCGUUGUAUUUAAGAGAUAAUUAUACUAAUAGUUAUCUUCACAGCAGGAAAUCUCACUCUAAGCUUAGUUCAAAACUUGAGAGCCCUGCAUAAUUAUUGGUAAUUUGUGUAAAUGUAGUGGUUUGGGGAUUAUAUGUUACCAGCCUGGUGUCAGUAUUGUUGAUAAUAGCUUAAAAAGUUCAUUAGCAGAUCUCUGCUGAUACAUACAGACCAUAAGGCCACACAUUUAUCAUGUGCAUGCAGUUCAAGCUUACAUGAGGCAGCAACUAGCUUCAGCAUAUUGGUGUGUAUCUUAAUAUUGGCCAAAAUGAGAUUCUGAAAUAUUGGAAUUAUUGUUAAAAAUCCAGUAAAAAGGGGGAGACUCAACAAAGAGUUUGUUUUUUUUGGACAUCUGUCAACAACAGCAGCUGCUUGUUGUGAGGAAGAUUUGUAGAUUUGAUUAAUUUACUUCUUCCACUUGUAACUGUGUGUUUGAUUUGUUUUGUUCGUCCAGCAUCUUGUCUGUGCGUUUCGUCUAAAAUUGAAGUGAUCUCACCUGUUGGUUGGUAGCAAACAUCAUCCAGUAGAGGAUAUCUUGCAGUGAUUCACAUUGUUUUUUAAAAUUGUACUUUCUCUGUCUUGUAUUUUACAUCUUAAGCCCCGAGAAAAUGCUGGUGGCAGGUUUUAAACUGCAGCACUUUCUUGAUAUCUGUAUUUAGUGGCAUUCAUUUUCAAAUAUUAAGUUAUUAAAUGACAUUUGUUUUGGACACUUUUAAACUUUUUAUAGUUAGAGAUCUAAGAGUGUCAGCCAGUCUGUGUGACAUUAAAACAUUCAAAAUCAAGUAUGUGCUGCACUUUUUAAGCCCUUGUGAAAUUAGAGCCCAGAGCAGCUAUUAGAGAGUCCAGACUUGAGGGGGGAUAAUAGAUCCUUAUUACACUUUCGGAGUAAUAGGGUCACAUCCAACUACAUUUCUUUAAGUUUCCUCUCAUUUUCCUCUAUCUAGAACCUUUUAGAUGUUGUUAAAAUGUUUCUGCGUAUCGUGCUUAUGGGUGUAUUUGGAUACAUACAACAAGUAAGAGUGAAAUGAUAGGAAAAACCUCCAUAGUGGGGUUGUUUGUGUUCACUAUGGAUGUUGUAUGUAUAUUACAUCUGAGUAUUAGUGUGUUUGAAGGUGUGUGUGUGUCAGAGAGUGCAUUCAUGUAUGAUGUAUGACAUGAUGACACUGUUUUUUGCUGUAAUAAUAAAAUAGAGUCAUUUUCGAGAGAGAGAGCUCAGUAAUGACAGCAUUACCGUCACCUUGUCAAAAUAGACCUGCUGUGUUUUUGUCCAUUAAGGUAAAUAUACUUGCUACAAUUUCUUACAUGCUUUCAGGGCAUGUACAUAAACACACGUAACAGACACAGGCAGGACCAAAACACACACCUGUUAUCGCUUUUGCAGGAAGAAACAUAUCAUCAGGUCUAAUCCCGAAUAACCCUGUGAAAAAUCCCGGACAUACGCUUUGUGUCUCACUGGCACAACUUCAUAUGAGCCCUCUUCCAAGUGAAAAAUGUUAUAUGAUAAGACCUUUUUAAUUUUACCCAAUGAUAAGGAAAAGAGUUUCUUUGCUGCUGUAAAAUCUCCUAAAGCUUUGGAUACAGUGUCAUUCUUAAUGAAAGGAAAGAAGAAAAUACGACCCAUUAAUCUUUGCUCCAACUAUGUAUAAAUGUAUGUUUUUUUCAACUGUGCAUGAUAACAAACGAUCAGUAUGCAGCAGCUGGUUGGAUCCAUCUUCACUUGAUUGAACAAUAAUUAUAAUUUAAUGAAACUCAUGAUUCAUGUGGAUGAGAAGAACAUGUUUCUUGCAGCGUGACAAACACUUUACUUCAGAUAACUUAUACACCAGUACUUCUAGUGUAGUUCUGAUUAGGCAUGUGCCGAUAUGAAAAAAUUGAUUUCAUGAUAUUGGUGGCCCAAAAUAUCACGAUUCACCAAUAUUAUCACGAUAUUAGCGCAUUGCUUUUAACGUUAUUAAAGAUGGCAAAAAACUGCGAAAUCACUUCUCUGUGCACAGCAUGACACGCACAAACAAUAUGGGCAAGAUACCUGCUCCGUCUGUUUUGUGAGGCCGUAAAAUGUCCAUACUGCCGACGAAACCUUUUUAAUAGGAGGAUACAGCCAAGGCGUUUCGUCAUUCUCAGUCUCUGACUGUUCUUGGUCCGGUGUUAUGCCAUAGAAUGCACCCCUGCCGUUGAAUGCGCCCCUGAUGGGAGCGCGGUUAAAAGUACAUCACAGGGCUAAAUAAUCCAAGUUUUCCUUAGUGUUGGGUGGAUUCAAAAGCCUUUAAUGAUUUCAUUCAGACUAUUCAGAUAAGCCGAAAACAAUAGCUCUCUGAUUCGGAAUAUUUGCUGUCCCGAAAAUAUAAUGCUCUCUACCUUGACAGCUUACUGUACAGUUUAUGUACCCAAGUACAUCUUUAUAUGUGCAUUUUUGGACACAUAAAAACAGAACGAAAGUUUGCUGCUCCAUUUGACAUGUUGUCAUGAUCCAAUACUCGUGUUUUUAAAAUAUCAGAUCACAUCUCCUCCACUUUAAGAAGCUAAUGAGCGGAUGGGAUGCAUGCAUUUUGUUGUAAAAUUUCUUCAUUUUCUCUUUUAAUGUUCCUGUUUUUGUCAGGCUGGCAUUAAUGUACUUAAUUCGAAAGUUUGUUUUUGAUUUGGGACUACUUUUGUGGUGCUUUGUUUGUACUUUUUGCUACCGAGGCUUUGACACCGUGGGUAAGACUACAAGCGGGUUAGGUUGGUAAGUACUCGGCUUCGCUCAUCUCCGCUGAGUGACGCGGCCACUCGUCUUUAAAUUAUAAUUGUGGAACGACUAUUACAGUACCUUACUAUUUCACCAUUGUGGCCGUUUAAUAUCGAAUAUUGCAAUUAAAUCGUAUAUCGACACAUCCCCAGUUCUGAUCAGACAGUAAUUCAGAAAGUACCUAUGAUAUUUAUAUAUUCAUAUAAUAUCAAUCAUUACUGUUCAAGUUUACCCACUUAGCUAAGAUUAGGUGUGAUUUCUGUAGUUUUAUUGAUGAUGAUGCUUACAGAUAAAACAUGAUCAUUGGUGUGUCAUACUGAAAGUAAAUAAGAGAAAUAAAUACUCAUUUAAUAAGUGCAACAAUUUUUUUUCAGUAAACAGUGCAUUUUGUACAAGUUGAAAGUAACAUUAGAAACAGGCUAAUGGCCUGUUUAAAUCUUUCAUUUAUAGGAAGGCAACAAAACAGGAAAUUAUUUUAUAUGUAUGUACAGUUGAAUAAAAGAUAAAAAAAAAUCAUCCAUCAAAUGAUAUCAAGUGUGCAUUUUAAACAUGUAACAAACAACAUAAAAUAAACCUUUUAAGGUGCUCUCAGUUCUUCAGGCUGUCAGCAGUUUCAGGUUAUUUCAUCCUGAGCAAGACGGUCUGCCUCAUAAACAUGUAAAAACCUGAUAAUGUCACCAAGUUUGUGGCUGCACGAAACAGCGUGGUAAAACGCAUCAAGCCUUUGUAGGCUUAGUGGACUGCAGGGCCUGUUUUCCUCACUUACGGCUAAGACUGAACGAUAUAUCCUUUGAACGUCGAAAUUGCAAUAUGUACAGGCAGGAUGUGCAAUAUCAGUCACAUGACAUGAAACAUGCCAUGCUGUCACUGUUUCCUCGUCAAGAAGCUAUCAUGCACUGCAAGCACUUUAAAGCCUGUGCAGUUGCAGGGAAUACUGUGUUUGCUAUAGAAUUAAUUUGUAUUUAAUAUAAGAGCUUGACUAAACACAUAGAGAGUGCUAUGACAGAUUUACAGGAACAUUUUAUUUUUGUGGGCUGCUUCUAAAGUUUCACUCAUGCUCCUCACGUUUAAGGUUUAGAGCACCAGUGCUGUUUGGUGGAAAAGUUUAGUUUGACUCCUUUCUCCGCAGUUCUUGGAGUGAAGCAAAAAAGUUAAAGGUACAGUUACCACCACUGUUUUGGAUGGGGAGAGACUUGAUUUGACAAAGAUAUCCAUCUAGACUUGAAAACAAAGACUUGUAAAACCCUUGUCUGAGUAACUUGGGAUGCAGAUAAGACUUUCAGUACAUACAUCCAACUUGUGUGUCAGUAUUAGACAGAAAACAGGGAUUAUAAAUUGGAAUUGCUUAGACUGUGUUAUGGAUUUUUCCACUCUUUCCUGAUCAGCUGGACCUGUUUUUGUCUGAUAUUCUUAGUUUUUUCUCGAAGAUCUUUCUUUCACCCUAAACCUCCACAUCUUAGACCAUCUUCCUCACUCUUACACAUAUCGCCCCUCUCUUCUUCUCUGUCAGAGUCAAAUUUGUUUAUGCACAUAUAGUAUUGCUCUCCAAUUUGGAGCUGCGUUCCAUUAACAUGUGUUUUGUCCGUCCCUGCAGGCUCUGCUCUGCUUCACAGGUUGAUUUACAGCUCUUAUCAAAUACAUAUUGCCAAGCGAGUGAGACGUGCAACCUUUCAUUUGCACGCCGCCGCCCUGCAAAUUCGACACGCUACAUUAACAAGAAAAAUGACUGCUGCUAUGCAUGCCAAGAACCUGUGUAUGUGAGUGCGAGUGUGUGUUUGAGAGCAGAGGAGUGAGAAAGAAAGAUGAAUAAAAGGGUUACAGAAGGAAAUACUGUUAAGUGAGUGUGUGAGUGUAAGCUUUAGCCCCAGUGUGGUUGAGUGAACGAGAGAGAAAGAGUUCAGAUGUUUAAAGUUGUUUAAUUUAUCGUUGCAAGCGUGUGUCAGCUCAACAGUGAUUUAGAGUGUGUUUAACAUAAGUGAGACAUUUCCUGGUAACCCACCAAUGAACAAACAAACCAGUCGAGCUAAAGUUUAAAAGACUAAGAGAUGAAAUAAAUUAAAUGGACACUCAAAUGUUUUUAAUUGAUCUGGUUGUUUUUCAAGCAUAAAAACCACUUAAAUACAAAUCGUUCAUUUGUGCACUAAUUAAAAUUUGGUUCCUAUUUUGUUGUCCAUCCUUGAAAGUUCGUUAUUUCAGAUCAAAUUUGUAUCUUUUUUUCUUGUAUUGUGACCUUUUACAAAUUUUCAGGACAAACUAAACCAUCCCAUCAUAUUUGAGACUGAUGGUAGUGUGUUUACUCUUAAAUCCAGGGACAAAGACCUACCUACUAAGCCACUACACAAACACAGCAACAAGGAGGUUAUAUGAUCAAAUUGUAAAGUAUUGGCAUGGGUUGGUUUCUAUGACUGUGUCUUUAUAAUUGCAGCAAUUGCAAUUGUGAUGUUAGAAUAUGCAAUUACGUAACUGAACAAAAGGCUGCAAUUUACAUUUGAAAGAGAUGUGCGUGAGUGUCUGUAACAUUACAACCAGUUUUCUGAUUGUUGAAGUCUGUUUGGUGAUUCCAACCAGCUACUCUGUGCAUGUGUGUGUAUGUGUAAAUAUAUUUAUAUAUAUAUAAAUAUAUGCGUAUGCUUGUGAAGUGUGUUUGUAUGCAAACACAAUGUUUGCUGUAUCUAAAUAAUUUUGACCUUGAACAGGAAAGGUGCUGUGGAAAACUUCUAAUUUAAAGUUUGUUGGUAGUGGUUUACCAAUUUAUCAACUAAUCCACCAGUCAACUAGAUGUUUGAAAUUGAAAACCACAACUGACAUUGUGCAGUGGGACCAUCAUUUCUGCAUCUAUGCUCAAUGUUUGAGAGUAAGAAAUACCUAAGGUUAACAGAAGUGCUACAAUGUCCUGUCUUUGCUUACUGACUUACUGCAUUUAGUUUCAAGGGGUAAAAACACAAUCAAACCUGCAUUUAACUUUUAAACAGUUAUUUUGAGGACAGGACUGAACAAGCCUAAAUUCUUUUGUAUUGUCAAAAUGUAUUCACAUGGUAUUUUUUGCUUACAAUUUAUUGAAUUAGGGGUAAGCAGAUAGCCCAGCAAGUAGGGGGUGUGCCCAUGUAUGUACCUGCAGCAAUCACGGGUUUGAACCCAGCCCUGACCCUGUGCUUCAUGCCCCCCCACCCCCAUCCAAUAAAGGCAAAAAUGCCCGAAGAAUACUUUUAAGGUAUAAAAAAUAGGAUUGAAUUGAAACUCAAAUUUUAAAACUUAAAGCAAUCUCUGCCAAUUCUUUGACAACCAAGCAAAAAGUGUUACAAUAUCAUUUAUUUUAUUACAGUCCUAAAUCGCAGUAUUGUCUACUAUAUUCGUAGUUGCACAGUUUGACCAAAUUAUGCUGUACUUUUUAUUUUCCAUUAGAAUUGUAUACAUACCAAAGGUAUUCAUGUUCCUGUAUUUGUUUGGUACUUCGUUUGGCACAAACAUAGACUGUAUAUACUAUGGACAACUUGGUUCCGCCUCCCGCCUGUACACAGAUUUGAAGCCAAAAAGCUCUCGAUAUUUCUGGGAUUUUUCUUCAUUUCCUGAAACCAGUGCUGCGCAUUCGGCAGUAGAGUCGCCGAGAGUCGCUGUGAUGACGCUUGGCUCAAACUGCGUAUCCCCUGGGUGAGCUACACAAUCCCUGAACGCCAAUAGGCUGUAUCAGGUGUCAAUCAUAGCAAACAUGAACCCCCUAAUAACUUUUAAAUACAGAGUUUCACAGAAAAAAGAGGACUUGAGCACAAACCAGUCUCACUGUAACUACAUGUCAACAACGCAAGCUGGGGGGAGAAAAAUUUAUGUUCUGUGUAAUACAUUUCUAAAUUUGUCCACAGCCCUAUAAGCUUUGCUGGCGGAGGCGGGAUUUAUGACCUAUACUGCAGCCCAUCAACAGAGGGUGCUGUUCUCGGAGUGGCUUCACUCAGCAAGGAGGCAGACGGCGUCCAUUCUAUAUACAGUCUAUGGGCACAAAUUUCUAUAAGAGCCUUAAGCACACCCAUUGCUAUGGGUGGGCCAUAGGAGCCCAGGCCCCUUGCCCACCCCCCAAAAGGAUUGCGCCCUCCCCACUUGUGAAAUAGGCAUGGGCUUAAAUAAAUAAUGAUGAAGAUCUUUGUCAUUUUUGCUGUUUGUUAUGUUAAACAUGAUGAUAGCAUUGAUUGGCUAAUCUUGCAAGUGCGCUCAUUCCAGUGCCAAUCCCCUCUAUUUCCUUUUAGUUAACAAUUCUAAAAUCGGGGGAAAAAGAAGGUGGAACAAGAGACUUGGCUGAUGAGAGUGUCUUUCUGCUAGCGGCAUUCUCCAAGUGCAGUAAAUCAGGCUACAUGCUCCAAUGCUCUCAGCUGCAAAGGUGGUGCUGUCACAGCGCUGUCCGUGGUGCUGAAGAUGACAGCAGGUUAUUUUGACUUGAUUUAAAUUCAACAUCCGGUUUAUUCAUUGUAUUGUAUUGUUAAGUAUCGUAUUCUUAGCAUCAUUUUUUAAAAGCCAAUUGUUUAUAGAACUCGCAGUACACCUACUUGGUGAGAGUUAUCAAAUCAGUGUGACAAUAUAUCAAAUCUGAGACCAAUUUUACUUAUAUGGACUUGCUCAAAUGAUGUGAUUCUUGAAUAAACCGGGACACACACAAAAAAGGAGAGUUAUAAUAAUUGUGCCCUCCUAUGUAUUUCAUAUUUCCCCCUAUAGACAGAGGUCUGGUGAGGAAGUGCUGUUAUUUGCUGAUAAUCCCAAUAGUUUUUAUUGAUUUUUAAACUAGAAAUCACUUUAGACUGUUGUUAACAACAGACUUUGGCACCUCUGUCGUAGAUGAAUCUUUUAGCAUAGCCAGCAGUUACUGAUCCUACUUAUUAAAAAAGUAUUAACCCUUUUCCAGUCUGAUUGAUUUUCGAGAUGCACCAAUGUUUCAGUUGUGUCACAGAAGUACAAACAAUUUGCAAGAGCCCUGAGAAGAAACUGAUUAUAAUGGAGCAGCAGCAGUGGCUUUAGUGCUUCAGGAGAGUGUUGCCUUUACAGUUUCCUUCUGCUUGCUGUUAUUUAGGGGCAAUUAUUGGAUCUGAAAAAAAGUUUUCCAUCUGCAAACCUCGCUGCUCUGCAAAAAUGAAAUCACUGACUGUAAAUGACAUGAGACUCUGAGGUACUUGUGAGUCCAUUAGGAAAGCUGACUUAUUCUGGUGUACCCAUCUAUCCUGUUUAAAUUGAUAAAUGGCCAGUCAGGGAGUUUAUUGCAAAGCUGUUUCUUUGCUCUCAAGCUUUUACAAACUCUUGUGUUAUAACUGUUACGAGGAUCAUAUAGAUUUUAUCACAAAUGAUAACUUACAUUAAACCUUAACUAAAAACCAUCUUAACAACCUUUUUGUGCAAGUGUGUAUCUGGAGCUUUGUGGGGGUACACUUAAUCAGGGCCCGUCUUUGGUCUGGGGUCGGUAUCAGGAAUUUAGAGGGAAAGGUACGUCUACAGAGAAUGAAUACACUGUAAAAUAUAUACAAGCUCACACACACAGAUCUGGAACAGUGUGCUGUAAAUGUGUCUGAGAAGAGCAGUGAGUCAAACACACACUGACACACAAACAAGCAGAGCGGUGUAAUUCAUGGCCCAUUAAUCGCUAUGCGACCUUCCUGAGGUGUUUGGUGAUCCACAGCUUCUAGUGAGCUUGCAGGCUAAUAGAUGACACCCCACUGCGCACACACACACACACUAGAGCCUUUAAGCAUGUUCACAAACCAUGGUGCUAAUAGAUGUUGGUAUUAUUUAUUGUUUACACACAUUUUUAUUACAGGUACACCCAGAUAGACACACACACUCCAAACACAGACAACAAAGCUGAGGUGUGUGUCAGAGGUGCUGCAGCUUAUGGCCUCCUUACAUAAUGCAUACACAAGUGUACAACAAGAACACAUGCAUUGUGAGCAAAACAUUGAAUCGGACUCACAAUACGGAGUAAAGUGUGCUGCACACUUACACCCAAAACAAGGAAAUCCAACUACACACACACACACACACACACACACACACACACACACACACACACACACACAGUUAGUGUUCCUCUGCAGCUGGCUUGCCUGUACACACACAUACACACUAAAUGACAAGAGGGGUCAUCUUAAGUUUUCUGCAUAGACAUACACUCACACCUCAGCCUGUAGUUCACCCCAACCCAUACAUCCCUAUUAAAAAUCCAGCAAUGUCUGGCAUGAUUUAUGACACAGCACAUGUGUGUGAUUACACACAACUGUGCUAAUAGGCUAUGUGAGGCUCAUAUGACUGUGUAUGUGUGUGUGUGUAUAUAUAUAUGUGUGUGUGUGUGUGGGUGUGUGAUAAAUGACAUGUUCAGUCAGACUCAGAGCCCUUAAUGACUCCUCAUCCAUUCAACUCCUCUCUACUGAAUGACAACUGGAGAUUCAAGAGAGCAGGAGAGACUUCAGAUGAGGCACAGAAAGACGAAACAGAGAGGAAUAAAGAUCGAGGCAGACACACUGGUGGAAAUGAAAAAAAGUAACAGAGGGUGACAGGGAAUCAUCUGGAUUCUGCGUGUAUCUCCUCUCUUUUGCUGAAACUUUUUGUGAAUUCCCAAAUUCUAAAGCUGCUCAACAUUAAAUGACACUUAUCUGCUAGAGCAGACCUCAUAUCAUGUUCAUCAACAUUGUGGGGCUGGAUGUCUUGCAUAAAAACUGAACUUAUAACAUUUUUUUGUUUGUUUUAAGGGGUACAAGACACUUAGUUUAUGUGGAAGCUUUAAAGGAGGGAUAGCCUCAUAAAAAAGUCAUAUGUGGUGCUCUUGUUUUGAAUACACCCAGGGGCCUUUUUGGUUUUGAUGAAAGUGUGCUUUUAUUUUGAAGGAAUGCUUCCGUUAGAUUAUAAAACUACAAGAGUGAGGGGGCUUUCACACCUACGUCGUUUAGUCCAGAUUUUUGGACUUUUCUGUUUAGUCUGAACCAAAAUGAUAGGUGUGAAACCUCCCCAGGACCUUGGUCCAAACAAAAAAUGUGGUCUCUGUCUGGACCAAACUGAACCACGGUCUGUUUCAUGCCCAGUGUGAAAGCAUUAUUUUGAAAGGUUCGGAUCUUCGUACCAAAGUCAGUAAUGAUGUGAGGAGUACAAGAGUCUGUUAUUAUCCUGAAUUGAGAUUGUCCAUGAACGGGAAAUUUUACAAUAUUGUAGAUUAAGUUAUCUCUCACUAUUGACAGUUUAUCUUUUCAAGAGUUUUAUAACAUAGACUUUCUCUCCAAAGUCGGUGUUGCAGUAGCUUGCAGGAUUGCAUACUUUCUUCUUCUUUUUCAUUGACAAACGAUUAAGUUGUCAUCUAAUGAUAAAAUUUAUUAAACAAACUCAGACCAGCCUCAUGUAUACCUCUUCAAGUUGUCGCUGUUGGUAGUUAAAAAUUUCUAAUUAUAUGAUGGUGGAAAUGACAAUGUUAUUCAUGUUUACAACAUUCAAGGCCCGUGUUAUUCAAUGUGUUGAUGUCAGACACCUGCCGGUCAAAUGACCAAUCAGUAUAAACUACAGAGACAUGCAAACCACGUAGUUGAUGACGAUAUCAUGUAGUUUCGGUAUGUAAAGUCUUUUAGUCCAUUUGCAAUAAUGACGGUGUGAAACCUAAAGAGACCGAACCAAAUGUGUGUAUAAUGUAACAAAAACAUCGACCUUGGUUUGGACCUUGGUAUGUCUUUGUCUAGUCAAUAAAAGGCUGUUAUAUUGAGUCAUUACUGUUACUUCAAAUGUUUCAUUCUGACAGCAAGUAAUCAAAAAUGGCUCAGUAAUAUCAAUUCCAGUCACCACUGGUGGUUAAAUGUGAAGCAGUAACAAUCAUUCAAGCUUACCAUGAGUAAAUCCCAAUAACAGAACUAAAAAUAAAAUAAAAUACAUGUCCAAGCAUGUGCCAGCACAACUAUUAGUUUGCCAGUUUAUGAGCUGAGAAAGUAGACUUUAAGGAUCCAGUCUGGUAAUGAGUCUCACCAGCAUGAUGCCAUGUGCUUGGAAUUCUUUCUGAUGAUAAUUUCCACCAAGUUUUCUUUCUUGGCAGAAAUCUGCUCAUAGAGCUUUAACAUCCAGCUGUCUGAAUGCGAUUCAUUAAGUGUGCUGUUCUCACUAAUUGCUUGGUUAUAUUACAACAACUCAGUACUUAAAUGAAAAGAAAAUUUGGCAGGGUUUUGCCUGUUUGCUGGCUUGUGUAAAUAUCAUUAGUGAUCGCCUGAUAGGGUGUGGCACAUGUUUCCAAAGUAGUUGAGGAAAACUACUGACGCUUCAGAGAAAGUUUCUGACUUGCAGUAGAAAUGUGAGGCAGUGCGCGAAUCCCAUACUGCCACAAUUUAUAUGUAGGACAAUGCAAUGAAUCCUGGAGGAAAGUAUUUUUCAAAAUGGAAAAGACAGUGAUCUGAUUUUGCCAUUGACAAGUGCAAAUAAAAGCCUGGUUUCUAGCUCUCAAACUUAAGCAGAAGGAAAAAAAACUGAACCCAGAGUGCAGCCUUUUACAGCCUAUAUGACAAAUGAAAAAUCUGACCAAGACAGCUUGUGGACAAUGUAUCGUCCUGGCUAAUGAUACUACUGAUCUUUUCAGACCUUUCUCUUCAUCAUCUCUUUUUUCAACUUCCUUGUCUUUUCCCACCUAUCUCUUAACCCCUUCCUCAACCCCAACACCACCAACCAUAGUUUGUAAUGUCCUCUUUGAUACACACCUUACUGCUGAGGUGUUUCUUUUCUCCCAUGAAGGCUCAGCUCCUUGCUGUUGAACAUACGGUAACAUGCACAACACCUGACGUCUGUAUGUCACUGUUUGAUUCCCCCUCUGUCAGUGUGGGAAUGUUUCUGUGUAUGUUUGACUCUAUGAAUUUAAGAGCAUGCGAAUUCCCCCUUGAGAGUCUGUGACUUUUUACCCUUAGUGUGCGUGUGGAUGUGAGUGUGUGUACUGCUGCAGGUGCUAUAUUUUCAUGUGUGCGCAUGUCUUUGUGCUUCCAUACUAUAUGUUUGUGUGUAUUUGUGCGUGCAUGUUUGUUCCUGUAUCUCUGGUGGUCCUACAAAUAGCUGUUACAAAUUACACCCCAGCAUCAGCUAUCUAUCUACGUGUAUGUGUUUCCUGCAGAUGUGUGUGAGAGUGUGUGUUUAUGUGCGUGCCAUCCCCACAUGACCAUUCUUGGUGAAAAUUACUUUUCUUUGCUACGCUUGACGUUCCUCUACACUCAUUUUUUUCUCUCUCAUCCUCCCUUCAGGUUGCUCUGUGCCUUGAUACUGUAAGACUUAUUUACAUUCACAGCCAGGCUCAAUCCCGCGGGAGUCCCACAGUCGUCCAGCGUGUUGUCUUGACAGAGACAAGCGAUGCUUUGUGCUGCGGGCCUAUCCUGCCUCUCUUAAGUUUUGGCUCAGUUUGUCUCCUUCUCUUUCUGGGUUGCAAUUCCUCUCCCUCUAUUUCUCUCUUUUCCUUUUGCUCUCUCUCUCUCUCUCUUUCCCUCUUCUUUUUGUCUGCUGAACUCAGACAUUACAUCAGCUGUACUAUAGUUAUUUUUUGUAUCAACAAUUUCCCUAAAGGGACAAAAAAUAACAACCAAAUUUUCAAAGUAUUUCCUGUUCUGCUGCAGCCUGAUUUAGCUCAUGCUUCUCUCUUAUUUAGCUCUACUGUAGUGCAAAUAUAUACACAUACAUAAAUACAUAUUAGGGCUGUCAGGUAAACCGAAAAUAUACCGAUACUGAAAUUUAUGACAAUAACUGACUUCAUUUUUCCAAUGUCAGUAUAUUUGGUGUCAUAGAAAUAAAUAAAUAAAACUUUGUUUUGGAUGUGUGCAGGUAGGCUAUGGUCUCAUGUUCUUUAAGACGCUGUCCUUGUUGUAGACGUGACUCCACCCCAUCCAGUCUGUGACAAAGAGGGAAAGAUAGGUGAGGAGAUGGAGGACGGUUCAAAAGUUGUAGCAGCUGGAGCGGUGUCUGAAGUGGACGAGUAUAAUGUGGGAGGGGGUGAGCAGCUUGUGGAGAAGUUAUUGUCCAUUUAUUGUUAUUGAGGUGAACUGCUCAGUAUAUCAUAUUGAUUUGAGGCCAUAUUACCCAGCCCUAAUAUAUAUAUUUUUUGCAUGUUUUGUACGAGAGAGUGGAUGUGUGUGUUGGUGUGUGUGUGUGUGUGUUUAUGUGCACGGUUUUUCUGCAUGUAAGAGGGCCUAGUUCCUCCUUAAAAAUCAAACUAACAGGCAUACACCUUGGUACACACUUGCAGGAAGUAGCCAGAUUCUGUUUAGCUUGACCCACAUAUGAAGCUCCUAAAUCUUCACCAAAUUGGAAAUCUGUUACCAUUCACAGGUUCCCAAACAUGGAAAACAUUUUAUAAUCUGCUUAAUAUGGAGCUUAAUUUAGUAGCUGUAUUCAUGUUUGGUGCAGACAGGUGAAGAACAGAGGAGAGAUAUAUGGUGAUGUCCAAUGACCUGUUGACUGUUAACAGACUCACAGACUGCGCUAGACACUUGAACUGUAAUUAAGAUGACUAAGACUACUUCAUUUUGACUUUCUUUGUAGCCUUUUAUAACAAUCAAUAGUAUUUCAAGUGUUUAUUAUUUAGACUUGUUUGCACAGUUGAAAUUAAAAGCUAUAUUUACUUUACUUCUUGUUCCACUACUAAAGUUUCUGUUUCCAUAAUCUUGAAACUGAUGUAAUGUUUCAUUUUUGCAGCCUAAAAAUUUAAAAUCAUAAAAAUCCAAACUACCUACAUUGUUCCUAUGUCUAUCCAUCAGCCUACUCUCUGCUCUCCCAAAACUGCAAAACCCCGAAACACCAAUGACAGUAAAAUUAUGGCCUAGUAAUUGCAGCGGUGUUAGGUUUGGUCCUGGGAUACCAUCCGUCUCCAGGCAGCCGAAGUACAUUUCAGGAAGCAACCACUGGAACUGAUUUACCACCAAAUUUAUUUGAGGUUCCACUCUCUACUUCCGUUUGAUUUUCGAGUUUUCCAGUUAUUCUUUCCUUCCUUUUCACAACCCUCUGUUAUGUUUUAUCCCUUUAAUCUAGUGUUUUUUUUUCCUUCUUCUGUUGAUCCUCAUCACUUUAUUGUUCCUGUCAGUUUGGUUUUCAGACUAUUGAGUAAGUAGUAAAGUUGGUUUACAGCUCUGUUAAAGCUCCUGAGAAUGACCUCUUUACUUGGACUAAUUAAGUUGUAGUUAGGCCACAUAAAUUCAAGGCAUAGUAUAAUUUGGAUAUAAAAAGUGUUUUUGUGUUCAAGGUGAGGUUAAUCAGAUCAACAGAGUGAGGAAGAAUAACAGAUGGAUGGAGAUUACACAGUGUGAAAAUGUGUCCAUAUGUGUUUGUGUGCAUGUGUGAGAUAUUUGCUUUGGGAUGUGUGUAUGCAUUAAGUAAAAAAGGUGCUUGUGAGCUGGCUGUGAUAUAAAGAGGAUGGGUGGUGUUUGGGAUUUCAUUUGUGUGUGUGUUUGUGUGAUAUCAGUGAAGUUUGAGCCCUCUCCUUUUUGAGAGGUUGAUGGGAUGUUAUGUUCCAUUUUAGGAGGCAGCCAUGCUUGUAAAUGGCUUGAUGUUGUUUUGCUGCAGCAGAGGGAGAAACAUGCACAAGAGAUGAAAAGUGUUUGAAAAUGAAGAAAAAUGAACGACAAAAGGUGAAAGUGGGCUGAUUCAGAAAGGAGUAUCUCCUUUCUUGCUCUUUCUCUUUCUCUUUCUCCACCCCCUCUCCUUCAGCUGGGUGAUUGUGGCUUGCCACUGUUUUUGAUUGUGCAGAAAAGCACAUCUUUUUCUUUUCUUGUCAGUUUCCCCUCUCUGAACGCUUUCUUAAAUCGCCAGAUCAAAGCGGGAACCUCAAAAUUUUUUGGCGCACAGACGAGUGAGCAGAGAAAUAGUUUCUGGACCGAAUCAUUUCCCCUCAAGUGACACGUCUGUCUCUGUUUUGGUUUGCUAUCAAAGAAAAGGAAAUUCUUUUAUUUCACAGGCUAAGAGUACUGACACUAUCAAACAGGCGUGAGCAGGAGAAGACGUCGUUCCUGCUUUAGAAGUUUCCUUUGCUGGCACCAAGUUGUGUUUCUUUAUUUAUGACAUGUCAAAUGUAUGUCAGAGGACCAGGUUAUGAAACAAGAAAUAUUUGUUGUAGAGUUUUUGACACAAUGUAUUUGGGCUGAAACGAUUCCUGGAGUACCUCGAGUACCUUUAGGGGCAUGAUAAAAGUUAAUAUCAUAAUUAGCUUUCUUACGAGCAUUUCAAUCAGCUAUCGCACACGCUUGUUCCACGUUCCUUGUUUCUAAAAAAGGAAAUCAAUUGAUUGUUUAUCAUUAAGUUAUUUUCUCUUGUACAUUAAUAAUUGCACUUUAACUAAAAAAAAAAAGUUUUUUUCCAAAUACUCGAUGGAAUAUUCCGUAGAAUACGUGGUUAGUAAAAUAAUUGAUUGCUGCAUCCCUACAAUGUAUGAUCCUAACGGUUAUAUUGACCCCUCAUUGUCUUUAAUUCAGUCAUAUCUCCGGAAUAACAAACACAAGACACCAGGGUUGAGAUAUACAAUGUGUAUGAAUGUGAAGUCGUCACAUUGCAAAGUAUGCAGUGUUAACGAUAUGACCUAAAAGAUAUCAUGCUGUCACCACUGUCGUGUUUUCCAUAAUAGAUGUGCAAUCAAAAGCUGCCUGAUACCACUCUAUUUAGAGCACACAGAGAACUGACCACUCUGAAUGUAGAGUCUGGAUUUGUUUAUCACAUGACCAGAGAAAGUAAACCGGCACACAGCGCUGCUGUCAUCACAAAUAGUCAUGCAAGGACUCGACUAAGGGAGAGGACAUCUAAGACGGUGGUUUCCAGAGUGGAUUUGUGAAGGGUUAAAAAGUACUGCAGUGGUCAAUAGAGUUGCCUCAUAUUAAAAAAGGUUUUGGGUUCAAGUCCCAUGCAGGCUGAACAGGGGCUUCUCUGGGCAGUCCAAAGACAUGUCUGUGAGGUUAAUUGGCUGAUUAAGAUUGUCUGUAGGUGUGAGUGUGUGUACAUAGUUGUCUGUACUGUAUGUCAGCCCUGUGAUGGACUGGCAGCCUGUUCAUGUUGCACCCCACGUCUAACCCACUGACAGCUGGGAUCGGCUCUAGCCCCCUCAAAAAUCUGGUAGUUUGGAUCACAGAUCAGAGACUUCAAAUCCAGGAUUUGUGUUACAAAUCUUUCAGAUCAGCCAAAAACAAAACAAACCAUAAAUGAGACACUUUAAAAAGAAAAAUGUUCCACUCUUUGCAAAGACUUUAACUGUGCGGUUUGAAGGCAGAACGUAAUGAUGCAUUUCAUCAAUGUAUUACAUGUCUCACUUCUUUUUUUCAUUAUAAACAUAUACACAGCAUGCAUCAAGCAAAGUGUGUAUAUCUUAUAAGAUGGAUGAGUUUAUAUGUUUUGGUAUUUUCAAAUAACUGCACACACACUAAGAGUGAGACGAGAAACGUCAACGAACUGUUUGAUAGAGUUGUCAUAAAGAAAGAAAUAUGCACUCUUUAUCACUCUGUCAUUUUAGUUUGUGUGAAAGUUUGCAUAACAUUUAAAUAACACACUGAGCUAUCUUCAGAGUCAGGCUGCAGAACUCUAUGGUACCCUCCCCUUUUGGAUCUUUCCCGGAGAUCACUUAUGAAAAUCUUUGAAAUGAAGUUGUUGAGCAGUGGUAUUUGACUUUAUUUUCCAACAUUGGACUGAUUGAGUAGAAAGGAGAGUGGUGAAAUAUUGCAGCACCAAACCCCACUACAAUGUAAUCAUGUUAGUGUACAGAUUCUAUAGGAGACUGAAUUUAUUUGAGGUUAAAGAAACCUUAAGAGCAAGCUAGCAAAACUAAAGUUUGUGUUCUGCCCCGAUGUCGCUGUGCCAGGUGGCCACUUUCAUCCCGCCAACCCCCUUCUCUUUUCCCCUCUGUGCUGACUUUGUCUUCUCCCUCCAUCUUUCUCUCUGAUCUUCUGUCUUCCCUCUUUCUUCUACCCCCAAACUCCCUCUUCUCUCUAUUCUCUGUCCAGGUGAAUAAUGUCACGUCAGAACAAUGGCCUAUUGUGUUUUAUUGAGCCGCCCAUGUCCUGCUCUCCAUUUCUCUCUCCCCAUAUUCAGUGUGCCUUUGUCUCCCUCCCCAUUUCUAUUGGUCUUUAUUUGUGCUGGAUGGACAUUUGGAUAGAUGGAGAAAUAAUAAAAAAAUGCAACAGAAAUGAAAUAGAUAAAGAGGAAUCUAGGCAGGGAGAUUAGCAAAGGCUAUAUCCAUAUCAGUUCAACCUGGGACGGACGACAUUAGAAAGAGAUAAAGAUACAGAGAGUAUAGAAAGCAGGAGGGGAGGUGCAGGAGGACAGGGUGUCUGAGAGUGUAAAGGUGCUUGGAAAGUGAACAGGAUUUAGGAAUAGACAGGAAAGGAUGCAUUGAGGAAAGGGCGGCGUUGUGAAUAAUGGACGGUCAGUGUUAAGGCCUUAAUCAAUGCUCGAUUAAUAUUAAUUCGUUUAGCUGUGGCAGAGGGGCGGGGCUAACCCAACACCACCUCUUUAGAUUGAUUGGGGUGAGGGCACCAAGGGCGUGCUAACAUUGCAGCACACACACACACACACCCACACACACACUCUUGCAGAAUCACUCAUGCAUCCUUUGUGCUGACAUUGUGUAUGAACUUUGAAGACCUCAGCCUGUGAAGCAUCCUGCAUUUUAACCUUAGAAACACACACACUCACACACUCACAGCCGCAAACACACUCAAACUCACACAAGCACGCAAAAUCAAACUUGACACCGCUUUCAGUGUUGGAGCAGAACUCUGAUUCUGAUAAGGCAGCUGGAGAAGAUUAAACUCUCAAUUCAUUAGGGCAAAAAGCAUCCCUGUGACUGCAACUUUUAAACUUUUAACCAGCGCUGGGAUGAGGAGGAGCCUCUGAUAACAGAAAUAGAUGCACUCAAAAGCUCCCUUGUCUAGCUUAAUGCCUGUCCCCGUCAUCCAGGGUACAUCAUCUGAAAUCGUUGUGUGUCAGAACCCUAUUUUUACUGCGAACAGGUCAUUUGGCAAAGAUACCCAAGCAGAAAAGUAAUGUUUGCUCUUUAUAAUCACUAAAGUGCUGUUUUACUCAUUAACAGCUCCGUAACCAAAGAAAAUGUUGCCCCACAUUUAAACGCUUUCACGCUAACAAAAGCAUUGAUAAGUAGAGCGACUCUUUGAUUCUGCUAAUAGCUGCAGUUUUAUAGAAAGAUCAGCGUUUGUGUGUUUGAAAGGCAUACAGAUAUUUUUAGACGACAGUUUCUUUUUUUACCCUACUCAAUGUUGAAACCUCCUGCUGGACAGAGAACCACUGAAUAUGUGAGAAACGAUGGUUGUCAGGCAUUUUCUGUCCGCCUGCAGCAUGUUUUACUUCCCCUCUUAUUUCAGCCCUUCUUUCCAUCUUUCUCUCCUUGCUUUUACCACCUUUCUCUCACAGCCUGACUUUAUAAAGACAAGCUGUGACCUUGAAUAAAAGUAGAUAGACCAGCAUGCACGCACGCACGCACGCACACACACACACACACACACACACACACACACACACACACACACACACACACACACACACACACACACACACACACACACACACACACUCUCAGGUGACAUUGGUUGGCAGUGACUCGCAGCAUUUGUAGAUUUAGGGAUGGUUUUGGCUUUUUACUUGCUUGAGGCUAUAUUUAAUAGAGCCCCUUUUUAUUGGGCGGACUGCACCUUUUUAUAGCUUAUAGCCCUGACGCCGGUAAAGAGAGACAGAUUGACUGACAGAACAAACGGAUACUGUAAUAGAGUGGGCAGAGUUACAAAGAUAGCCAGAGAGACAGGCUGACAAACACACCAACACAGUCAUUUGUGAGAAUACAGGAGAAGUGUUCAGAGGGCUCAAGUCACAGACGGAUGGAGUGAAAAACCAGGCACACACAAGGUCAGACCAUAAGGCCCAAUACUAAGUCCUGGGUGCCUUAAAGGGAGCUGGAUUGAAGGGGUAAAAGUCUCUUUUUAAGAGAGGCUUGGAUGAAUGAAAAUCUGCUGACUGCUGACUGCAAAAUCUUUCUGAUCUUCUUCCUUUAAAAUAACAUGCAGGCUGACCACAGAGUACGUCGACUCUUUACCUCAUUAUUUUACGAAUCUACUGUCAUACUUUAAUGACUGUUAUCUUGAAAUCCCCCUUUUUGUCCUAUUACAGGAUUCUUAUACUCCAUCACAAGAUCACAAGAAAAUCAUGAAUAUAAGAGCUUUGUGAUCAGAGCAGUGUUGAGUGGAACUCUUAAUGUAUGGUGGCCCUGAAGGCCAAACUAGCAAACAUUUCAUGACUGCAGAAAACAUUGCAAUGAACACAAAACAUAGAAGCAUUUCACAAUGUAAAAUGAACAUUUCAAAUAUGGUUAUAAAUGUUUUGUUUCGUUUUGUUUCCUUCCUCUUAUCUUGGUCUGGGUCGCGGGGGCAGCAGCUUCAGAGGGGAAGCCCAGAUGGCCCUCACCCCAUCCACUUCCACCAGAUCCUCUGGGGGGAUUCCCAGGUGCUACCAGGCCAGGCAAGAGAUAUAAUUCCUCCACCUGGUCCUGGGCCGGCCAUGAGGUCUCCUCCCGGUGGGACUUGUCCGGAACACCUCUAACGGGAGGCGUCUAGAGGGUAUCCUAACCAGAUGCCCGAGCCACCUCAGCUGACUCCUCUCAACGCGGAGGAGCAGCAGCUCAACUCUGAGCGCCUCCCGGGUGUCCGAGCUCCCUACCCUAUCUCCAAAGCUCCUUUCACACCGGGGGCAUUUUUUUCAUGCGAUUACUUCGGACGUCAGUAUUUUUUUCAAUCCUGUAUCCUGUCAAUACAAGCGUUCACAUCAGUGACGUUUUCCCGUCCUGCAAUACUGUGGCAUUUAUUUUUUCAUUUUUCUAAAGUUUUGCAUACUGUGUGUCCACUUCUGACCAAUCAGAUUGCGUGUUGUUGUGAUAUCAGAUUCACCGGUAUCCAACAUGGCCGACCGGCUGAUUGUUUACGUGUCGGAGAACAGAGUGCUUUUUGAUAAAAGACACAAACAUUACAAAAAUAACUACCUGACGGACAACAAUGGUUUGUAUGCUUUAACAGUUUGCUAAACGUCUUUGUUUUUAACUUUCAUCUGUGUUAAGUAACUUUAGCUCGUAAGCUAAUCUGUUCAGAUACAACAUACCAUAUGUAUUUUCACUGUCUCAAACUCAAUCGCGUUGCUGUCACAGCGCCAUUAGGUCUCGGUUGUUACCUUAUGUUUAUGGAUUAUAGUUUAAUGUGCUUAUCUGGUACUGGCUAGGUACAUGCUGUCAUGACAGUUGCUUCCCGGGUCGAAAAAAGAGAUUCCCCUGUAUUCUCACCCCACAGGGCCCCGCCCGGCGACCACCCGCCAACCGAACAGACCACCCACUCCACCUCUAAAUACCCUUGGCCACACAUGACUCCCCUCUUGUUUGUUGUUCAUGUAGUGCAUUCAAAACUUAACUGUGAUGUAUACAUUAUAAAGUGGGCUGUGAAGAGUUGGUGUGUGAUGCUUUAAAAGUCGGAGAGGCGUGUGAAAUAGAACUGGCCCAGGGCAAAAAAAGACUUGAGUGGGGGGCAGAGUGGGGCCAAGAAGUGGCGGGGGACGUGGCCCGUGGCGCACACAGGAUCCCCACAUUCUGCGCCCACCAGGUCUAGGCAGCAGCAGGCAGAGCCAGCCAAUCCCAAGACACCAGGGAUCCAUGGGCACAGGGACCCGAGCCAACCCCCAAUCCAGACCACACCAUCACACACCACAAUGACCUCCGCCAUUCCACACCCCCACCGCAAUCGCCACCCCCACCGCCACUACCAUCAUCAUCAUCAUCACCAAUCCACCAUCACCACCACCACCGGCACACCACUAUUAUCAUCCCCAACACCAUCAUCAUCAUUACACCAUCACAACUACAUCAAUGACCCUGGGAGACCAUACAUACACAUACAUAUGCACACGUGCACACACUCUCUAUGUUUAAUAUAAUACCUAUAAGAAACCCUCGGUGGUGUUGAGUGGUCAUGAAAUGUUUGUAUUGACCUUGAAGGCCACAUUAUAUUCCCCAGGAGUCUGAGGCCCUUUCAGCAGUAGCUUUUCUUCCUUCAGAUCAUCUAUUGUCAAGAAAAACUGAACUCACUGUCAUGCAGCUUGUUUAUGUCUCUUUAAAUUCAUCUUUCCUGAUUUUUACAACUUAAAUCUUGGAAAAUCAAACUGCACCGCUCUUUCUUCCAUUCAUAAAAUAGGACCGUUUUGGGGACAUUCUGCCUCCGAGUCUUUUUGUGGUUUGAUGUCUUCCCCUGCCUGUUUGAGGUGUAAAUGUGUGACUCUGCCUGUAUCUGUCUCACAGCAUAUGUCAGCUUAAAAUGAACGGUUUAGCACCCUUUGUGAUCUCAUGUGUGCGUAUUUUUCUGCCUGUCUCUAUGUUUCAUUGUCACUCUAAGUCCCCCUCUACGUUUUCUGUGUUUGUCACCUGUCCUGUCUUCCUUUUGCUCUCUCUCACUCUUCUGGCAUCUUCUUUCAGUGUUAUCUCCUUCCAUUUUAUCCUCUCUAUUCAGUCUGUCUUCCCUUUGCUCUCGCUUCAUCUCUUCCUUUUAGUAUCUCUUCACACAACGCAUCCUUUCUGUCCCCUAUCGCCUGCUCCCCUCCUGUAUUUGCUUAUUUUUCAUUUUCAUGGAACAGGUCGAAUAGGAGUAAUCGUCAAAUACACCUGAGUGACUGUCAGAUAGCAUUUCGACUUGAAAUGCCCUUUCUUGCACAGUAUGACAUUUAUUAUUUCCACCAAAACAGUAGGUUUUUUUGUGAAGCAGGUCUAGGAUGAAGGGUUUAAAUGUGUGUAUAUGUUAUCUAUUUUAGGCUGCAAAAGUUCAACCCAAGCUGUUGAUGGUCUAUUUUUGGUUGUUUGUGUAAAAACCACACUGGAGGGAGAUAAAUAAUGGAACAAAACAGCAACAGUUUGUAUACAGAGCCACCAUUAAGCACUGCAUUCAGGGGGCAUCCCAUCUACAACUGUUUGCUAACUGCUAACAACGACAUGGAUAGAAACCGAUGUUGUUAUCCACCGUUUGAAAUGAAUUAUUGCAGUCCCUCUGCUUCCUUAUCUGAUUCUGACUCUAAUUAGUCAAGGCUUUGAACUGGGUUUUCUAAUAAUAAUAAUAAUGAUAAUGAACGCUGAUUUUCACUCAGAUGUUAGUAAAUGCUUAAUGAGACUCAGCUUUGAUAUCCUGAAAGAAUUUUCAAGCCAAAUUUGAAGAGGCUUUUAAUUCAUAUGUAAUCAUUUAAUUUUCCCCGUGGAGCUGAAGGAAAGGGGAAGGACAAGUGAGGAAGAAAAAAUAGUCCUGAGUGUCUCUGUGUGUGUGUGUGUGUGUGUGUGUGUGUGUGUGUGUGUGUGUGUGUGUGUGUGUGUGUGUGUGUGCUUUAUUUGAGUGUGUGGUACUGAAAAUGUUCUGGUUUUCUGGGCUGCAGGAAGUAAAAAGCUAGAGGACCGUGUCUGCUCCAAUCAAAGCUGGUAUUUCUCAGUGUAGAGCCAUUUUUUAAGCUAACUAAUAGCAGCCUGUUGGGCCUAUAAAUCACCUGAACAGAGAUAAAAAUGAAACAUCACGAAGAUGGAGAGUUGAACACCAUGCCAGAGCAUCAUUUUACUGCUUCUAUGUGUGUGUGUGUGUGUUUGUAUGUUAGUGCAUGUAGAUGUGGAUCUGCAGGGUUAAUAUAUGUGGCGCAUUUCUCCCUCUGUGAAAAAUGUCUCUACCAAACCCUGCUGUAAGAGGCUGCUUCUUUUCAGACUUACCUGUCAUGCUGUCAAAGACAUAAUGAGACCCGAUGCUUCUUUUAUUUGGACAGCACAUGUUGGCUGUUUAGUUUUAUUCUCCCACAGAGUUAUGUUCACACCAGAGGUCCCUAAAUCCAUUUUUCUCAGCGGGGCGGAUUAUUUUCAGAAAUAGCAAGUAGACAAUGUGACAAAAAACACACACACACACACACACACACACACACACACACACACACACACACACACAAAUUGAGCUUCAUAGAUGGUUGUAAAUUUCACCAGAUUUAUUUGCCGCUCAAACCUUGAGGACUAUGACACCAGAUGGGCCCUUUUUAUUGCACCGCCUGGAAAAUAAAUUCUCAAGUUAUUAGUGGUAAUCUGUUAACAGAUGGUUAUUUUGGAAAUCUUUGUUUUAAAUUAGCCCCAAAAUUGGAAAGUCUGCAAGUAGCAUCAUGAUGGAUGCAGAAUGGAACCACAAGGGCUAAAUUUAGAGGUAUAUUGUGUCUAUAAAGCUGUGUAGAUGAUUGGUAGUAGAAUCUGCAUUUUUACAAGGCAGUUUGAUUUACAGUUUAAAAACAUGAGCUGAUCACAUCCAUUUAAAAGCAAUUUGUGUUUUAAGUAAUAGUUGUUAUUAAUCUCCAAGUUGGUGCUGUCCAAUACCCAUAAAAUAAAAUGACCUAAUACUUAGGAUUCACAUCUUAAAGCUUCAUGUAGCUUGAAUCGAACACCUCCUGUGUUAUAUAGACAUUUAGAGAUAUGAAAUUCAUAACAAAGGGAAACUAAGUCCGAGAAUGAUCACUUUGCACUUACCUAGUCAAUAUUGAUCUGGAUGCUGCCAUUUAUGGCUGGCCAAACACAAACCAGUGAAACAAAUCUGACUUCACCAACACUAUCAGUCUAACAGCUGUAGGAGAAAAAAUUCUCCCAUCCUGGAGGGUUUUCUCUUAGUCUUUGAAUGUACACCAAACGGGUCGAGUUUUUCCAAAGCGACCUCUUUUCCUAUAAACAAAAAUGUACACAUCUGUGUUUCCCCCAGGACCGGAAUCUAUCUGUGGUGGUGUGUGAUAUAGGUGGGUGCUAGGGGCUGGGGGGGUUGGGGGGGUACUGUGCGCGUUGAGCGACUUAGAGCACAGGGGGGGACUACAGCUGCACGAUAUAUCCUUUGAGCAUCGUCAUCGCAAUGUACAUGUGUGCAAUAGUCACAUUGCAGAGCCUGCGAUGCAGAGGGAGGAAUGAACUCAUCUAAUUUCAAGGGUAGCUGACUGAGAUACACUCAAUGUGACUCUGCAUGUGCUGUGCAGUGAUCCACCAAUCACAUUCGUUCUUUACUCAGUUGCUAAACAGACUACCUUGCCAGCCGUCAAUCAAAAUCAGAGAAGAGGAAACCACGCCCCUGCACAUGUUCUGCACAUGGAGUGAGUCGCUGUAGCUGUAGGUGUUGUGCCAGGAAACGUGUGUCUGUUGAGAACUACUUUCGGAACAUUACUCAUCACUGUUUAGCCCAACAAAUAAGAACUGUAUGGGUUUUAAAUUGUCCUUUUCCCUGGACCACUCUACUAUAAGCGGUGCACGUUUUUCAAGGUGUAUGCUAUUCUCGGCGGACAUGCGUGUCUCUGCACAACACUGGUAACAACAACAACGAUUGUAAAAUGAGCAACGAACAAGAGGAUACCACUGAAAAUGAAGACUUGUUGCCAAAAAGAAAGGGAAAGUCAGUUAUCUGGAAUUAUUUCCUUUACAAGAAGGAUGAUGUUGACCAGACAAGUGUCGGCAGCCCCUUUCACCUGUUGCCACAAUAACUUAGCUGAAAACAUGUCUUUACAUCCAUGUUCCUCUGCUUGUUACUCUUGACUCCAUUUGAAUUGUUUUACUUUCUUUAACCAGGUUGACCUGAUAUAGUCUACGCAGAGCUUUAUCCUUCUGCCCUCGGUCAUAAUACAAACUGUGCUACGCAGUGAGAUGCUAUCUGUCUUCUGUGCUUGUUUAAACCUGGUUAGUAGAGCAUUCAAAGAUUAUGGUCACAAACACAAACUGAAACUACAACCUUUGCUUCCUGGUGGAACGGCAGCUUUUUGGGCCUACAAUGAAAAUAUUUAUCAUUUGUUUAACCUACUUCUACAAACUCUAGUGCUGACUAUCAUAUUUGUAUCUGUGACCUGAUGUAACCCCUCACAGUUUCCUCUCAGCCUUGUCUUUCAGAUAGUAUUUCUGCCUCCACAUUGUUGCCUUUUUUCUGGCUUCCUAUCUAUCAAGGUUUACUGUCAAUCAAGUAAACAUCUGUGGUGAUAUUUUAAAUGUUUUUUAACUGCAGCUCUGCUGCUCUGCCAAGUGCCGGUUGCUUUCCUGAGUGCAAGAUUUAAUUCAGGUCAAGUUUUGCAGACAGUUUAAUGCUGUGAGGCAGAUAAGAAACUUUGAUAUGUGAGAGGAGAUGGUUUGUCCCUCAAGCCUUCCAUCCUCAACAUAAAUAAUCUUCUAUGAUUUUGAGAUUGAAUUCAAGUCCCCAGGUAUUCAGCCAGGAAGUUUUUACUGAUACUUUGGUGUAGUAAAACUGUUGAGGCACCCACAAUUUGGGAGAGUUAAUGAGAAAAAUCCACUUGUUUGGCAGAUUAAAUACUGAUAUGAGAUGCAGCAUUUUCUCAUUCACAACAAAUUUCCUUUCACUGGAGUUUUUUGAUUAAAUUGAACAACAGCUAUUAUUGGACAUGCUUUUUUGGUAAUGGAACAAAAACAACUUGUUUUGUUUUGAGAUAUAGAUCAACUCUUUGGUUGGUCUUUGUGCUGAAACACAUUGACAAGAUAAUGACUGAAUAUGAUUUUGAUGAAGUGGGUGUGUUUUGAACUUGUGUGUUCUGCUCUUAUGUUGCUUUUUCUACAAAUGUCUUUUUGUCAACAAGACUGGAGCAUUUGACCUUACUGAGUACCCCUUUAAAACCAAUGUGAUUAAAAAUUGUCCAUAUUGUUGAGGAGAAAACAGUAUUUUGCUGUGACCUAAAUGAUACUCACAGCUGGUACUCACUCUAGAUCUGUCCAGAUCUGGUCAAUUAAAAAGGGAGUCGUCUGUCAUGAUUUGAGGAUUGGUUUUAGUGAAACAAUUGGAUAUGUGUUGUUAGCUAACUAUGCCAGAAGUAUGUUGCCAUCUUUGUUUUGGUCUGGUAACCAAUCAAAGGGCAGUAUCUGGAAUCAGCUAACCUGUACAGGUUUAGCUGAAACCCAAAUAACAAAAUCUUUCACGCACACACGCAAAGAUCCACAGAUUUCUUUAAAUCUUUGAUCUUGCUCAAGUUGUUUGUGAUCCACCUUACUGGGUAAGGUCAGUUACCACCUGUUGUUAUUAUUUCAAGAGCUAGGUUUGGAUCCGUCUUCUCUCUCUGGUUGGCAACUUCAGUAUAUGUGCAAGUAGUGAUGGGAAUUCAGGCUCCCUUUAUUGAUUCAGAACAUCUUUCUCUGCUCCCAAAGUGCUCUCAGUGAUGUCUUUUUAGAGCUCAGUCUUGGCAACCACCUUAUUGAAAGUCCUGACUGCUGCCACAGGGCUGGGUUCCUACAAUGAAUUAAGGUAACUCGAAAAUGACAUUGUGAAGGAAACUUUCUAUUUACUUUUGACAGAUUAACUGACCUGUGGCAUAAUACCGCAAACCACAGUAUUAAACCACCACAUGAUGCAUUUCCUCGCCAUAACAGAGAUGGUUCCUCCUUUGGAUAAAUUCUAAAGUGGUUUAGACUGAGGGCCUGGGCCUGCUCUCAUAGAAUCUAGUGUUGAAGUACAAAAUUAGAUUUAAUCUUCUUCAACUUCUGCACUACAGUAACCACCAGUGUAACUUUGUCACCCAGUCGCUCAAUGAGUGACUGACUUGUGUAUCCUACGGUCAGGAGAGCUGUAUUUCUGCACAUUUUCAGAAUCUCAACCCCAGUAAUGCGUUGUGCAGAUUUCACAAACAUGUUGAACCUGCCCGAGUGUCUUUUGUUUUAAGCUUUUAUUACUUGUAAUGACUGAUGAGUACUGAAUGCUUGAAAGGCUCCAGCACUUGAAAAGCACCACAGAGCAGCAUUAGUACUGUCUUUUAUCAAGCCUGCAUGAAAAGACAGUACAAGCACAUCAUGUUAGCGCAGUAAUCGCAGAUGUGCUCUGGCGCGCAGCGGGGUUGUUUGUGAGGAGAAAGCAGUAAAAGGUUAAAAAGACAUUACAGUAGGGUUUGUAAUGUGAUUAAAAUGUGCUUUUAUGGAAACAACGGGGCUUGUGUGUGUUUAAAGGGGUGUUCAUUGCUCAUAAGGGACAGUCGAGGGAUUAGCAAUAAAUAUGUUUAUUAACUGGAUGCCUCUAAAGCUGGUACAGCCACAGCAUAGCAUCGCCUAAGGAGUCAUCAACACAAAUACACACAUGCAAAGUGGUGACAUAACACCUCAGAGCAACAGGAUCCAGAGCAUUAAAGAAAUUCAUACACCUAAUAUACAUAAAGCAGCUGCACCCAUCCUGACACCCCAGUCUGCCCAUAACUAGAAAAUCACUCCCUUGAGAUGGAAAAAAAGGGAGUAAAGUCUUUCUUUCGAGGAUCUUCUUCAUCUCUUUGUCCCUGUGGAUCUUUCCAAAAGCUGUUACACAAGGCAGGUGGUCUCAGAUUUCAUAUCCGUGACGCCUGUUGUUAUUAUUUCAUGAAAGGCUGUCAAAGGAAUUCACUUUAUGACUGCCAACAGUACCAGACUCCAAAUAACAGUAACAUGUAGUGACAAUUAUUACAAUCUCAAAUUAUAAAAGAAUGUGUCAUAUGGCGGGUAAUCAUGAACCACAAAGGCAUUGGACUGUUAUGCAAAAGGAGACAGAGAGAGAUGAAGACUGAAGCUCAGCUAAAUGAAUCCAGGAGAGGAUGAAGAAUGCCAUACACGAAGAAGACGAUGGUGAUUGAAUCAAGAACAAGGACGUAGUGUAACCCAAACGCUAUUAUCUGCAGCGUUUUAUCCAUAAUAAAUGUCUGACACCUCCUGCCAGACAACACAGCCGCCUUUCUCUACAGUUCAAGAAAAUUUGAGGAGUUAAAUCCAUUAAAAUCAUUGAAGGGAUCUUUAUGUGGAAAUUACAGAUGAGAUAGAUAAAAAAAAAAAAAAAGAAUUUUCAUUAUGUCUGCUGAGGGACUUCAUACAUGUGCUGAACAGUAGAAAGACACACAGUGCGUAUCAUUACAGCAUCUAACACUGUGUGAUAUGCCACAGACGGCGGGAUGCAGAUAGUCUCCUUUUGCUUUUGAUCGCUCAGGCUGUUUCAGAUUUCAUUCAGUCUUAUUAUAUGUUUUUUAUUCUUCCUCUAUGUCUUCUUGCCUCUCAGUCUGCCUGUACCAUACCAAAAAACAUCUUAAUAUAACUCUAUCUCUGACACACACACACGGAAAAGUUUUUCAAAUAUUCCCUCAGGUGCAAGAGUCAGUUAUCUAAAGUUUUUCCAGACAGAUUUAGUGUCUAUCAGACUUUCCCCUCUAACUGAAGCCCCAUUCAGAGGGCCAGCACUGGUAUUCCUGGCAAUGACUUUUUCAAGUGGCCCACAGCCCCACAUGACUGAAAAUAGACUCUUUCUUGAUGUGGGUGUAGAAUAAUACACGUAAGUCAAAUCUUAGCUUUGCCAUCGAUUAUUGUGAGACGGGAGUGGACUUGGAUGGCCUGCUGUUAGCUAAGCAAGGCCUUUUCAUAAAUGUAUGGUAACUGAUUCAAAGGUUGUUAGAUCACAUAUUCAAAUCUUUGGUCAGAGAGUCUCUAAGUCACCCCAAUGUCAACUUAGUGUCUACGCUUUUGAUACCUUUUAGAUGAAGAAGAUGAAGAAGAAUCUUAUUGAUCCCCUAAUGACGCAAUAAAAAAGUCCAACAAAGGGGGAGCAGAUAGCCUAGCGUUUGAGGUGCGCUAUAUAUGGCCCAGGUUCGUGUGGCAUCCCCUGUGGCAUCUUUCGUGCGUGUCUGUUCUCUGUUUCCAACUCUAUCCUCUGUCCUCCAUCUGUCAUUAAAUGCCCAAAAAUUAGGGAUGCACGAUAUUUAUAGGACCAAUAAAAUAUCAGCCGAUUAGGGGGAAAUUACAUAAUUUUUUAUCGAUCCGAUAGGUGCAUUUUUCCGAUAUAAAGAUCCGAUAUAUUAAUGAAAUUACGAGUAACGUUUGCAGGCGGAGUAGCCCCCCUCCGGGACGUGCUGGUCACUUCAUCUAUCGCGCCAUCCCAAGCCUGACCCCGUCACUGCCCGACUGAUAAUAAAAUGUCUUCACCAGCGUGGCUGUUUCUCUCAGUGGCAGAAGAUGACAACAGCAUUGCUAUUUGCAAAACCUGUUCAGCGAGGAUUCCGAGAGGAGAAAAGAAGAUGUCAAGCUUUAACACAACAAAUCUGAUAGCUCAUCUGAAAAGUCGUCAUCGCAGCGAAGCGGUAUUAAAAGAAUAUGAGACAGCCGCUGAAGCCGCUAGCAGUGCUAAAGCUAAGACAACAACACUACGGUGGAUCAAUGUCCCCAUUCAGCAGGCGUUUGAAAACUGCAAAAGCUUUUCAAGAGACAGCGAAAAGGCUAAAGCCAUUAACGACAAAGUGAUUGAAUUCAUAGCGGUCGACGACCAGCCUUUUUCUGUCAUUGAGAACCCGGGUUUUCCUAAGUUAUUAGCACACUUGGAGCCACGGUACACUCUCCCAAGCUGCCGCUUCUUCUCGGAUGUGUCCCUUCCUGCACUCUAUGAUAUUGUCAUUACAUAAAGAAUUUUUCUACCAUGCCUGAUGCAGUCAAAGCAUUAAUAUUUCUGUAAAUCUUCGGUUGAUAAUUGUAAUUUUUUUGCUGCACUUCGCACUUUGAUUUAUUUAUUUGAUUACAUUUUUGUAUUAGAGGUUGACAUAUUAGUCAAUACAUAUAAAUUUGUAUUCAAAAAAUACUUGACUUACCUCCAAACUUCCUUUACAGUUUACAGUUCUGUUGAACAGUUCAGGGGACGCACUUUUUUGGUAAAAUGAAGUUCUGCCUUUUGCUCCGUUGACAAGAUAUUUUUGUGAUGACAUGGAAAAAAUAAACAUUUGAAGAGCCAAAAACUUUUGUUUGUUGUUCUAGAUAGGCCAGAGCAAUAGAUAACUGUUUUCAAUUGCUGCAUCCUGCACAAACUGCAGAUUAUAUGAAGAUUAUAGUAAAUAUAAAAAUAUGAAUUAAUCGGUAUCGGCCAUGAGAAGAAGGAAAUUAUCGGUAUCGGUUGAAAUUUUUCAUAUCGUGCAUCACUACCAAAAAUAAAAAUAAAAAAUCUAACAAAGGCUGUCCUCUCUUCAACCACCUGUUGACAAAGAUGACUAAAACCAAAUGAGCCUUUCUCUGGUGUUUCUUUUCAAUAAAAUUGAGAAACUCUGUUUUUAGCUGUGGGUACCUUUGGGGUUUGUCUAGAACAAUUUUUUUUCCCCCCAGAAGCUGAACUAUAUAUGGUUGUUUCUUCUCCAAAGCUACAGGCCUGAUGUUUAAAACCACAUAAAAAGUGAAUAAAGCAGUUUGACAUUCAGUCUCUAAAACAGGGCUGCUGCUGUGCACUGGUAUUGACUAAAGCCAGCUCUAUAUGAGAUGAAAUAUUGAUAUACGUGAUAACUGGAUGAGUUCAUGGUAGUGGUCAUUUACAACAGGCCAAACAUCAAAGAAUGGAGAGGAGAGACAAAGAUGAAGCAGCAGCUGCUAGCUAGCUUCAGAAGCUCUUUGAGAGAUGAUCAGGCACCUGAGCGAGACUUAUUGAUAAUCCAAAAUCACAAGAGUGCAUUAUCCUGGCUAAACUGUCAGUAUAUAUCGAGAGUAAUUUAGGGAUGUUGCAAAAAUGACACACUAUGUGCCUGUAGGGCGAAUGUAUAUAUUUUUAUGAACUGUUUUCUGUAAUAACACAAACUAAUGCUCAGCUGAAAGAGGUUGAAUUUGCUUCACCAGAAAACAGACAGAUUAUUUCAAAUUCAACUCCAUUAUUUCCCAGCUGCAAAUUACUUCUCUAAUUCUCAGAAUGAGUUUGAUUUUACCUUUUCAGAAAAUGCUACCUGCAGAGGCAGAAAUUACAGCUGCAGUGAAAGUAAAGCACAUUAAAAGUUUGAAUCAUUAAGGCUUUUCAUACAGAAUGAGUCCGUAAAACAUUGUGUGCUCCUGACAGUGAAGCGCAUUACCCAGGGAACAUGAUUUGCUCCAGAAUGAUGGUCAAGGUUUCAUCUAGAAACUAAGACGAUGUAAGUUUACUCUCUCUCACUUCUUGUGACAGGAUGCAAAAGGAAAUCAGGAGCGUAUAACCUGUCCCGCCUCUUCAUCACAGAUAGUUAAAGUUUCUGAUCAGCUCUUGUUUUCCUUUAAAUCUUUGGAUCUUUCUUUUCUCUUUGGACCACAUGUGCCCCUUCCUCAACAUUUGCUGUCUCAGUAGAGAAAAUGGGUUAAUGAGAGUCCUGAUUAUUUCCUUGUACUCUCAGUGUCACUAAUAAAAGGUCUGUUUAUUACUGAGUGCUCAGUCACCCUUAUGCAUGUGUGCACACAGGCACAUGGACGUAUCACAUUACAAGUACAGAAUGAGGCCUUUUGCUGGACAUGCCUGUAAAAUUCAUAACAUGGCAGUGACAUUACAUUAGUUGUUAAAAAUGUAUCACUACACUUUUCUUGUGUAGCCUCAUAAAUGCAUGUGAAAGGAACUACUUAGUACCUUGGGUUUCUGUCAGAAAUUAUGAAGAUUUUUUAUUGGUGAGGAAUCAGAAAACAGCUGAGUACAUCAUCUGAAUUUAAACAGGAAAGCAGGCACUGAUAAAUCAGCUGUAGGCGCUGGCCUCUUGAACUUGAAAGUCAGUGUCACUUAGAUAACCAAAGAUGGCAAAUCUGACAAGAAAGUGUUGUGACAAUGUACUUGUAUAAGUGCUGAGUAUGAAAACAUUAAAAAAGCUACUGCUAUCUCGCCUCAAAUGAACAACUUGUGUGGCUUAAAUAUUUAAAUGUGUCCUUUACUCGGCCUUAUGGAGGACAUUUAGGUCACAAUAAGCACAAACAAGUCUCAAACCAUGUCUCAAAGUGUUAAUUUCUGAUGGUGUUGAUGGUGAUGUCUUGUACAGCAGCAACAGCUGAACAACAGCAAAGAAAUUAGUGUUAAAUUUCAAUGAUUGCAUGUUGACAAAAAGUAAUUGUGACCUAUAGAUGUAUUAACAGAUAUUACUGUUCAGACAACCCAAAAGAUCAGUGUUAAUUUUCUGGGGCAGGGGGAAUUUUAAAUAAAGGCCUGCCUCUAAUACAAGCCUGUUUCAAAUGAAUUAAGAGUCUGCUUAUAUUUGAGGAUUUACGGUAAUUCAAGUUGUUUCAGAAGGGCUGUAGUCAAAUACCAUCCUCUAGAUGGCACAUAAGAAACUAACUCAUCGGUAGACACCAAAGACAUCAGCUCCUUCUCGUUCAGGAAGCUUGUGUGGUCGUCUGUGGUGAGUGAGCAACAGUCUUUAGGUGCAAAUUUCACAGCGCAGGCUGGCAGAGAGUUUGUUUUUCCUCAUCCAUGAACCACAAGUCACUCGUAAAUGUACUUGUAGGUUGUUUUUGGUUUUGAGUAAGACAUUUUUUCAUGAAGGAACAAUAAAGUUUGGGCUUUAGUUUAAAACGCUAAGGAUCUGGGAUCUCUGAGUUUGUAGUUGCCCCAUUAUUGAAAAAGUGACAUAAUAUCUGUGGAGUGUGAAUCAUCUAUAUUUCUAAAAAUGGUACAUUGAUGAAAGAGUUCAGAAAAUUUGACAAAAAGUACUUGGUCCUUGUAGAGCUCUGUUGUCUAAUAGCUUAAAUCUUGCUGACAGAGAGGUGGAUGUGGACAUUACUCCAGAAUUUACCUAGACUCCAGCAUGUAAUUAUAAAUUAUCAUUGCCUUUUACUGUUUUUUUUUUUUUCAACAUUAGGUGCCUUUGAACAGAGCAGGCUCUUAUUAACAUUUGUCUGUUGUGCAGAUCCAGUCACCAGGUGCCAUUGCUGCUGAAUGAGGAUGCACACACACACACUUAAACACACAUGCACACGUAAGACUGUCACCUGCAAAGGCUUCACUUCAGAGAGAAUCCUCACAUCAUUAGAACAAGGCAAUGCACACACAUGUACAUAUACACACACACCGUAGACACAGAAUUGUAGCUAUAGAGCAAGUAAACAUAUGAAGAUCGUCAAGCAUGUAUACGGGCAAACAAUCUCUCUAAGCACACAGGCGAUCACAGGUUUAAAGACAUAUGUGUGCGUGUUCUCAUACAGGAUGUCAAAUUAGACGCACCUUUUGAAAAGCCGCAGGAGUACAUUAAACAGGAGUGUUGGUAUGCACAUAUGUCACAGUGUAAAUUAGAUUUCAAGCAGGCCUUUGAAAUGGCAUGCAAAAGGGAAGCUAUUGAUUUGCCAAUCUGCAUGCAUGCCUUCUCUGUAGGAGAUGGGUCUCUAAUGCAGACGCACUGAAUAGAAUUACACAUAAUUGUCCAAGAAAAUAGCUGCCUAACACUUCAUUACCAUCAGGAUUCCAUCUGAUAGCUAUUUGUUUUAUUCCUGCUCAUUAUUUUGACUGUUCUGAUUUCACUGCUUUUAUAGACAGAGAGAACCUCGGGGCUUCUGCUGCAUCUUUAUAACCGUUGUUAAAUAUUUUGAAUCUGUCAAACUUUUUAUUUUACUAAACAAGCAAAACUGUGACUUCCUAUAGAAGAGGCAGACAUAUAAUCUAAAUCCGGGAAGGAAACCAGCUUUUGAUUUGGAAACAUUACAAGCUUGCUCACAACAUUCAAAAUGAUGUUUUUCAGUCUGACCCCUGGCUUUCAGCUUGCAAAAGGAGUUUCCAACCACUCGUUAAUUUGCAUUUGGAAAUGUCAUUGAUAAUGUCAGUGUGUCCAUGAUGUUGUGAGGGUUUGACUUGGAAAUGCUGGCUCUCACUUAUUAAGGAGGAUGGAGAUAGUGAGCCAACAGAUCUGAUCAAGUUUAUUUUUUUGACUUAUCUGAUUCAAUUUUGGCACUAGCUGUAUUUUUGAAGCAAGGCACUAGUUUGAAAAAAACUCUGGCAUAGUUGACAUUUUUCUGUUCCCUAUUUACUCUAAAACUACAUAAUUAGUGCUAUGGAGUUUGGGUGAGUUUGAGACUUUGUCCAGCUCUUAUUUUUUUGUGGAAUCGAUGCAUUACACAUGGUUUUUUGCAAGUGCUUUAACAGAAAUACUAGAAAUUUAGAUGUUUGCACUUUUUUCAUUCACAAGGUAAAAAGUGUUAAAUUUCAACCUCUGAGUUAACACUGCCCAUCUUAACUACUGUUCAACUUUGGUCUCUCUGAGAUUUUGUGUUGGAAUGGUCUGUUUACCGCCGCGAACUGGAGGUCAUUUGGAGUCAUUCAGAUGGAUCCAAGUUAUAGACAAAACUAGAAAAGCACUCGGAGAGCGCAGACCUCCGCCAAGCAGUUCAUGUCCCCCCUUAUAUUGUGAUUCACACCAAAACUUUUACUGUUACGUGUCUUUUAUUAACGUUUAUUUGUGUUUAAACUGGUAUGUCCACUGUUCAUAAUGUUCCUAAAACAAGAAAUGCCCUGACCAGGAUUCAAACCCAGGGCCUUCUGGUUGUGAGGCGACAGUGCUAACCACUACACCACUGUGCCGCUCAUCUACACCACUGUGCCGCCCAUUGGUUAUCUUUCAGCAUUGAAAAUUCCAACGACACCCUUAUUUUUGUGUGUUCUGGAUCACAGUAGUGCUGGACGAUAAUUCGAUAACAAUAUAUAUCGAUCGAUAGACGUGUGGUGCGAUAGAAAAAAAACGGGUCGAUAAAAAGUUCGAUAGAAAAACACAGUUUCCCUUUCUUUUUCAUCAUAGCCUAUCAUGUAGCUUUUACUACAGUCAUUACUUCCUCCCAACCAAUCACAAACGCAGACCCAGGUACGCUACGGCACCAAGCCCAGCCCCUCUCAAACCACAACAGACAGCACGUGUAUUAGAAAAAAUGAUACAGCAAGGAGAAGCGGAGGACAUUGUCCCGAAAAAAGGUUUCAGUAGUUCACCAGCAUGGCAAUGUUUUGGUUUUUAGAAGUCUGACAAAAAGCGAACAGCGCUCGUUUGCAAAAUUUGCAGAGAAUUAGUAAAAACCAAGUCUUGUUUUACCAUCUAAACCGAUCGCACCCACAGGAGUAGGAGCUGUGUCGGCCGCGCCGCAGCUCCACGUCAUCGUCGGAGGAACCGCUGCCAGCACCAGCACAAAGCAUGUGAAGCAGACCAAACUGGACUUCGUUUCUUGCCAAAAUACGACAAAGCGUCCGAGCGGCAUAAGGACAUCACCCAUGCAGUAACAUGCUUCAUAGCGAGGGACAUACUGCCAAUAACUACCGUUGAAAAGCCUGGCUUCGACCAGCUUUUAGCCACUCUCGACCCGCGAUAUGAAGUGCCCGGCCGCAAGUAUUUCUCAAACACAGCGCUUCAGGCAUGAAAAUGGGUCAGGGGUUGAAAAGGUGAGAAGGGAGGAAAUACGUUCCGGUGUUUGCCGUAGAGUGCACACCUGCAUCCCGUCCACUCAUUAGCUUCUUAAAGUGGAAGAAAAUGAGCUCAUAUUUUACAAAGACGCGAGUAUUUGGAUCAUGGCUACUAGCAGGGGGUGCAUUCGGCAGGGGUGCAUUCUACGGCACAACACCGGCGUGGAUAAGUCCUGCUUCUCGUGCUUAGUUUGUGUAUUAAGUCAAUCACAUGAUAUUUUAAAAAAAUAAACCUCCCGACCCCGGGAGAAAUAUUUCAGUGUUCAGACACCAGGCUGUGGGCAGUUUCCCACACAGUUAAAACUGGUAGUAUGCUAUUCCCACCUAAAGCUAUUCUGUUUAUUUAUAUAUUUGUUUGUUUUGUUUAUUUUCAUCAAAAGACUAUUUAAAUAUUUAUUUAUCAGAUUUUCUGGUCACUUUAGUCUUUAUGUUUGUCAGUAUUUACUGACGUCACUCAGGCCACUUAAGUUGAUUUCUUUUUUUUUUUAGUUCUUUUUUAAAAAACUUUCAGUUGUGGUAAAAUAAAAAAGGUGGUUGAAUAAAGGUUUGAAUUUGAAUUCAGUGCUUGUGUGUUCUUUAUUAAAAGUAGGUCAUUAAGCAAUAGCAUAAAACAUCCAGGGCUGCAAUUAAAAUAUAUGUCAAAUAAUCAUAAUAAUUAUAUAGAUAAUUAUCGAUAUCGAUCAAUAUGAUUUAUUUUUUAUCGAUAUGCUUUUUUUCUAUAUCGUCCAGGCCUAGAUCACAGUAUCCAGAAUUUUGUCCUGAUCACCACCAAAAUUUAAGGGGAUCCUCCUGGGCUGAGACGCACCUCUGGUGAAAAUUUCAGGUCAAUCCGUCUGUUACUUUCUCUGUAAAGUUGCUAACAGACAAACAAACUCACAAACAAACCAGCGCUACCGAAAACAUAACCUCCUUGGCUGAGGUAAAAAUGCUCUCAAGAGUUUUUCAGAUGAUAGCAUAAAGCUUGUUCUUUCAGCAGACUCUCCUUUUAUAAGAAGGUGAGGGAAAUGUGAUAUGGUUAUUUAUGCUUUGGCCUUGAGCCACUUUUAGCAGGUCUUAAGUUGAGUUUUAAACUAAGAGAUAUAUUUAACAGAGGAAUAAGUCUGUAGUAUGUAGUCCACAGUAAGUCUGACUUUGAGACAUGACUGGAAUGAAGAGAAAUAAAGCUGAGGUUAUUAACACAAAGAGAAACAUUGGAAGAAUGUGCUCACCUCGUGUGUUUGUUUUAUAACCUUUUUACUUUGAGAGAAACAUAUAACUUUCAUAUGCUGAGCUGCAUAGUGAACAAAGAUUUUAGUGUGUUGUCCUAAUAAUUCAGCUGAACAAAUAAAAUACUUGGCAUUGGUUUAUCAUCUCAAGUGAGCUUGAGCAGGUUUUAACAUUCAAUCAAUCAAUCAAUCAAUCAACUUUAUUUCUAAAGCACAUUUAAAAAAACCACAAGGGUAGCCAAAGUGCUGUACAAUGACACAUAAAAACAAAUAAAACAAUCAAAGAACGAGAUAAAGCAAGCAGAAAUACAUUAAUGCAACAGAAUAAAUAAGCGUAUAAAUAAGGAGGCUCAUAGCAAGUGCAAAGAUGAUAAAAAAACUAAUUAACACUACAAUGUACUAAAAGCCAAUGAGUAAAAGUGCGUUUUUAAAAGGGAUUUAAAAACAGGAAAUGAGGAGGCCUGUCUAAUUUUCAAGGGCAACUCAUUCCAGAGCUUAGGGGCAGCAGCAGCAAACGCUCUGUCCCCUCUGACAGAGGCCAUAUUCCUUUGAGAGCAAUUUUAUACAACAUACCGAGCUCAUAACUGUUAUUGUAGGAGUAUAUUAUGCUGUGAAGUACAAAUUCAGAAAUGUUAAAAAGACCAGCUGAAAUAUGCUAGAAUUGCUGGUUAUUCUAUGACAGGCUGACCACAUGAAGGCUCACUAUUAUUAACCACCAUGGUCAAGUAUCAACCAAGCCACAACCUUGAGCUGAAAAUGACGACCAUGUGCGAUCCCAGAGAACAACAAUUCUUCAAGUGCCUACUUGAUGCUGGGUCCUAAAAGCCACAGAGAUCCUUUAAAAGGUUCUAUUCAAAUGUCCAUUUUGCAAAAGAAUCAAGCCUGUAUAUAGCAGUGACAACUGCAUAUCCACAAUUGUGACAUCACCUCAUGCCAACUUGGGUUUACGGCCGCUCCUUAAGGGGAUAUUUUGGCGUAAAAUUAAGCGAGGGUCAAACACACCGUAACAUUGAGUUAGACACCCUGUCGAGAGAUAAAUGUUGCUGACUGCUUGCUUCUCUAGUUAUACCAACUUUAGUAUCGACCGUACGAUAGCAAUGCAGAGAGCCAUGCGCUCAACCAAAACGCCACUCUAUAGCCACAAAUAAAGCUCAGAACAGCACCUAACUUCAUCAACAGAACAUAUAGGGUCCUAGCCACAGUACUAGCCACCAAACAUCUUUUUACCUUUGCCUAAUUCCUUUAACAAAGAGACGUAACACAACUCACCCUCUCUCUUCCAGCAGCCGCUUGUUUGUGUGGAGACCUCCGGGUGAGUCCAUCGACUGCAGUGGGGGGACGCAGCUCAAGGAAGAACAUUUAUGAUCAUUUCCUCAUGGAAAUGCAAUCAGACUGAGACGCUAAGGCAGAAGAACUAGAGUGUCUGCAGUGCAAAUUGAUUAAUAUGGUGAUUAUUACUCCAAAGAAAUGAUAAAGUAACGAUCAUUCAUCUCUCGAUAGGGUGUCUAACUCAGUGUUACUAUGUGUUUUACCUUAACUUAAUUUUAUGCCAGAAUAUCCCUUUAAGACCACUCCAGCUUACAGCCAAAUGAAAAAUGGGAAUCAUCACCAGAGUGAUGUAGUCCAGAAUAAGAUUUGGUUCAGAGUCAGACACAUUAUUUUCAGAGAUCCAUGCAUUAAAUCUACAAACUCAGUCAAACAGUUGCAAACUGUUAAAGCAGGGUUUGGAUCCCUCUUCUUUCUCAGGUAAACAUCCUCAGCAUAAAUGCUGCUAGUGAUGGGAGUUCAGCCUCUUUAGAUUUAGAGCAUUUAGCUGUGCAAGAACCCACUAUUAUUGACCCCGAGCAGCUCUCAGAAACAGAUUUUUAGAGCCAAGUCCUUCAUGACUAACACAUACUAGUCCUCACCUCAGUAUAGAUUUGUCUGCAGACACAAUACUGUGGUAUGUAGGCUACAGAAAAUGAUGUGGUUGAGGGAACCUGAAACAAGAAAAGAUUUUGAUCAUAAUUUUUAAAUAAGUUUCCACACAAUAGCUAAUAAUAAGUUACACCAAUUAUUCAUAAUAAACAGACCUAUGCAAUACUACCACAUACCAUGAUAUUGAGCCACCCUGAAUCAGCCUCUCUCUGGCAGCAAGAGAAACCAACUCAACACACAAAAGUCUGGUCCAUUUUAAGGAGCCAACAGCACUUUUCCAAAUCAUCUAAAGCAAGCAUGGACAGUUCAGGCUUACGGACCGCUAGGGUUUCUUUUUCUGCCCUUCACCAGCCUAAAAAUCAUAGCCUUUGCCUGACCUGUUUCUUUCCUUAUAGUUUCAUAAAAUCUAAAAAGUGUCUCAUCUGUCAUCUUCCCAGAGAUAAUUUUGCUCAGCAGUAGACACCACACAUGGCAAUGAAGGCCAGUCACAGAAUCUUCUGCUGCUACUGCUUCAUAUUAUCUCCAUCGCUGCCCCCUGCUAUGAAACUGAUAGCAACAGGAUAUUUCUAGCACUUUAUUAUUAAGAGAGACCAGACUUUGCAGCAACCUCUCAGUUCAAGCUUAAUCAUUUGAAUGUUUAAAUGUUUGUUUGAAUGUUUGAAUGCAUCAUUAUAUCUUUAUAUAAAUAAAAAAAAAGAAAGUUUUCAUCUGUUCUGGUCAUCUGAGACGGGUUAACUUCAAAUGAUGUUGAAUAACUGAAGCAAUAAAGAAGUAGUCAGCCUGCCAAUAUACAAGUUAACAGUGAUGCCACAUGUUUGGGAAGUGCUUGAGAGUCAGUCGUACAUGAUCUGAAUACACCUCCAACCUACAGACGUCAUUGUCUCUGAUACAUUGAGUGUGUGAACAUCAUGUGUGGCUGAGACAAGUUGAGAGAGGAAUCCAGAGUGACAGGAGAUGACGGAUGUACUUCAGAGGAAAGGUCAGAGAAGCUCUCAUGCAGUCAUACACUGGUGAGGUAUCAUUUAAACCUACAUUCACAUUCAAACUGUGUCUCAGUAAUCAUAAUGAUGAUGGCAGCCACAAUAACAUAAGUGACAAAAGCAAUGUAUGGAUGAUAGUGUGCGAGCAGGUGGUUUAAUUUGAAAGAUUUUGAUUUCAUGCUGUUUCUCAGAGUCAUUUCAAUACACGUGGAUGCCUGCGUAAUCAACACUGUACCUGAGCCAGGAAUUACAGCCGGUUACUGCAGUUUGCAUGUUCUACACUGUACUCCCACCUCUUAAAACUUCACUUUUUCUAUCAGAAACCCUUUUGCACAGAGCUUUGUCAGAGACUUGAUAAGUCAAGUGUCACAACAUAAGCUGUAUAAAAUUCUUUCAUACUGUUUUGCUUAGUCUUUGUUGCUGAACUGAUCGAUUUUGAAUACCAUCAUCAUUUCUGGACCUGAGCUGGUCCUUUUUUUUUAUUUAUUUUUUUUGCCUGGCUCUCCCCCUCAUGUCAUUGUUAGCCAUGGUUCAAAGGUAAGGUCACAGCUCCUCAGGUGCAUUGCCAUGAGGGUGGCGUGACCCACCCUCAGAGCUGACCCAGCUGAUUUACAGUAUGAUAUAAAGAGGUGGAGCUGAAAUUUAUGGCUUACGACCAUAGACUGUAUAUUGAAUGGAUACCGUCAGCCUCCUCGCUGGGUCAAGCCACUCCGAGAACAGCAUCCUCUGGUGACAGGCUGCAGUAUAGCUUAUAGAUUCCACCUCCACCAGCAAAGCUGUGGACAAACUUUAGAAUGUUGACAUGAAGUUAUUGUCCUCUUUUUUUUCUGUACAGCUCAAUUUUUAAAAGUGUUGGGUCUAAAACCUGCAACAAAUGACUCAAACACAAAGAAGAGAAAGACGAUGGUAUUAGAUUUCUUACUCGCGAGGAGAACGGACAGAGAUACGUUCAGUUACAAUCUCCAACCGCUCUGAAGCGUAUCUUGUCGUCUCCUCUCUUUUUUAUUAUCCUUAGGGUGGUCCCUAGUUACAAAACGCUGCAUGCACUAAAGGGUGGGGAAACAGUCUUGCAGCAGCGUGGUCACUUACAUCACUCAUAAUCAUUAACAAGCAGACAAUCUGUGAGGGUAAGGUGACCUUGUUGACAUUUCACAAUCUCCUUCUUAUGGUGGGAAUGGUUCCUCCUCUGCUACUGCUCCCACGUCUCACAGCGGAGGUUACAAAACACAUACCUGCUAAUUGGAGAAACAAGGUCAGAGAAGUUAGAAAACACUCAUGAGUACUUUCUCAUGUGCUGUGUAACAAGAGGUUAAAGCAGUUCAUAGUUGUAGGAAACUUUUCCAUUUGAAAUUUGAGUAAGACUAUUGAUAAUUUCUAUAUUUAUACACAUUAUUCUGACCAAAAGUUAUUAGUGGGUUCAUGUUUUCUAUGAUUGACACUUGAUACAGCCUAUGGGCGUAGGAAGAUUGCGUAGCUCACCUGGGGGAUACGCUCUUUGACUCGCUGCUAUUCCCCCGCUGAAUGUGUACAGUGCUACAGCGCAAGUGGUGGAGUGCGUACAAUGCUACUGGGCAAUGUUGGUUUCAGAAAAUGGAGAGAAAACGCGGAAUUACAGAGAGCUGUUUGGCUUCAAAUUCACAUUCUGGCGGGAGGCGGAACCAAGUUGUCCAUACAGUCUAUGCGUACAACCUUCAGUAGAUAGAUAGAUAGAUAGAUAGAUAGAUAUACUUUAUUAAUCCCAAACUGGGAAAUUCACAAGUAGGGUUUGGGUAUUGUAGUUUAUUGUUUGUGAAUCUGUUGUGGAAAAUAUGCAUUCAUUUUUCUCUUUGUAUGGUAACUGGUAACUAGUUAAUAGUGGGAGGUGGUAGUAGUAGUGGGUGCCCUAAUAGAAAGAAGACAAAGACAUAGAAGAAGAAUUAGCUGCUAGUUAGCUAGCUAAUCCUAGCAGCUCUCUAAAAGAUGGUACGACUCUCUCCAAAAUUGAUUCAAAUCAAAAAUGAAAACAAGAGCUACUUUGUGGGUGUUUGUGGGCGAAUCUAACACUCAAACUUUCUAACCAUUCCUUUGAACACUCAAAGUAACAUCUCCAAAUAAAAGCAUGUUUUUACAAUUGGAAAUGAAGCUGUCUACAUCUAUGACUGUGAAAUUGUCAGAAUUGAAGUAAACAUUUGUUUAACAAAGCAAUUUGUUCUCCAAAUAGGUUUCAAUCAGGGAGCUGAUGAGGCAGAUAAAAUAUAACUGCAGAUAUUAGAAAUAAACAUGUAAGUAAGUCAGCUAUGUUUGUUAGUGACAUGCCUCGUUUUUUUGUUAAAGUUGCUGAUUGUGUCAUUAUGUAACUUUUUUAGUAGUAAAUGCUGCAGUAAUAUCAAAAUGCUGAUUUCUUUAUGUUUAGGAUAUUUGUGAGGUGAACACGUGAUACCAUGAUGCCUGAGUGCUUGUGACAUACAUCACCUAGUGAUGCAACCUGGACACAUCAUCAGUGAUGUUACCUGGGAUCAUCGAGUGUUUCGGGUCUUUCAAGCAUCAUACACUCUCCUCCAGGCGACCCAGCCGGGGGUGAUCAAUCCCCAGCUUGUGUCCAGUUAGUGCUACCCUACCCACGGGUCUCCUCUCCUGAUCCACAGCCACCGUGAGGCAACCUCUGCUGCCUCCGUGGCCUCCUUGAUGGCCCUUCGCUUGCUUGGUCCUGUGAUGCCCAGCAUGCUAUAUACUCUGCAGAGGGACUGGCCUGCGAACCCUCUGCAUCCCACCUCGAUGGGCUCACAUCUUGCCCGCCACCCAUUGAGCCUACAUUCCUCCACCAGACCCUGGUGUUUAGCCCUCUUCCUCUCAUUGGCUCGUUCCCAUGGUACCGUGAGCUCCAGCAGCACGACCUGCUUGGAGGUUGCUGAGAUCAGUACCACGUCUGGCCUCAGCGAUGUUGUGGCCACAUACUUUGGGAAUACCAAUUGUUUCCCCAGGCCAACUCUCAGCUCCCAGUAUUGAGCCAUUGCUAGCAGGCCAGAGGAGGUGGUCCUGGCAGCAGCUGAUGGUUUCUCCCCGGCUCUGAUGAAGGAGAUGGAUUUCCUUGUUGGGCGCAGGUGCUUGCAGUGGGCAAUUCCAUUGCAGAUGGCAUUUGCUAUGGCCUUCAAUACCUGGUCGUGGCGCCAGCAGUAGCGCCCCUCACUCAGGCCUUUCGGACAGAAGCUCAAGAUGUGCUCCAGGGUCCCUCUCUUCUGACACAGUGCACAGGCAGGCGACUCAACCUUCCCCCAACAGAAUAAAUUAGACGGGCUCGGCAGUAUGUCGUAGACGGCCUGGAUGAGGAAUUUAAUGCGCUGGGGCUCAGCUUUCCAUAGCUCAGUCCAAGUGACUUUGCGCUCUGCCGCCUGCUCCCAACGCAUCCAGGCUCCCUGCUGCCGCAUUCCAACCAUCCUGCUGGUUCUCUCUUCCGCCACUGCUGCUCGCACCUCUCCCUGGAGCAGUGCCCUCCUGUACUUCCCCUUAGCCUUGUCGUAGCGAGGUGUUGCACCGCUACCUAGGCCUGCUCUUCCCCGGGCAGCCGUCCCCACCAGCACCCUGUGCCGCAGCCGUGACUCCGCGGCAUCCACGGCCUCUGCUGCCCUCCACUUCCGCCCCGUCCUGACUUCGAUCCCGGCUUGAGAGACUUUUGGGUCGCUUGACUCUCUGUACUGCAGCACCUCUGUGUGCAUAUGUAUGUACCACUGUGAUUCAUGCCAUUCCUGUUGAAGCCAUUCAUAAGGCACCUUAAGUGAAAACGUCUAGAUUUACCUCGUCAUCCUCCAGACAGACCUUUAACAGCCCAGCUGUGUAAUUAAGCACCUAAUGUUUUAAUAUAUUUACUUUUGCAUCUGACCUUUGGCUCUCCAUGAAACAAAUGUGACUGUUCACUUCACCACAGACACAAUGCAGAGACCUCCCUGUGGCCUGUCUUUUCAAAAACAGAGACAAAGCCCUGACCUGCUCUGUGACGGUGAAUUAGACCCACACUUUGGGGACACAUAUAUCUGCUCAGAAAAGGGCAUCCUUGGAGCUCUGCUGAUUUGUGGCUGACACCUUAUUUGUCAGAGUCUUUAGCGGGCUAACCUUUCAGAAAGCACUGUUAUUGAUAUUGGCACUCAAUAGCACCCCAGGUACAUCUGUUUCUAUUCAGACGCAUGCUAGUUAACAUUCUUGGAAAUCAAUAUGUCACUCUUAGACAGGAAUUAUGAGUGUUGUCAUGAUCAAAUGUGCACUUCUGUUAGAGAGUACAGCUUAAAACUGUGGUUUACAGUCACUAUUUGAAGAUGUUUGUUAAUCAUCAGUAUCUAUCUUGACGUCAGAGCUUUGGCAUAAAUCACACAUGAGAGCUGCAGCACAGCACGUUCCCAUUUCUCCCCCCGAAUCAACCUGGCUUUUAUGUUGCAAAAGAGAAUAACACAGCACUCAUAAGUAAUACACAGCCUGACAUAACAGCAAUUACUGAAGAUCUUGAGUGAACUUGUACCUGCAAAGUGGAUAAAUUUCCCCGCUGGUUACAUUUUAGCGGCUGGGUGAUAAUUUGUUUUUCUUCCUCUUCCUACCUAUUGAAACAGCUUGUUGUUUUGAAACAACUGACCUUUCUCUUAAUAAGCUGUGUGUUUGUGUGUGUGAGGAAGAGCAGUAGGAGUAGUGUGUCACCAAUGCAUCCUCUUUAAAAGUUGUGUUUACAUCACACAGACUUGUCCUGCUGAUUUUGUUGAGCAUCAGAAAUGUCAGGUGAAACCUUUUCUUUUUGGGGGAAAUUAGUCUUAAUUAAUUCCUCACUUAGAGUCUGAGUGAUAGUGUUUAUUUUGAAUGUACUCCCUAUCCACCAUAAUUACCUACAAUGAGAAUAAGCUGUUUACACAUUAUGCUCCUACGCUUCUUUGGUGCUUCUACUUGUUCUUAAAUGCAAAAAGCAAAUAUCUCCUCACGUGUUCGAGAAGAUAACUAUGCUGACACAUAAAAAGAGUGUCAAGAGUGGACCUAAACAAAUAAGAGAGAGAGAAUGAGGCAUUUGGAAAAGGAAAUGAUGUUGGGAUGGAACAGACCCAAAGACAGAAAUGAGUAUGCUUCUUCAAAAAAAAAAAAAAAAGAGGUAAAAGCACAGAAGGAAAGUCAGUCUGAGUUCCCAGACAAAGUGGAGAGGAAUCACGAGCAGCAGUGUGCGCUGAGAACAAAUGAGGAAUGGGCAGGGAGGGAAAAUCAGCAGUAAAGGAAAAGUGGUGCUGACAAGCUGAAGAAGGUCUCAUCGAUAAUAAUAACAAUAAAAAAAAAAAACGCAAUAUCAAAUUUAAAUUCAGCAAGAAACGGAGGUUUAACUGCAGCAGUGUGGCUCAGAGAAGUAAAAAGAGAAGCUAUGUUUUAGUUUUAGAUCCUCAUUUCCUUAAAAAACAGUAAAGCUGCACCCUGCAGUCUGGUGGCAUUAGGUUAUAGUAAAAAAAAAACAACACGUUCAGGAGCCUCCAUUGAUUUGCUUAGUAAGUGAUUAUGACACUUUAAAAAAAAAUUCAUCUCUUUAAAUUACAGCAUUGUACUUUUGAACCAUCCAACAGUCUCUUUAGAUUCUCCCCCGUACCCAUAACUGAAGUUCUGUUAUUUUUAUGACGUUUUUUUUUUUUUACUUUUAUUUUGCUUUUCUGUUUGUGCAUAUGUGAGUUUGAUUUUUGGCGCUGCUUGACGCCUUGAAUAAUGCAUGAAAAUAGAAUGCAUGAAUAUGCAGUGUAUGCUGUCUGUCAGUGUGAGAUUCAGGUGAGUGCCUCUGUCGGUUUAUUUACCUUUAUUUACUUUCUGAGCACCAACAAAUUUCAGCUUUGGUGGAUAUUUUCCAUUUAUGUCUUGAUUUUUAGUCCUUUGCCUUUUCAUAAGUGUCCAACUUCCAUAGAUAUAAGUCUCUCUCUCUCUCUAUCUCUCUGUAUGUGUGGGCCAUACAUGGGUUAAUGGGGGUAACAGCUCUCCACACUGAUGGAAUAUUGAUGGGACAUAAACAUGAAGUCCUCAGACUACAGUGCCCAGAAGGGCCAUAAAACAUGAGAAGGCUCUCACAUAACACAACAAAGGCAGCAGAAGUUGUUUACCCCAAGCUACAGUGCUGCUGCUGACACACACCACCCCAGAAAUACAUACAUGACUGUACAAAUAUACACUUACAAAAACCUCCAUCAGUGUAGAGUCUGUCUUCAUCGAAAGAGAGAUGAAGUUGUAGCAUUAAAAGGAUUUUUAAUGAAGUUUUGGUCAAAGACAGGUUUUUAAGUGAGGGGCUGAUGGGUGUAUUUGGAGUAGAGGAUGGCAUACUCAGGUGGAUCCUGGAGCACAGGUGAAAUAAAACAGCAGAUUGUCAAUGCUCAGGGGACCAGUUAAGAAACAAACUGGCUGGCUUUAAUGUUAAACUGUGGGAUGAUGAGAGACUGUAGAGCUGGAGUUCUCCUGUACUGCAGGCUGAUGACGGUGGCAUAAAGGUGUGCAGGCUGCGGCUUGCGGUCAGGUCAGGUUUCUCAAAUGUCAUCUACCAUUUGUAACAAUGUUCAGAGUUCAAUGAGUUGAAUCUGUGUGACCAGUUAAGUGGGAGUGACUUUAAUUAAGUGGAUGCUCACUGUGAUUCACUACACACUACAUUGUACGUGCACUGCAGGUGUAGCCAUUAAACGGCACACCUGUUGCAGCUGCGAGACAAAUUUCCUGGUAAUCACAGAAAUACGUCCGGAGAGAACGUCUGUCUCGAGGGUCAUACCAGGGUUUUGUGAAAGCAGCAGCCAUAUAUAGUGGUUUUUUUUAGAUCACAAUGUUAGACCCCUGGGGCCCCUUUGAAAAUCACUGUUACUGCUCAGCAACGUGAGGCCGUCAAGCCCAGUUCUGUGGUGAGUUUUCAGAAAGAUUUUAGGCAAUUCAUCUCAAGAAGAAGGUGACUUUCUUAGUUCGCUCCGGAAUUUACAACAAUUAGUCUUUAUAAUACGAACUCAACCACCUUUUCCUCUGCAAACUUUGAGAAACAGCUUCACAUCAGCUGCUUUAUAAUAAAAACUGGACUAUUGUGAGUUGUAGAAAGCUCUUAUAAUCUGUUUGGGACCGUGACCGUUUCCUGAGUCUGCCUUUCAUUAACUACAAUAGAAAUUCUGGUUUUGAUUCAAAAAAGGGGUGUUGUGUGAAAGACAGAGGUCAUGUGACCUUGUUGAGUUGUUGAUUUUAGUUGAGAGGGACAUUGUACUAGGUUUUAGGAAUCUCCCAGGCUAGUGCUGUCCUUUUUUUGUUUUUUAAGCUCUCUUUUUUCUGUGAGUUCCAGUAUAUGUGUAGUAUAAAAGUAUUUAAGUAAAAACAAAAGUCUUCAAUAGUAAAAGUCUUUUAAAAUCCAAACCUCUGAAACUGCAAAGGGCUUCAACAUACAUGCACCGUCACAGCGUGGAAACUUUGUAGACAUGCUUUGCACAGGGACUGAUGCUGUCACAUUAAAAAAUAAAACAUGUUGAAUAUCACAUCAGGUCCGUCUUCUGGAAGUUUAUUCACUGGAAAACUUGGGGGACUUAAAUGUUCUCAUCCAAGCCUGUUGGGUAUCUUGUCUUAGUUUUCACCAGCCGUGUAAUUUAGUUUAGAAGUCUGUGUUUGAAGUCGGGGUCAGGAAAAAGUUGUUCAUUUGCAGAAUUGUGUGAAAAUGUACAUGAAAGUCAAAUGGAGUGAAACUCUGCCAUAAAACUCCUUGUAUCUGAAAUGCAAGCUGCAUCCAACGCACAAUGCACCAACCUAGCUGUGCCACUUAUAAUGAUUUCCCUUUUAUUUGGUCAUUCUCAUACAAACACAAGUGCAAAACACACCAGCAAGUCACAAAACACGAUGGCAUUACCUCUUAUAAAAACAGUGUGAAUUGUCCAAACAUGAGGGGAGCAACAAUAUUGUCAAUAAAAUGCGCUCCAGCUCUUCCACUCCAGCUUCAGUGAUUACUCUUAAGAACCAUGAUCCCCUGUCUGAGCAUGUCAGUAAACUGGGAGUGUAGAAGUUUUGUCAAAUUAGCAUUUUUGGUAGAGCCCAGGUGUUUGUGAAGUGAAGGCUGCAUUUUACUGUGACGGUAAUCGAUAAAUACUUUGACAUCAAACAUGGAUUAGAUAAAUGUGUCUCUUUAUUUACUGUCAAAAGCCCCACAUUAACCAAGAUUUCAUCAACUUAGCUGCCGGUUUCAGAGGCUUUAGUUUCUUUUAUUUGCUCAGUUUUACUCUUUUUUUGUACCCUCCACAUUUGUUCCCUUGCCGUUUGGAAACAAUAUUAAUCUACCACUUGCGAAAUCCUCCAGGAUGUUUUUCCUGCUCAUUUGUUGCACUUUGUGUUCUCGCCAACAACCCGUCUCUUCCUAAUCUUUUUUUUUUUUUUUCAAUCUUCAUCAACUUGUUGCUCUGUUUUUUCCCUAUUUUAUUUUGUUUUGUCUUUUUAGAUGCUCUCACAGGGUUCAGUCUCUGCUGACUUCUCACCCAUGCACCACAUGACAGUUUUUUAUUCCCUGACUGGAGAAAUAAUAAUUGUCUUUUGAGAAUGUAUUGGUUGUUCCCCUUUACCACAAUUUUUUAAAAGACUUGAUUAAGAACCUCAGGUAAUGUAAAUUGAUAGAUUUAUUUAGUAAAUAAAAAAGAAAAGAAAAUGUAAUUAGGAGGAUUCAAUAGACAAAAUAAUAUAGCAACCAGUGUGUCACUCUGAUUAAUUUGUGUAUUAAUUUAUUGAGAGUUUCUGUAAAUAUGUAUAAAAACACAAACUCACUUGGCCUUUGACUUAUGUGCAUUUGCUUCUCUUUCACUCACUCUCACGUACACAUGAUUUACUCUCUAUAAACCAUGGAUGAGCACGUAUAUGAAACCUGAUUAUAUCAUCACUGUGCUGCUGGAUGCUGAGGAUCCUUUCGCUCUUCGCUCUAAGUACUCUUAACGAAACAUGCCAAUUCUAAUUAAGCGUGUGUGUGUGUGUAUGUGUGUGUGUGUGCGUGUAAACCUGUGUGCUUUUAAGCGUGUGUGUGUUGACAUGUAAACUGGGAUAAUGAACGACAAGUGCUUUUAAUUUUGUGCUUAAUCAGGUGUCACAUAUGGUUUACAAGGCCUGUACUCUGAGUGUCUGAUGUGUGCAUACGCCAUGAUUAAGUCUCAGAUGUACUUACAGGUCUGUUCAGAUACAUCAUGUACCUUUUAAGAUGGUGGAGCAUGCAUGUGUGGUAAUUAUGCUGGAUGCCAAAGCAAUUGAGCAGUUUUUCAAACUAAAGCCCUGGAAAUUUCAAAAGUGUAUAAUUUUGUUAGUUUGUAGGUCAGACCUUCUCUAAAUUGGCAAAAUUACUCUGUGAAUCAACCUUGUCUGCAGUUGUUGAAACUGGUUCUCUAACUGGUUUCUCAAUAAAGGAGCCAAGCUGACCAGGACCCGUAAUGGGUAUUAUACCUACUAUUGACAAGUACUUUAUAAAACCCCAAUUAAAAAAAGGAACUUGAAAUAGGAGUGAACUAAGUGAAUUAAAGGCCACCACACACAGACAUCCUUAUGAAAGGUGCUACAACAAUCACAUUCUUACAUCAAAUGAUGCCCUCUGAAGCAGAAAAAUAAUGAAUGCCUCUUUUUAACAUGCAUACAUCUAAAAAGAUAACUCCAGAACAAAUUACUUUCCUUUUAUUAACAGAGCUGGGUGUCUGGGUGUGAAUUUAUGGAAGGUGUGACCAAAUCUACCAAAAUCACUCGUACCAGGACCAGGGAGACUAACAUGAGGACUGUUGCUCAGAAGUCCGAAGUCUUUCUGGAAAGACGUAAAGUGUACAUUUCAUUUGGAUAUCAGGGUCCAAGAAUCUGGGGGAGGAGUUGAGAUACACAGAGUCCAAGAUUCUUGACACUCAGUGGGAAGUUUCCACAGACUGUGAUAGUUUGAGGUGCCUUGUGAUCUGCUUGUGUUGGUCUUCUGUGUUUAAGAUCAGAGUCAAUGCAGCCUAAAGUCUACCUGGAGAUUUCACACCUCUUCAUGCUCCCAUCUUCUGAGAAGCUCUGAGAUGCUUUUCCAGUAGAAAUUAGCUCCUGUCCACAGCGCCAAAACUACUACUAAAUGGUUUGCUGACAUUAUUGUGAUUAAUGGGUCGGCAAGUUGGCCUGAUCUGAAACCUUACAGAGUAUCUGUGGGAUACUCUCAAGAAAAUAUUGACAAGCUGAAGGCCGCUAUCAAGGCAACCCGGGCUUGGCUGAAGUAUUUACAUACAAUCAAUGUAAAUACUUUUGAAUUGGAUAACAUUAAAACUUGUUUCCCCAUUAGUUAAUUUGUUGGGAUGCAUGUGUACAUUUUGUACUUCUGAACAAACAGCAAUAGGAUCUUUUCAGACCAAAGUAUAACUGUGUAAGAUCUCUUCAAGAACUGAGUACUGGAUCAAAGAAAAUACCAGACAGGUUUAUGGUUGUUUCAAUGUGUAAAAAGUAAUGGUUUCUGUAGACCUGAUGCUCCAUCUGCUCAAAAGACUUUCUCUCUCUCUUUCACACACACACACACACACACACACACACACACACACACACACACACACACACACACACACACACACACGUUAUCAGCCUCAGCAUUAAUCCACAAGAUUAAUGUUUUUGUUUAACUGACAUUUUAGGUGCUAAGCUCUCGUUGUGUUUGCGCUGUGAUAUCUUUUUCAGGUGCAAACACACACACACACACACACAUGCACACGCACACACACACACACACACACACACACACACACACACACACACACACACACAAACGCACCUUAAAACUUCCUCUGCUUUCAUCCCACCUCAGUAUCAGUGUGUGUAAGGGAGGAAAAUGUCCUGAGGGUGUCUGGAGUCUGUGAUCUUCUUCGCUUGCCAAAAUAAUUCACUCUACCUCUCGCUAUGAUCGACUCCCUCCUCUUGCUUUCUCUAAAACUCUUUUCUCUGUUUGUUUUAUAUCCCUUAAACUCCAUUCUGUCUUUGUCUCUUUUUACAUCCUCUCUUUUGUUUUCACUAUAUUCAUUUCCUUUUUUUUUUUUUUUCAACCAUAUAAACAAAGCUUGAUUCAUCUUCAGCAGCAAUUCUUCCUGCCGAGCUUAUUGAGAUGCGAGAAGCAGAAGGUCAACAACAAAGAUGACAGGGGCUGCUAUAAAAAAAAAAACUGAUGGUAAUUGCAGCUCACAGUCUCAGGAGAAAGUUCAUAAUAGCAACAUGAUCCGAUAAGCAAUAAAGGAGCUACGUGUAGCUUCUCCACAAAACAAGUUAAUCGAGCCUCUUAUCUUGACUCCUCCAACUGCAUCAGAUCAAAUAGAGUUCCUCAAUAUGUUAACCAGCCUCUCUUACGCAAAAUAAAACAUACAGGUGAGUAUUAAACACCAUAGCUUCUGUUUCUGUACUUUUCCACUUUUAAGUUCCUGUGAGUAGUUUCCUGUGAUAAAAUGGGCUGAAAUAAACAGUGCUGUUGCUGCAAUUUAUGAUAGUUUUGCUUUGUCGUUUUACUGCCCAGUGCUGAGUUAACCCAAUAUUCUAUUUGAUAACAAAGGUGUUUUAUUUUGAAAGGACAUGAAAUAUACUUUUGUGGCAUCCCAAAGUUAAAGGAGCAAGUGGAAACUAGGUAAAAUAAUCAGCAGUGCAAAAUGUUUGGUGCAUUGUCUCCCUCUGAAUACUUAAAUGGUUGGCAAAUAUAACUUGGCAGCCUUAAAGUUUUCGUCUAUGUGUGGACGAAAAGUCUGACAGUGUAUAUUGCACUGCAGAGCUUCACCUGCUGCCACCAUGUCUGUGAAACUGAAUUCUGCUACAGACCUAAGAGAUUUAACGGCAUUGAACUUGAAAGGUCAAAGGCAGAAAGUGUCCUCUACUAUCUCACCAAUUUGAAUCGUCCUGCAUGUGCACAGAUUUUCACCUUCCUCAUGAAAUGCACUAUUUGACUCCUUAGGUGUGUUGAGACGGGUGUUAAGGGGUUGUGUCUUAAUUUUUUCUGAGUGAAAAAAAAGGAACUUUAACUGAAGGAAGAAUAGCUGGACAAGGUCACAUAAAUUUACCAAAAUUCACCUCUAGUUCUCCUCCACCUAGCGUGUCACCCCUGCGGAGAUGACAUUGUCAACUCUUCGUAGCCUCAUACUUUUGGAGUACUAAGUGACGGAGGACAGGCACAGCCGUCCGCUGAGCACUGAAGCUGUGAGCAUUAAGACGGCUGUGGCUCAACAGAGGAGAACUAUGAGAGGCUGAACAGUUGGCGCUGUAGACACAAGCUAAAGUCAGAUCAGCCUUAGCUGGGAUAUGUAGAGGAGAGUACAUGGUGUUAGAAGAAUUGAAGAUCUGAUUUCUGAUGGCAUGUUCAGAGGCAGUGGCACAUUUCCUCUCAUUUGUUUGACUUAUUUUUCAAAAUUCUUCAUUUUCAUAUGAAGAUAAUGAUGUAAAAAAUAGUUGCAUUAGUUAUUAUGAGGUUAAUAAAAAUCUGGAAAGCCAAGAUAACCAGGGAGAGAUUUGUGCGCUUUGUUUUCCUCUCUCUCUAUGUCUGACUCUGCCACUCUCUCUCUCCCCCUCCAUAUUUUUUAGUUACCUCUCAUUGAAAAUGAUAAUAAAGACAAAGGAAAGAGAAAAGCGGGAAAAUUUCUUUCUCUUUCAUUACAUCUGACUCCAGAAUAAUCAGAUUUUCAAGUGACUGCCUGGGGAUAUCAAGACCGGUCUGUGUGGCUGAACUUUCCCUCCUCCCCGUGUGUUAGACUAAAAAUAGGUGCCACUACAGUAUAAUCCAAUAGUCAAGACAGGCGUGGAGACACAAUCACACACGCAUACACACACCUCUGACUCUGGGACUUAAGAAAAUGUAUAUGGAAAAAUAUAAAUCUCCACUUUGAGAGAUGAAGCUGAAAAGCUUAGAGGCUUUUUUUUAUUGUAGAGGGUUAGAGAAACAGAGCGAGUAAGGAUGUCAAAAAAGAGGGAUGGAAAGAGAGGAAGAGAAAGAAUAGAGAUGUUAUUUCCUCAGGUGAAGUUGUAGAUCACCGUUUCUAGAGAAGUCUAUCCUGCCUUUGUCAGAGAGUGUCCUGCCCCACUGUAAAAUCUUGGUGUUUUACAUUUUGGUCUCAAAACACUGUAGAGGUGUCGCCUUUCAAACCCAUAAUUUGAUUCAGUUUCAGCUCAAGGUCAUGACCUGAUCCGAAACAUUUUUUUGACUCAUUACCGAUUUGCAAUCAGUUCCCCAUUUGUGAGGCCAGGCAUUCACUCUGCAAAUUGAGGCUGAUUCUGACCUGAUUUUUUGGUAGCAUGGCUGAUUUUGGAGUCCCUAGAUUUUUGCCUGAUGGCGCGUUGUUUGCUAUGCAUUGUGGAGGUGGGCAGGUGAGCCGAUUGUGGCUCCACCUGCUGCUCUCCACCACUCAGAAGAAUUUCUUGCAUGUCAAAAAUUUGGGUCGGCUGACUGCUCGCUCUUGCACAGUGAGGGCUGAGCCACAAGCCAAUUCCUCAACGCCAGGGGCUUUUCCUUGAUUGUGCCUGUGCAAAAUGGGAAACCGCAGCCCAAUCUUAAUGUCCAUACUCACUCACUUUGAAGCGACUUCCCACUACCUCCAUAAGGGCUUAGAGCUGUCCUGCUGUCAAAUGAUCAAGGGGUCUCUGCCAGACUUUUUGAGCCCUAUAUGCACCUUUUCCAUAAGUGGGCAUCUCUGCUUGCUUUGCAUGAGAUAAUAACACAUAAUUUAUAAUUUAUUUAUGUUGUGAUGUUUGUCAGAGGAAAUCUGCAAGCAUGGAGGAAGACAGGAAUGCCAAAACACAGAUUGUUUUAAAAAAUGUUAAAUAAGGAGCAUGGAUGGUGCAACAUAGACACCUGAAAAAUUUGGUUUGUCUUUGUAUUAAUAAACAUUGCCAAGAUUCACUUGUACACUUGUUUUUUUUUUUUUUUUUUAUCUGAACAGUAGUUAUUUCCCUAUCUUACAUGUUUGAUUAACCGAAGCAUAACAACAGAUAAUGCCUCUUUGUUAACAUGUAUAUAUCUACCGCGAUAACACCAGAAUAAAUUUUUCUACUUUUAUGAACAUUUCAGAAAGGUAGAGCUGGGUGUCAUCUGUGUAGCAGUGGAAAAUAAUAUUGAAUUUACAGAAGGUAUGACCGAGAGAAGGCAUGUAGAUAAUGAAGAGAAGAGGGCCCAGAACAGAACCCUGGGGAACACCCGACGAGAAAGAUACAAGAUACUUAUAAAUAACUGAGCUCUGAUAUGACUAUUGCUUUUGAACUUGUUUAAUUUUUGUUUGUUUGUUUUACUGAUUUAUCUUAGGAUUUAUAUUGAAACUCCAGAUUCAUUAUUAUCCCGUGAAGCUUCUGAAACAAUCUUACCGGGCUUUAGAUCCUUAAUCUCGUACAGAUUUGCUUCUUGAUCAGUUAUGUAGCAGACAAGUUUAUGCAGCUGAAACAGAUCUUCCUUGUCCAAAGCCUCAACUGGAGAUUUUUUUAAACAGGCAUCAGUAGAAAUUGCAGAGGAGUUUAACAAUUGAAGGCAUACAGGUUUGUGUUUGAGAUCCGGGCCUAGUUGUUCAACUGUCAUCUAAAGAGUGAAAUUGAUCUGAUUGGAUCACGUCUUGAGAAUGGAUUGUUAAAAAAAAGUACAGAUAUUUAUAUAUAAAUGAAAUCUUUUGAUGUAUUACAGAAUAUAUUCUCAAUGAGGGCUAUCCAGUUUUUAUGAAAAACUUGAGAGGAUCAUCUUUAUUCAAAAAUAUUAUGUAAGAGAGAGAAAAGUAAAAAAGCAGUGAUUUUUUCUUUUUCGUUGGUAGAGAUGAAGCACACAACGAAAGUGACAAAGAGAGAAAGUGAUACAGAGGGUGGAACAAAGUGAGGAGGGAAAGAAAGAGAAGGCCACUGCGUUGGCAGAACAGUGACUGUGUAAUGUCUCCAUUAGUGGCAAAGUAGUUCUUUAUGGGUUUAUGACUUGAUAAAUGAGCUGUAAUGGACAGAGAGAUCAUUUCUAUGGUCUCUGUUUCACUCAGCAGGAUAAGAGCAGUCACCUGAAUCUAACACACACACACAUAUACACACACCCUGUGGGCUUAAAAAAUUACUAAAGGAUUUUGACUAUCUAAAGUGUUUUUAUGGAGGGAUGCACAGAUUUAACGUUUUCUCCUCUGGGGAUGAGUAUUAAUCUGUGUUCUUUGUGCUGUGGAGCUCAUUGGGAUCAUUUUACGGAGGUAACAUGAGGUCAGAGAUUGUUGUGGUGCUACAUCUUAGGCUGGUGUGUUUGAUUAAAUGUGUAACAUCUGACACAUUCUUAUGAAGUAUGUUUAAACUUAGUGCUAUUUUAGAUAUUCAUUAUCAUUUUAAAUAGGUGGCAGCAGAUAACCCAAGAGUCAAGGGUGUAAUCACAUUGGGCAGAAGACAGGAGUGGUCUAAACUGACACAACAUGAUAUUGUUGUGCAUACAGCAUACAGACCAUAGUAACUUAUACAUGCACACGCACUCUUACUGCACACACAUUCAUCUACAGUCAGUGUGUGUCGGCACCGCUAUGAGAAGCUGUACUGUUGUGCAUGGUUGUGUGUGUGUGUGUGUGUGUGUGUGUGUGUGUGUGUGUGUGUGUGUGUGUGUGUGUGUGUUAUGUGUUUCAGACACAUCAUAUAACAGGAAAGGGAAAGAGAGGGAAUGAUAAAAAGUAAAUGGCAGCAGUUGUUGUCAACCCCAGGACAUUUUGGGUAAUAUAAGGAGCAGUUUGUCAAUUUAUUUCUCACACACACACACACACACACACACACACACACACACACACACACACACACACACACACACACACACACACACACACACACACACAGAGUCAGCUGGCAGCUGAAUUCACACACUCAUUUGAGCAGUUUUAACGCCGCAUUGUUCACGUUAAUAAUGAGCUGCUGGCUGGGAGACCAAGACAGCAGUUGUCUGAGGGUGUCACAGUGUUUACCAUUGUUUACCGUGUUUGCACUGACUGCAUUUAGGAAAGUGUUCUGCUGUGUCACUGGCUCAACGCUGCCCGGGAUGCAAAUUGAAAUAACUACUAAGAUUCUGAAAACAUCAGCUCCGGUAACUUUUUAAAACUCAAACUUAAUGUUAGCUUUGGCAGAUACAGUGCCCUAUUGUACGCCCAGUGCAAAGUGCCUGGACAUGCAUCACAGGCCUCAUUGUUAUUUUCUGCCUGAUGCAGUGUUCAUUUUCAUGCCCAGUGCCCACGCUGGAUAAAUAGCGAAUGAAAUUGAGCUCCUACGAGGUUGUUAGACAUAAAAUGAAGUUUUCUUCAGGUGCACAGGUGGUGCAUUGGUAUCUUGAGGAUGCAGAGACUGAGUCCCUGCUGCAUGUAAAACCGCAAGACUGUUUUCCAAGGAUAUACAAAAUAUACAGAAAACUGUAUGUGUCAGUAAAUCCAUUAGACUAAUCCAGAACAGAACUGCAAGCUGCUCUAAGUUACAUGAGAAGUACACAUGAGGGGUAUGAGACUUGGCCCAUUUUGUGACACAUAUGGCUGGUGAACCCCCAUAAAAGAACAUUAUAUUACAAUGCAGAGAUGUCCUAAACUUUUCUGUCACUUGAUACUUUUCUAAACUAUGUGUGUGAGAUUAGAGGGUCAAAAGAUGUUGCCAUAUUUUAUAAAUUGUCUUUUAAAUAGAGGAACACAAAUGACGUUUUCCCACCUUAUUGCCCAGUUGUCAAACACAAACCCUAAGGCAAAUGUCUAACACUGUCAAUCACAUUUGGGCUGGUCUGUGACAUUUGUAGUGACAUGUAAUAUGCAAAAGAGCAGAAGUAGUACGUUUUUGAGAGCUUUAAUCGAGAAAUUGAAACACCUUUAUUUCCAUCGCAAUAAUGAGUUGAGAAAUAGUUUGACUUAUUCUCUGGCAACAGUAGAGGAAGCUUCAGGAGAGCAAAAGACUGACUCAUGGUGGAUGUGGGUUGGGCCUGGGAGUUGAGGGGACAGUAGUUGACACCAGUCUGCGAUGAUAAUUAGGCAAACCUUCUACAAAGAAAGGGAGGAUAUAAAGCUUGAAAGCAAACAUAAUCAUGGUACCCCCUCUUCAAUAUUUCAAGAAAAAUUAACCCCUCACACACCCUCUUCCCUCAGUCCCUGUCUCCUAGCUCCAGUAUGUCACUGCUGGCCUUCAGUGUCUUUUAUUUCUUACAAACCAACAUGCUCUAACUUUACUUUAAUCACUUCAAUUAGCCCCCAUCUCCUGGUGAUGAUCAUGACCUUUUCCAGCCAACAGCUUCCCCACAACAUCAACACUCCAACCAGAAUCAGACUGUUGACAUUUCAGGGGGCAUGAUGCAGACCACUUAUAGGCUAUUAAAGAGUUAGCUUCAGAAUUACAUUUUAGCACCAGUGUUUUCUGUCUGAGGUGUUUCUCCUUAUUGAAACUAGUGUUCUGGGUUAAGAUUUUACAGAGGAUACACAGCAUCUGUAUGUUUAUGUCAGAUUUAGUGGUAUUCCAGUUUUUUUUAGACACACUGUAUGUUAUUAUGUUGUGGUUCAGUCUUACCGUCUAAGAUGACAUAAGUUAGUAACUACCAGGCCUGAAUUUUACCUUUUUAAAAAGUGAAUUGAAGUCAAGUCUUCCUAAAAUUAGAAAGAGGAAAAUUUUCAAGUACAUCAGGACUCAAUGAAUGCACAAGAAGGGCAGUGUUUGCUUCUUACACAGUCUAUAAAUAAGCACUUAGCUAUCCAAUAUGAUUGGUUACAUUAACAUUAUGCAAAAGUCUGAUUAAUCUUAAUAAAUAAGUACAAUGAUUAUGUGUAAGAAAAAAAGCUUUUGAUGUGGGGAUUUUGAGAUAAUAAUCAUUAAGUCACCAGAAUGAAAUUCAAGAAUAAUACAGACCACCGGCUGCUCCUCUGAUAUCCUUCUAUGUGUAAUUUUAGCCCACGUGUAGAUUAACCAUGGCCCAUUCUUUACAACUACUUUUUUUACAUGUAAAUUUACAACUUUCUUGUUAGAUUUCAAGUUGAGUCUUGUAACUCUACAACUUCAAUGUCAUAACACUGCAGCUGUAUUGUCUCGAAGCUUUAUUUCCACUCUGUAUUUAGUCUUAGAAAACUAAAUCAUAUGUUUUUCUUCCUUAUUGUGACCCUCUGUCAUCUUCUCCCUCAAAAUGGUUAUCUUUACUUGUUGGAUGGUGGCUUGAGUAUAAUGGGCAUGUUAGAUUAUGCGAUACCCUCAAAUUGAGCACUGAUCAUUAUGGGAAUUAUGUACAACAUAGAGAACAGCAUAAAAAAAGUUUGAGAUCUGAUUUUCACUCUUUAUUAUAUCUGUUUUUAUUGCACUAUAGCUCAAUUAAAAACAUGCACAUAUUUUUCACUUGAAUAUUUGCAGAAUCGGAGCCGACCUCAGAGCUUUGUAUGUUUUGGUUGGACGGGUCUGUAUAUGUGUCAGAGGCAGAUUAUAACAUACUUAAGGGUCCCCCAUAGAUUUGUAGUGAAACUGAGUGCAGUGAAUAUAAUACAAUACAGUGACAAGAAGUCCCUCUGUUUACAACUUCAACCCAUUAUAUCCUCUAUUCCCCACGCUCUCAUUUCUCAAUACUAAUCUGACAAAGCAUCCCUUUGAUGAUGAGCACUGGCCCUGUGCGUUUGUGUGCACUCGAGAACUGUGUGUGCUUUAAGCUGUGGCUGUGUGUGUGUGUGGAUGUGUGUGUGGAUGUGUGUGUCUGUGAGGAAGUGGGGAGAAUAGCCCCUGUGGAAUAGCAAUCAGCAGAACAAAACGGGCGUUGAAAAAGAAAAGAAGAGAUGAAUGGCUGUUGAAAUAACACAGAGAGGGGAAUGGUGGGGGAUGUUGACAGCUCUAAUUAAAAUCCCGCCCAUUAGCUCAGUGUAAAUUGGAUGAUUUAUUCUCCCAGGGGACUGACUGACAAUCAAAUGAUGCCGAUAGUAUUAAAAUGGAUGUGAAAACGGGUAUUAUCAUGCUUGUGAUGUGACGAUAUGAAAAUGAUGGCGUUGUUUUGUUGUAAGUAAUCCUCACAGCUCAUCAGCCAAUCAGGAUCAUCUCCAAAUAAAACAAGUGCUUGAACAAAUGAAGAUAUAAAACAAAAAAACUAGGACUGAUUGAGUUUAGAUGAGAGACGAAUAGGAUGUGAAAUUUCAGUCAUACCUAGAAUGAAUAUUAGUUUAACUAAGCACAAAGUUAAGAAACAGGAGAAAAUGAGUGUGUGUGGAAAUGCUCAGACAUCUUUGACGUGCAAAGGUGCUGUUGUCAGAGGGUUUUUGUUCCUUUGCCUUGUCAGCAAGACAUUUUUGCCAGAAAUGGCAUUUUUAUUUUGGAUCUGUGGCUGUCCUGGCCUUUUGUCUGAGUGAUUUUUAAGUGGAGGGGCAAAAUUUACAUAAUCUGGAUUUUGCAUGUUUGGCAGCUCAUUGUUACUCAGGUGAGGCUUUAUUGUGACCUGGCAUGGCUGCAUUAGUUCAAGUAAGGACUGGUUUAAGGAAAUACUCCCAGCAUCAGCUUUUAAACUGUCAAUAUGUUUGACUCACUGUUCAGGAAGAAAAAUAUUAAAUACAGAGUAAAAGAUGGGUGGAUGGAUUGGCAGAUAGGUGGAUGAGAGAGGGAUGAAGUAAUAGAAAGAUGGACUUUAUUGAUCCUGAACUGGGACAACUGAGUCAACUCUUUGCAAUAUAAGUCAUGCCUACUUUGUUCAACGACUUUAGUACAACUAAAAGUACAUGGAAUCAGGUUUGUGUCAAAAAUAAUCGAACAAAACUUCUUCAACAUCAAACAAAAAUAAGAAUUUGAGAAGAAUAAAACACAAACAAAAGGAUGUAUGACAAAAAGUAACAGGCCAGUAGUUUACACAAUUGCACAAAUAAUUUGUUUGCAAGUAACAAGUUUUACUUCUGAGAUGACUUUUUUUUUUAGCUUCAGUGAGUUUUAUUCUCUCUCAAAUUCUUAUUUUUGUUUGAUGUUAAAAAAGUUUUGUUUAUUACUUUUGACACAAAUCUAAUUCCUUAAAAAUAAAAACCACCACAGCCUUUAUUAUGUACAUUCAACUGUUAAAGAGUGUUUACCAUGUCCAAAACCAAAAACAUGUCAAAAUUCAGCAAGUCAAAUCUACAUAUUGCAGCUCUCUGAUGAAAAACAUAUAUCUCUGCUGAAAGUAAACAACAGUGCUGGUAAACUGAAAUACCAACUAAGGAAUGUACUUUGCAUUCUUAUUUUACUCCCUUAUUGGCUGUCUAUAAACCUCUGGCUCUGAUUUCCUAUUAAUGUGAGUGGAGAAAUCGAAAGACAGUGGAAACACAACUAAGUGAAGAGAUAGUCACCAAGUGUGGGAGAGAUCAGAGCAACAGCUUUGAGACAUACAGAGACAUUAGGGUAGUGUCACCCUGGUCUGUAUUAAGUCUAUCAAAGUAGAAAGUCAGUUUGCGGACAUGACAAUCAAGGGCAAGGGGUGGGAGAUACAGGCUUUGAUUGACACUUCUGACACUCAAUGGGUGUUGAAAAGAUGCUGUAAUUAAAUGUCUUUCCAUUGGUCAUUUGGAUACCCAGAGCUACGGGUUGUUAGGAAAGAUUAUAGACAAUUCACGUAUUGAAAAAAAGUCCAAAUCGCUAAAGGUUGAGAUACAUGUUUUUCAUCGGACAGCAACAAUAUUCUCCAUUAAAACUCUGCCAACCCACUACUGUGCUGCCAUUAUCCUAUUGGUGCUUGUUUACAUCCAGCCAACAAAGGUGGUAAUGUUCAAUUGAUUAAUCAACGAAACACACACGCCCUUAUGAAAACGAUAGAUGACAUCGCACAACAGCGAAAGGUCAAUGUGUUUCAGCAUUUUCACCUGCUGCAGCUGAACCAAGAUACUAAACUGUGCACAAAUACUUACACUUUUUUAGAAGACAGUGAAAAGUCCUUGAGUUUAAUGGGUUAAAUAAAAUGUGUUAAUGAGGUGUUAAGCGAAAAACUGAAACUACCAGCAUCUCUCCGUCUCAGCUGGUGGGGUCUAGGAUAUCUUGAUAAGGAAAAAUAAGAAUGAAAUUACUGUCAAUUUUGAAACACUUACAAAUUUUUAAUGAAGACAGCUGGGAAUAAGGCCCAAGUAUGAUAAGGCCAUUAACUCAAAAAUUAGCAUUAUUACAACCAUUACAUUAACAUAAGAGACCUCCUGCUUCUGAAACACAAAGCUUGAAAGACUCGCUGUCUUUGAUGCUGCUCUGGUGUGUAAGUGUGUGUGUGCUUUUAAAUGUGCUGAUAUAUUUAGAAGUUGAGGUACAUCAGAGGUGCAUAUAUGGAUGCAUGUAUAUAUGUAUGGUGCAUGUGCCUGCCUUUUCAUGUGUGUUUGUAGUGUGUGUGAACCUCCCAAGAUUGGCUGAGUUAUUUAGCUCCCCCAGUCCUUCAAUAGAGGACUUCAAAUUGAUUUAGCUCAAUUGCCUUUCAAAGCUACUUCAAUUUCACCCCAUGCAAAUUUACACUCCUCUCUCUGUCUCUCAUUCGAUCACUCAUACCCUCUCUCUCUCUCCCUCUCUCUCCCUGCCCUGUCAUUUAUAUAUCCUUCCCAACCCCACCGCCUAACUUCCCUUUACACCGCUCCUUUUACCUCUUCACUCCCGUCCUCUCCCCCAUUUCUGUUCCUUGUCUUUGAUAACACUCAUCCACUGAUUCUUGUGUUUUUUAUACUUUUUGUCCCUCUUUGCUUCCCCUCUUAAGGCCCCUGGAUUUACCCUUUGUAAUAGUGUGUACAACCAAAGAGGCCGUGUGUUAGCCCCACAACCAGGUCAGCCAAGUGUGUACAAGUGUGUGUGUGUUUGUAUCUUUGAGAAUGUCAGGAGAUGACAGCGUAGCAAGGGCUCACUUAGUUAGCUGACGUUGUGUGCGCUGCAGUCUGACUUCAUUUGUGUGUAUGUGUGUGUGUGUGAGAGAGGGAGAGAGUGUGUUUAAGUGUGUGUCAAGCGAAAUAAGAGACCUUGACAACAGCAACACAAUUGCAAGUCCAUAAAAUGGCUGCAACGCUUUAGCUUAUGUACCUGGAAAUGACUGCUGGCAUAAACCGCUUGUCAGCUCACACACAGCCAAGCAAGCGCACACACACAUAAAUACACACAGUUACAUUGCAAAACACUCACAAAUACACAAACUAACUCUGUCCUGGAUGCUCACACACGCACACGUGCGUAAAACAGAUACACAGACAGAUACACCUUUCAUGUUGACAGGGAGGCCAGCUACCGAAUUCACACACUGUUUCAGGAUACUCAUGCAGACAGAUAUUGCGCAUACACUCAAAACACACACAGUAUCUCCAUAUUUAAACCUACACACACUCACACACACACGGAGCGCGCAGGCUCUCAGGUUCUCAGUUGCUGCCUCGCUGCAUCUUUUACUGAGGAAUCGUUAAAUUUUUUUGAUGGAUUCAGCAGUAGGGGGUCGGACUGAGAUAGUGUCUAUUGAUUUUGUAUUUGGCAAGCUGUGCUCAGGCCACUUAGUCCUGCAAUAUACCUUACCCUCCCUCCUUCUUUUUAUCUCCCUCCAUCGCUCACUCACACCAUCAGACUCUCUUUCUCUUCCCCGUCUCACUCUUUUCCUCCCGCUCUCUCCCACCACCCUUUCUCUUCACUCCACUCUAGUUUUUCAUCUUUUAUUUGAAAUGCUCCUUUACUUCCUCUACCACAGCCUGUUCUAACUCUUCCUCCUCUCAUUUGCAGUCUUUGUCUAAUUUUUCCAAACAUUCUUCUCUUUUUUUUCUCCCUGUGUCACUUUCUCUAUCUCAUUCCCUCCAUGGCACCUUUCACUCCAUUUCCCUUUAAUCCCUUUUCUCCCCUUUUCUGCUUCCUCACCUGUUUUACACCCCAUCCAUCCUGUCCCCCCCUCCCGCCACGUCUGCCGUUUUCUGCUGCCUCAUCUUUUUAUUACUUUUCCUUCCUCUCCUCUUCCUCCUAAUUUCCUUCACACUAUCUCUCCUACUGCACAUCUUUUUCCCGCUUUUUGCCUCCUUAAAAUUUUCGCCCUAAUUUUGUGUCCCCCUUUUCUUAUUUUCUCUCUUUCUCACCUCCUCCUUCUUCUUUUUUAGCCUUAUCUUUUCUUCUUCUCACUCCUGCUUUGAGCACAUUCAUCUAUCACUUUUAUACGCCUUCUUCGUUUCUUUCUACUACCUCUUUCCUCCCCAAAUCCCCCCCUUUCUCUCCCGUCUCUUCUUAUCUUUCUGAUUUUUCUCCUCUGUCCUCUCUCAUCCUGCGCUGUUUGUUCUUGUCAUUCUUGUCCCGUUCAGUCCUUUGUGAAUAAGCUGCAAAUAUGUCAACCUUGCCAUCCACGAAAUUUGGAUUCCUUCUCUGAACCUAAAACCGUCUUGUUCGCUUGUUUCCUUUUCUUUUCUACUUCCUUUGGUUCAGAUGUGUUUUGUAAAGCUGCUGACCUUUUGGACUUUAUAUAUCAUUGUCAUAUUAUGCAUGAGAGCUCAGAAUAAUUACCAGGAACUAAUGAGGCCAUGGUCGGGGGAUUUGUUCAUCUACUGCGCACUAUACUUUAUUUGUUGCUGUGCAGUAUGUGGAAAACUGCAGACAUGCUCCAUCAGUUUUCUGCCAUCGUCGUCCAUGACGCUGUGUUGUCUAUAACACAUUUUGGAGGCAGCCAUAGACUGUAUAUUCCGUGGACAACUUGGCUCCGCCUUCCGUCUUUAUAUGAAUUUGAAGCCAAAUUGCUCUCAGUAUUUCCAUGAUUUUCUCCACUUCAAGGAACUAACACUUGCACAGUAGCAUUGUGCGCAUUUGGCGGGAGAGUCGCUGUUAUGAUGCUCGGCUCAAACAGCGUAUCCCCCAGGUUAGCUAUGCAAACUGUGUACGCCUGUAGCAGCCAUAGAAAACAUGAACCCCCCCAAAUAACUUUUAAAAAUGGAGCUGUACAGAAACAAAGAGGACGUGAGCACAAACCAGUCUUGCAGUAACAUCAUGCCAACAUCACUAGCCGGGGGGGGGGUUGUUAAAGUUUGUCCACAGCUCCAAAGGGAUUGCUGGAGGAGGCGGGAUUUGUGACCUAUACUUCUGCCCGUCACCAGAGGGUGCUGUUGUCGCGGUGGCUUCUCUCAAUGAGGAGGUAGAUGGCGUCUAUUCUAUAUAAAGUCUAUGGAGGCAGCAUGGCACAAUCUUCAUAGACGAUGUAUUCAUGAAUGGACUUCUCUAUUUUCAUAACAUGGUAGCAACAGAGCAAGCAGGGCAGUCCAAGCAUUAAAUGCAGGCACUGUUGUGUUGGUCUUGGUCUUUAUCGCUAGUUUUUCAUUCUCGCCAACUGUACAUAGGAUACAGUUGUCCAAACUCUGGAAAGCUCAUCUAUUCUGAUUAUAUUAAGGCAAAGAGUCGUGUAUAAUUAGGACCCUGGCUGAUCUGACUAACAAAUUGCAGCUGUUUGCCAGGUGGCGAGGCUGUGGCCUCCUCUCAACCUUUAUUUGCCAGUUUCUAAUUCAGUCUGGGGUUCAAGUCAGCAUUUCCAUUAUGGCAAUGAAACCAGUGAUUGACAUCACUUCGACAAUGUCCAUGUUUUAAUCAGUCCAUAGUUUCCCUUGAUAACAUCUGCCAGCUCUGACUCCGAGUCGAGGCUGGUCAAGACAUUUUUCACAGAUAUUGAUUAUGUAUUUUACGAAAGUAUUUUGCUUUAAAAAAUAUCUUUCAUGACUGUCCUCUUGUAAAAUACUAAAUGGUCAAGUUUGACCUGCAAUGGAUGCUCAAACAAAACAGUCUGUAAGCAGGUGCAAACCCUCUGACAGGAUGCUGCUAUUAGACAUUUGUCUGCGCUAAAAGGUCAGAAACAUGAAAGCAGAGGUCAAAGUUUCAAUCUAAUUAUAAAUGUGAUUUUUGAUGAUGAAAUAAAUUACAAUGCUCAGAUACUUAAAUCAGGUUGAAGUAGGCCUGGACGAUAUAGAAAAAAAGCAUAUCGAUAAAAAAUAAAUCAUAUUGAUCGAUAUCGAUAAUUAUCGAUAUAAUUAUUAUAGUUAUUUAACAUAUAUUUUAAUUGCAGCCCUGGAUGUUUUAUGCUAUUGCUUAAUGACCUACUUUUAAUAAAGAACACACAAGCACUGAAUUCAAAUUCAAACCUUUAUUCAACCACCUUUUUUAUUUUACCACAACUGAAAGUUUUUUAAAAAAGAACUAAAAAAAAAAGAAAUCAACUUAAGGGGCCUGAGUGAUGUCAGUAAAUACUGACAAACAUAAAGACUAAAGUGACCAGAAAAUCUGAUAAAUAAAUAUUUAAAUAGUCUUUUGAUGAAAAUAAACAAAACAAACAAAUAUAUAAAUAAACAGAAUAGCUUUAGGUGGGAAUAGCAUACUACCAGUUUUAACUGUGUGAGAAACUGCCCACAGCCUGGUGUCUGAACACUGAAAUAUUUCUCCCGGGGCCGGGAGAUUUAUUUUUUUUAAUUAUCAUGUGAUUGACUUGAUACGCAAACUGAGCACGAGAAGCAGGACUUAUCCACGCCGAUGUUGUGUCGUAGAAUGCACCCCUGCCGAAUGCACCCCCUGCUAGUAGCCAUGAUCCAAAUACUCGCGUCUUUGUAAAAUAUGAGCUCAUUUUCUUCCACUUUAAGAAGCUAAUGAGUGGACGGGAUGCAUUCUUCUCACCUUUUCAACCCCUGACCCAUUUUCAUGCCUGAAGCGCUGUGUUUGAGAAAUACUUGCGGCCGGGCACUUCAUAUCGCGGGUCGAGAGUGGCUGGAAGCUGGUCGAAGCCAGGCUUUUCAACGGUAGUUAUUGGCAGUAUGUCCCUCGCUAUGAAGCAUGUUACUGCAUGGGUGAUGUCCUUAUGCCGCUCGGACGCUUUGUCGUAUUUUGGCAAGAAACGAAGUCCAGUUUGGUCUGCUUCACAUGCUUUGUGCUGGUGCUGGCAGCGGUUCCAGAGGAUUCCUCCUCCGACGACGUGGAGCCGCGGCGCGGCCGACACAGCUCGUACUCCUGCGGGUGCGACCGGUUUAGAUGGUAAAACAAGUUGGUUGUGUUACCAGACUUGGUUUUUACCAAUUCUCUGCAAAUUUUGCAAACGACCGCUGUUCGCUUUUUGUCAGACUUCUAAAAACCAAAACAUUGCCAUGCUGGUGAACUACUGACAAUGUCCUCCGCUUCUCCUUGCUGUAUCAUUUUUUCUAAUACACGUGCUGUCUGUUGUGGUUUGAUAGGGGCUGGGCUUGGUGCCGUAGCGUACCUGGGUCUGUGUUUGUGAUUGGUUGGGAGGAAGUAAUGACUGUAGUAAAAGCUACAUGAUAGGCUAUGAUGAAAAAGAAAGGGAAACUGUGUUUUUCUAUCGAACUUUUUAUCGACCCGUUUUUUUUCUAUCGCAGCACACGUCUAUCGAUCGAUAUAUAUUGUUAUCGAAUUAUCGUCCAGCACUAGGUUGAAGCAUUUUUCCCCUCUCUUUUCCCUCCAUCCUUUCUCAUCCAUUCUUCUGUCUUUGCUCUUCUUUCUUGUGCACAUGUUUAAAUGGACCAGAGCACAUUUACAGUGACUGAAUCACAGACUACGUUCUGAAUAAGAUGGUGUCAGUGCCUGAUUUUGCAGAAGUGUGACACUGGGUGAGCUGGGUGUGUGAUUGUUCAGUGCUAAUAUUGGUCUUGUAUCAGUCUCUACUGUAGUCAGUGUACCAUGGCACCUGUUUGAACUAAUUAACUGAGUUGACUGAGGUGAUUAGAUCUAUAUUCUUAUACCAAUAUAACUAAUCCUGGGGAGUAAUGGACUGUCACUCUGAGCCUGCAGCCAUUUCAAUAGCUUCACUUCACACUUUCUCUUUCUUCUUUCCUCCUCCCAACUCUUCCAUAUGUUAUUAUUCUUUUAGUUUUUUAGCUUAAUGAGGCGAUAAUUCUAAUAAAUCGACCGCUGAUACAUCCACUAAACCAUUCAGAGGACUUGGGGUUUGUUUGUGGGAGCCUAUAAAAGUGAAGUUGACAAGAAAAACUUCAAAAGUAACAUCAUUCUCACACAGCACCCUGACUUUUUUCUUUCCUCUUUCUUUUGAUAGAUUCUAGUUGAAAAGAAAUGCCACUUGUUUGCUUCAUGGAGGGACGUUUUUAGAUUUGUGGAUUGUCAGCCGCAUGAACAGGCAGGCUGUGGAGAGUGAUGAGAGGGAUAGAUAAUGUUCACAAGGCGAAAGUGCUCUUCACAUCCUCAGCUCAGGCUGAGACCAAUAAUCCUGAAGUCAAACAAGAAGUCAGUCCCUGCCAUCUGUGCCUGCCUUCGCUUUCUUCCCUUCAGAAGCUGGAGAGGGCGGUAAAGUCAGUCUGACAAAGUGCGAUUCUCAUUUAUUUUAUUGUCUGUUUGAUAUCCAAACAGUGAGCCCCUAUCAGGACCUGAGAGAGUGGGGGUUCUGCUGGGUCCUGCUGGGUCUUUAUUCAUAGUCAAAGUAACUGUCACAUAGUUAAAUGUGCUUACUUUUACUCCAGCAGGAGAUGUUCUGGUUGUCAAAGAAAAACAAGAUUUUUACAGCAAUCAAAGUGCGGACAAUUCCAAAGCUCUCAGAAUAAUCACUCCUUCCUGUCUUUUUACUGCCUCUGUGCCAUUUGUGUUUGUGGAAAAGGGGAACAGGGAAAUGUUCCCUGUGUCUGAGGAGUAGGGGUGCAACAAUUUAUUUAUCUGUCAAAAAUCUGAAACAAAAUUUAAUUAGAUUUUCAAUAAGUCCAUGAUUUUGUGUGUUUGCAAGCUGUGCACUGACUUAACAUGCUGAAUUUGGUGCUGCACAACAGAAACAAAUUUCUAGAAAUUUGUUCAAACAUGACAAGACAUGAACGACAGUCAGCUAAACGAUUCAACACUACGAACCAGUGUGCAACAGCAGCAGAAUCCCUAAUUAGUCAGAGAAGUUAUGAGUAUUAUCGUUAUUAUUGUAUGCCGAAAAUGCAGAUCAGAAGUUUGGUCGAUGCUAGCUCAUCGCACUGGCAAUUUUGGAGUAGUUUGAUGUAGAAAAUAGAGAUAAAACUGCAGUGUGCAAUGUUGCAGUGUCAUUUAACAGAUACUUUUAUCCCAAGUGAUAUACAAUUAGGUAUAAGUACAACAAAAGAAAAAAUCUAGACGGAAGGGAACAACAUGAGUGAGUGCCAAAAACUGAAAACACACAAGUUGAAGCAAAAAAAGAAGAGUUAAUUUUUUUUCUGUUUUAUUUUUCAUUUGUUUAUUUAUUUAUCGCAUCAUCACCCUACUUAUUAAAAACAAUUAUCAUCCAGACAAAGUUACAGUGAUAGUGUCACCAUCGUCAUCAUCGUCAUCAUCAUCGUCUUAUAGUUGUUCACGGAGAGCUAUGUCAAAAAGGUUCUCAGCCGUAGAUUACUGCAUGUGUCACGUCGAUGAUGUUGCCCCCUUCUGGCCAUUUGUAGAAUGCAGGUUUUAGGGCAGUUUGCAUCAACUGUACUUUUAUAUUCAGUUAUUUCAUUUUCUAUAAAAACAUUGACUCAAACAAACAAACUAUAACUGUGCAUAUGAUUUCAAAGGUGUUGGUUAUUAGCAGGCAAGGAUGGCGAGGCUUUACAUGAGGCUGAGCUCCCUGACCCUUUGAAAGUAAGUCAAAAUAGCCCAUCCUUGUAUCUAUUUCCAUUUUUUUUUACCUUUCUUUUAUUCAAAUUAUCCUCAAUAGAAUCCUUUCAUAUAUAAGAUGAAAAGAGUGAAGCAGCUCUUUUUGUUACGGUAUACAAGCAGAGUAAACUAAUAAGGUCAAUCUGCUGGAAUAGGUUAAAAAAAAUAGACCUGUUUUAACAUGACCUUGUUGGUCUUAAGUUAAAUAAAGAUCAAAAUGACUCUAUAGUAAACACUUUUUUUUUUAUCACACUCCCCAGCCCAACAACUCCCAAGCCUAACAUUUCUGUCUGACCCUGUUUUCCUCCUUUACCCCCUCAAGUAUCCCCCUCGUCCUCCCCUCAUACUCUCCCAGUCUUUUGGGUGUGAAUCGAGGCGUCGAGGUUCCAGUCUGUUGGUUGUUCUUUAUCAUGCCUCAGACCAAAAAAACACAGAAACACAGAGUCUGACAGAGUAAUCAGGCAGUGACAACAAAACCCAGCCAGAGUUUUUAGCCUUCUGUUUGCCUGCUUGAAACAAAUGAAGCCGGCAGGGGCACUGGCUUACAUCGGGGGACAGCUUGUCACAGAUAAUGCUCUCAUUUGGAGGGAAAUUGACCCUGGGCGCUGAAUCUGCAACAAGAUAAGUUAGUCUUGCUAGAAUGCGUAUAGGAUUUUAUUGGAACAAGAGGGAGAGAGAGAGAGAGUAUGAGAUGGGGAAAUAGGAGGAUAAUGGUAUGAUGGCAGUGUAGCAAAAAGUACAAGAGGAAGAUGGUGUGCCUUUGUUUACAGGGGGGAACAAAUAACUUUAAACAUAAGUGCUGGUUAUACAAUGCAGUAUGAUGGUAGAGUAAUGCAGUCAUUUUACUUCCUCCACUUUUAAAGAAUUUCAAGACACAGUUUGAAACUACAUUUUCUUAACAGCAGUGGGUUUCAACAUCAUGAUUACGGUGGAAACAUGAAAAGAUUAGAAGCGGUUCUUGCACCAAUAGCAGAAACAGAAAAACAAUUUCCUUUUUAAAUCAAGACUGUUGUGUUUGACCAUCACAUUAACAGCACUCAUGUGGUCCUUCACCCUUAAGUAUCACUUCCUAGGUUUACAUGCACACCACUGUGCGGUCUAUUGGAAAUGGACUUUAUUGGAUGUUUGGGGACAGAUGGAAUAACAUAACCAGAAGUCAUGAAAGUGGCUUUGCAGUGUUCUGAGCUUAUUCAAGCAAAUAAGGAUACAAGUAAUCAACAUUACUUACCAACAUUAAACCAUGUCUAAUGUUGAUGUUUAAGCUGAGUGGGGAGACGAUGAAAUAGACAGAAAAACACAGCAGAUGGAUCUUACAAGGGUGACGAAAUGCCAAUAAAAAACUUAACCAAACUUUUUUUCAAAAGCAUGUUGUGGAAAAAAAGGUAGGAAGCGCAAACAAUGUGAGACCAGAGGAGCAGAGGAGGAAGGUACUGAAAAUAUGUAGUUUUUUAUUUUUAUAAAUCCUACAAAGGUACAAUUGGGAAUUUAUUGUUUAAUUGGAUAACUGCCCCGCCUUGCCUUCAUCUGAAGAAAAAAUAAUAAAAAAACAUGCAGACUCCCAGCAGAAUUUUACAUUUGUAUUCCUUAGAGGCAAAAAAAGUUCUUUACAUCUUUACAUUUUUUGUUUCUUGAAAGCACCUAAUGCUCAUGUUUUAGUGACUGCACCCUAGUAAACUUUAACAUGACAGUUGAAACGUGAACACUUAACCACUGGAGGUCAGGAAAAGUUAAAGUUUGAGCUGCUGUGAAGCUUCUUUGCGAGAACAAACUCAGAGUUUGACUUUGAAAGCAGAACAAGAAUUACAGCCACCACCGAAACCUAAGCUGAGUUUACAGAUGCCAAACAAAUGUGUUUGACGUGCAAUGUUAAUUUGACAAAACAAUGAAAUUCAACAUGUUUGUUGAAUCAAAAAGUGUAAAAAAGUCAAGCAGGUACUCUGUGUUAAAAUCAUAAAUAUUUUAAGCCACAUACCAAACCAUUUGGGAAUUUAAAUAUAAAGCUUCUGUAGCUCCUGGAAACGAUUUCAAUAUUUCUCUGGUCACGUUUUUACAGUUUCACCUGCUGCUAUAGAACAUCUCUGUGUUUCUGUGUACAUAUGCAUGCAAAUACGCUCACAAGUGACUUGAUGAUAUUUAACUAGUGUGUGUCUCAGUGUUUGUGUGCGCGCCAUUUGAAUGUGUUCACAUGUAGAUAAGCCAGCCAGCCUGUAUGUCAUAUUUAACUAGCAGGCAGGAUGUAUUCAGGGGUGUUUGGCUAAGCAGACGGGGCGUGCCUGCAGGGUCCUCCAGGGCUCAGACCUUAGUGAUCCCAUUACACCAGAGCCACCAGGACAGACCAGAAUGUAAAAAUCAUCCGGUGUGCUGGUGAAACCUCACAUAUCCAGCAGGAGAACAAAUGCAGUCAUCACUUUUGUGCCCUUUUUCUUGAAAUGCCAAAAUAGGGCUCCAUUCACAUUCUAGUCAUGAUGGAUGUUCUUUCAGAGGAAUUCGGUGUGUAUCAUUAAGCUUUAGAAACCAAAGUGACAAUGGGAGAUGUGAGGUUUUUGUAGGACACCAGCGAAGAACUGCUCAUUCAUUUUGUAUUCAUGUGAAAUGUAUCAGACUGAUGGAAAAUACUAAACAGCUGCGUCCCGUUAGACAGACCAUAUGGAGAGAGAAACGUCUCCUGAGCCUGUUUUUAAAAAAGUGAUUUAAUAUCCAUAUUUAAUGAGACUUUUUUAAAAUGUUGUCACUUUUUAAAUUUACUCUGAAGUCCCAACCAAUGUUGUUUUUUUUUUUUUUUUUUUUGUACUAAUUAAAGUGUUAUUAGUGGUCUUUAAAUUGUGAUUAUGAAGUUUUUAGCCAAAAUUGUAUUACCUGUGUCAUUUUCAAGGGCUUUUCCUCUGCAGAGCUCCAGUAGCUCAUUAGCAAUUCACCUCUGAGUCGUGGGCAGAGACAGCGCUGCUCUGUACCCACCUCUUCACGCUAGCUUUCAGCCUAACAUUGCCUGUGCAGCAGAAGUUACAGGUAACAUAGGAGUUAUUCAGCUUACGAACACUAGUGUCUUUAGGGACAUGAUGAGGGUUAAUAUCAUAUUUAGCUUUCUUACGAGCAUUGCAAUCCGCUAACACACACGCUCGUUUCUUGAUUGUUCUCUCUAUUUCUCUGAGUGUGACCUGCAUAGUGGGGCUCCUGGGGCGGAGCUGGGAUUUGCUACGUAGGAAAUCUCACUUUAUCUGGUUCUGCCGUUUGGGUGUGCCAGAGUUUCACUGUGAUUUGAAUGCAGGAAUACGCAGAAAUGCAAUUUCGCUCUUAGUUUGCUCGUGAUAUGUCCUGUAGAAUCAGAAAAAUGCCAUGUGAACAUGUGAAAAACAAGAAAAACAUGAUUUUCAUCAAAGUGGAUCUUUAAAGAGCCGGGAGAAGUAAGAUAAGGUAGGGCUGCUUGAUAAUCAUGAUUAUUUCAGAUGAUAUUGAUAUUAUGCUUGUUAAAGCAAUUACAUGAGUUAACAACUGCAUCUCACUCAUUUACACAACCUAAAAUCUCUUAAAACUUAAAAGCUUUUUAUUAUUUGGAAAAAAAAGCAGUAUAAGAAACUUUUUAACCUAACUUUGUUUUAGUUUAUUGUUUUAACUCAUUUGUUCUGUUAGCGGUAGGGACCAUGCAACAAUUCUUGACUUCACUUGAAGAGUUCUAGCUUCAUUUUUUGUGAUAACACUCACUAAAUUAGAUGCCCGAUUAUAAAUUGUUGAAAAGUAUUUUUGCACAGUGUCAAAAAGACUCAAGGAUCUGAGCUCUUUUACGGCUUACAUUGUAUCACUGAGGCUUUUCAAGCUUUUCUGAAACAUGCUCUGUAACACUGAGACUUGGGCUUGUGUUUGAACAUGAUUUGGAAUGAUCUCUCACUUUUUACCCCACAGUUGCUAGCUUUUUGGUACUUGUGCUCACUUUUGAAACUUCAGUUUCUCUUUGGCCAUUCUCGUUCUGUCUCUCAACUUUUCAGGCACACACACAGAAAAACACACCUGCCUCCUCCUGCUCCUCUCCCUGAUUUCCUCUCUCCACCUGUGGCUGCGUGAAGUGUUAAAGGUUCAGGAGUCCCACCAUUAAUUUUAAGGGGAGCUGCAACUUUCUCAUACUGUCAAACUUUAUUUCAUAAUGACUUAAAAAAAAUUGAAAUCCCUUCUGGGUGGCCAGCAUUUUGUUGAGUUUACUCCUCCCUUGCCACACAAGGAACAUGACACUGCAAUAUGGCCAACUCCAAGAAGAAGCUUAUUAUAAGAUUAUGAUAGUGUAAAAGUCCUUACUUUGGGUGCAGCAAUAAAACUAUACAAAAAAAAACUACAGUCUUUAUAUACUCAUCCUCCUUCUCUUACAAAGUGCUCCUUGUAGUCAUGCCUGAAAAGUUUGGCAAAUAAUAGAUGAGAUACACCCCCACUUUUAAAGCCCUCCUUAAAUAUGCACCUUUAUUAUCUAAACUGUAGCUACUAAAUUACUCACCCUAAAAUGUAAAAGGCUAUAAAGUAAAAGAAAUAAAACUAUAUUGAAUCUAUCUAUCAGUGGAAGAUGAUUGAACACAGCUCUGUAAUCCCUGUUUAAAUGAAACAGUUCUCUAGUACUGACUGCCAAGCAGAACUUAAAAGUGCACUUAAUGUUUGGGAAAGUAGAGAAAAAGAGCUAAAGUCAGGGUUUUGCACCAAGUAAAGGGCUUCUUCUGGUCUCUUUUCUGGUUUACAGGCAGUUACUUAAACCCAAAGAGUACCAGUCAGUUUUAGAGCAGAUAAACUCAUCUUCUUUUACAAUCUGAGUUUGUUACUAUUCGUGAAUUAGUAGCUGCAUAUGAGCUCUUUACCAAAGUUUUGGAGAAAACGUCAUGUAAAUACUUUUAAGCUGUCCUCUAUAGACAUGUUGAAGAGCUAGAAGACAGAAGAAGGAAGUGCUAUUAAAUGUAAGGACUGGUGAUUCAGAUGCUUUACCUUUGGAUGUCAGUUCAGAGUACUUUCCUCAUGUUUUGAUGUCAAUCAUUUUGUAAAAUCAGUGCCAUGAAAGAGAUCUUGUUUUUUCCCCAUUUGCAUAAGUUUUAAUCCAAACUUUCAGAUGGUUCAUCACAAAAACUUUCCUGAACAAGUGGACCUUACCUCCUGGGCAGACAUCAAAAGAAACUAUAAUAUAAUCUUGUUCUAAGAAAGAGAGUGAGAGCGAGACGAGAGAAGGAGGCGGUUAUUUCAUCUUUGUGUCUCGAACAGGAGUGUGUGUGAUUGUAUUGGGCUGCCUUCAGGGUCUUUGGUUAACCAGCAAUUUCAACAUUUCCGGAGGAUUGUGAUCAUUACCUUUUUCCAUCUCCUCACAGCAGAAUGAAAGUGGAAAAGAGAUUUUGGUUUAGUAAGAAGUUACAAGUUUUAGCCUAUGUUCACUGGAUCAAAACGACACGAUGGGAAAAUGCUGCUGUUAGUGUCACUUUCUGCAAACAUUUGUGGAAGUGCAAAUAACCAGUAAGCAAACAGGUAACACAUUAGACAGUAAACACCAAUGACUUUGCUUGAAAAAAGCAUCUAAAGCAUUUAUGUGUUUGUUUGUGCCUCCGACAUGCACACUCAUUCCUCCCUCAGCAGUUUUGGGGACUUGGGAGUGGCAAAGUUCAUCCCCGUGGCAGCAUCAUCACCUUAUUGAUGCACUGAUCAAUGCCCUGUAUCAUCCAUUACCGUGGUAAUGCAGGGGUGCAGCAUAGAAACUUCCUGCUUAUGCACUAUAAUUUGUAAGUGAUUAAUCCAACAGGUUUAAAUGUGUCAAGUAUUUUGUGCUUUCCCUCAGCAGUUAAAAGGCUUCUCCGAAAAAAGUGCCAGUGUAUGUUGUAUAAGUUUAAAAUGGGGAAGGAUGGCUGUGAAAUCAUGCAAAUGGGGUUAGAGUUGAUAAUCAAUGUUGAAUAUAUUAAAGCACAAAAAUAAAAAUCAAUGUUGUUCAUAACAAGGCUGUGUUAAAAUGUUAAUACCGCUAAGUAUUGCAAUAUUAGUGUUUGCAUUGUGUGAUGUAUAUUGAUUUUUCUCCCUCCCUGCACAGAUGCAUGGUGAGCAAGAAUGAGUGUAGGAGUAGUUGCAUGACAAUAGACAGGCAGUUUAGAGAGUCAGUGAUGCUAAUAAUGACAAAAUGGUUUUAAUUUCAGAUUUUCCACAGUGAUUACACACCUAAUAACUAUUUAACAAUCCCAAAGAUAUGUUUGAAAGGAGUUGAAUCUGUCUGUUGGCUGCUCUACCUGUGCUGUGUUUCUGUCGGGCCUGCAGCUCUCACACAGCUACAAUGUAGACAGGCUGUUCAAAUUUGCAUUUUAGCUGAUACCAAUGCUGUGCAAAGUCCACUUGGUGUCUCAUUAAAGACCCACUCCUGUGAAAAUCAUGUUUUUCUUGUUUCUGUAUGUUCAUAUGGCAUUUUUUUCUUAUGCUGCAGGAUAUAUCAUGAGAAAAGUAAGUGCAAAAUUGCAUUUCUGAGUGUUUCUGCAUACAAAUCACUGUGAACUUCUCACAGACCCAAAUGGCAGGUUUAGACACAGUGAGAUUUCCUACGGCACAACUGUGAGCUCCAACCCCAGAGCCCAGCUAUGAAGCCCAGAUUUGUAGAAGUAGAGAGGACAAUCGCAGAACAAGCAUGUGUGUUAGUGAAUUGCUAAUGAGCUACUGGAGCUCUGCAGACGAAAACUCCUUGAAAAUGACAAAGGUAUCAAGGUUUAAAGAACAAUGAGAACACUUUAAGUAGUAAAAAAAAAAUGAUCAGAGUGGGACCUAAAGAUGUAAAAGUUGCAUUUGUUUCUAAGUCAGUCAGAAACGAAUUUCUUAUAACAGGCAGAAACCUUGAACAGAACCAGACUCGUGUCAAGUCAUCUGCUACCACUGCACUCACACAUUCUUGCACUGCUUUGUGAAGGAAAGUUUUGUCCAGAACGUGUGCAUUACUUUGGGGGAAACUAUCCUCAGCUGUGCUUCAAAUGAUAAAACAAGAAAGUCCCCAACUUCAGGUGCCCAUAUUUAUAUUUAUUUAUGCAGCCCUGGCAACAAAACAGGCUUUGAUUUUGUUCUAAGUGUCACCAUAUUGAAGUCAAAACCGACCAAUUUGGGGUAUAAUUAUUGAAGUAUCACAGCAGUAUACUAUUGUGGUCCAUGUGUCAAGAUAUACAUUGUAUUGUGAGGUCCUUGCAAUGACCCGGCUCAGUUUGACAUACUGAAUGUUAGUUUUUUAUGACUAAGGGGAAAUUCAGAUGUAACUUUUUACUUCCUAUCUACUCUGCUGCAGCACACUGACUCUGCUCUGAAAGAAAAGUUAAGAAAUACCUUUUUUCCCCCGAACAUUUCAGUGGUUUUGUGAGGAGGUCUGUGUCUGCAGUAUUGUGUCUCAGAGUGAGAUGAACACACUGAACUCAAGCUAUUGGAGGCAAUUGUGAGAACAUUUUCAAAGACACAGUGCUUUGUGGACUGAUGAAAGAAAAAACAUGAAAAGAAAUUCAAUUAGGAUCUGGAGUGCCUUAUUGUACUGUUUGCAGUAUCUAGUCUCUAACUUAUAAUUUAACGUCAUACAGUAAUUAGUUUGUGUAAUUGUUCCUUUAUUUCAAAAGAGUCAAGGUUGUAAUUAGAAGAGUAGCCACUGAAUACGGUGGAGCUUGAUCUGCAUCGAACAGUUUUUAGAGUGGUUCUGACAUCAGCUGCACUCUGCUUUCACACAUUUCUAUGCCUGAUAUCUUCCUCUUUUGUUUUAGCAGAUUACUAUCACACAGAGCUCUCUUUUUUCGGCUCUACUCACCUGUAAAGUCUCAGUGUUAAUAACUUUCUUAUGUGGUUUCCUCUCAUUCAAAGAAAGUUUAAGUCUUCAAUGGUGGGAAUGUGACAGCAGAUUGUUUCAAAAGUGGUUUGGCAAACUUGACUUAGGCCACUUUUAGACAGAAACGGUCUUCAUAGAAAACAGAAAAAUUUAGUACUGUUUAGGGGGGUCUGUUUAGACGGCAACUGCGUUUUCAGGAGAUGAAAGCGUAACAAAGUGAAAACCCCCUCCAGAGUGGAAAUGUUGUAAACGCUCUGCUAGUCCCGCUUUUGUCUAAAGUACAAAAAUGCUGAAAACGGUCAAACCUGUGACGCCAUGUCUCACGUCGGCUCAGGCUUAUGACAUCAUAGCCAUUCGCAGCUUCCUUGAAAAUAACAACAGCCACGCUAGACAUUCGAGUCGCGCUGUCAUUAUUAUUGAACGGGCAGGAGCUCAAUUUCGACCUGUACAGAAUCCUCACAGAUCAUACUGCUCAGCAGAGGAGGCUUCUGAAUUAUUUGCAUCAAAUAAUUAAUGUAGAACGGAAGUUGUUCUACUUAUGCGUUGUUGGUCUAUAUGGGAGCGCAGUCACCUAGUGACCUGGCAUGCACAUUUCAGCGUUUUCAACCACAUUGCUUUUUUGUGUAAACACAGCAUAAAAAAUGAAAACUAAACGGCACUUUUCUGUUUUCUAUGGAGACCGUUUCCACCUAAAAGUGGCCCUCAAACUCAUCACUGAAGCAGAGAGCGUCAGAGCAGCCCACAGCCUGAAGCUGCACUGCCCCUCAACACGCUGACCGUCACCACACCAGCCAACCUUUUGCUUUCAUCACAGCAGGAUACGUGAUCAAUUUGAUACAGGCUUGUGAGGUCACAGCUUGCCAGCACCCAAAAUGACUUGAGUUGAGCUUGAAACCCCUGCAAGGCGUGACAAAGUCGCAUGUGAUGAAUACAGGAGUUUUGUCAGGGCUCCAAUAUGCAGUGUUCAGUUUAGCUAUAAUGUAAAGCCUUCAGGCAACAUCAACCUGGUUUCAAUGUAUACCAUAACUUUGGAUGUGCAACACUGACCAGCUGUCACAUAGAUCCAGAUAAUAAACCACGACUUUCCAAAUUAGCAGUAGGAACUCUGAAGUCUGGACAUUUUAGAGGCAUAUUCCUGUUCUGUCAGGGAAAAUCAUACCUGUUAGAAUAUUUCGAGUUGUGUGUGUGUGUUUGCAUGCGUGUGUGUGUGCUAUUUUUGCCUUCAAGUAGGGUUUGAACCCGUAAAGUCAUGAGAAGAUGAAACAGGAUCAGGACACUUUUGAACAUUCAAGGCAGCUCCUGCUCUCAUCAGAUAAACUCCAGGAGAUAUUUAAAAGAGGCCACGAGAUGAUGAUUGAGGACCUGGGAGGAGGAGGAGAUGGAGAUGACAGUUUUGAGGCUUACCAGGAGCCUCAGAGACGCCCGCUGCGGCUGCUGCAGCAUCUGUGAUAACUGUUUUUUAACCGCAGAGAUAACUUUACACAAGCCCCCUUUUGUCAACCUUCAGGGGGACGCAUCUGCAGCUGGGGUGAGGGCUGGGGGGGAGGAAAGGAGAUAGCAUGAGAGGGAUUCACUUGAUACCUUCCCUCCUUGUGGGACCCUGAGGCGUUUUUAUCACACCUCUGAGAGGUAAAGUAGCACCCCCUGACUCUUUUUCCCGACUCUGCCUGUCUCAUCUAUUCAAUCUUCAUCCUUUUAGUUUCAAAUAAAGUUUAUCAUGCCCAUAUAGAUACUUUCUCACCCUGCUGUCUUCUGUCUGCGCCACUAAUAUUUAGUAUUUUCAGGCACUGCCCCCUCUUAAAAAAAGCUAUAUUUUCUAUUUUGCUGUACUUUUUUUUUUAUCCCAUUUCCUUUAGCUGUCAGUUGAAGAACCUAAAGUUUGGUCACAUCAGUUUGACUUUUAGUAUCAAAAGUUAGACUAUUACAAAUUCAAAGUCAAAAUAGAUAUAUUAGCCUGAAUAUCAGUAAUAAUUGAUCUUAGUAAGAUCAAUAGAGGUCUAGGAGUCCAAUACUGUCAAAGCUAAAACAUUAUGACCGGCUGCUCUUUAUUAAGUAGGCCCUUUUCUUCUUAAAUCAAACCCCAAAUUUUCCACACCUGGCUAGACUAUAUGCUCAAUUUGGAUUGAGAUUUGUGAAAUUUGUGGGCUGAGUCAACACCCUGAACUUGUCAAGGUCCUGAGAUCCCUCCUCAGCCCCACAACAAUAGGUGAUACGUUGAGUAAUCUGACCAUCAUCUACUUUUGCAGCAAUUGGAGCCCAAGACCCUUCUUAUAGUAUUGACCUGCCAGCCUUCACUCACCAGGAACAGCAAUGAGACACUUCAUUACAGAUUAGAAACAUCUCACCAGCGCUGCUUUGGGAGAUGCUCUGACCCAGGUGUCCAGCUAUAACAGUUUGACCUUCGUCAAAGUCAGUCAUAUCUUUAAAUCCCCCCAACUCUGAGGUCAACAGAUAACCAGUGUUACUCACUGAACCUGUUAGUGGUCAUAAGUGGUGUAAAUGUUAUAAAAAAGGAUUUACAUAGUACCUCCAUUUGUCCUAUUAGACAAUGAACUAAUUCUUUGUCAGCCAGUUAAAGCAAUAUGUGAGAUCAACUUUUGCCUGAAAAAAGUUUUUUAAAAAUAAACGAAAGCACAUGUACAUGUCCAUAAUUCUCUGAAAAAAAAAAGCAUUUUAAGAAUGAGGAACUCAGUUUUUCAAUCAAUCAAUCAAUCAAUCAAUCAAUCAAUCAAUCAAUCAAUCAAUCAAUCAAUCAAUCAAUCAAUCAAUCAAUCAAAUGUUAUUUAUAUAGUGCCAAUUCACAACAGUCGUCAUCUCAAGACGCUUUUCAAAGAACAAGAGCAGGUCUGGACCACGCUCAUAGUUUGAUGAUCAAGAACCAACCUAGGAUGGGUUUUGGCCCAUCUCAACUAACAUGAGUUACAGUGGCAAGGAAAAACGUCCUUUUAACAGGCAGAAACCUUGGGCAGGACCAGCCUCAUGUUAGACAGCCACCAUGCCGCUGCUGGGUUGGGGAGGAAUGUAGAGAGAUGGAGGGAGAGAGAGGAGAGAGAGGGCAGGGGGAGAGAGCGAGAACAAGAUAAGGGAAGGCGAGAGAGAAUGAGUAAGGAGAGGAAGGGGGAGGGAGAGAGAGUAGAGAACGAGGGUGAGAGAGAGACAGGGGACAGCAGAAACAACAGCAACAACAACAACAACAGCUCAUGUAAUGGUGAAACAAAAAGCGUUCAGUUUACAGGGUUAGUAUAUGAGUGAUUAUGGACUAUGUUAAAUUAAUUGAGUGUGAUUACAGUUAGCAGGCCUAAUCACAGUCAGCUCUAGUUUAUGUUAUUAAUGUCAGUAAUGUCAGUGAGGCUGAUGUUCAUGUCUGCAGUAACAGUCCAGAGGAAUCCAGGAGAAGAAGGAGCUCAGGGCCUGAGGUGGACAAUCAUAGACAGUAGUCAACUUUUGUCAACUUGGCACCCCCUGUGGACAAAGCAGCCAUUCCUCGUCUUGUUCUCUACAUGCUAACACAAUGUUUAUUGACAAAAAAAGAUUUUAAAAGGAAAUUGAAAAGACAGGGCUGUUUCUUCAGCUGCUUGGUGGAUGCCUACCUCCUCACACAAGUUUCAGGAAUAAAAAUUAGAAUUAAAAAAUUGUUGAUCUCAUUGCUGAAGGUUGGAGUUGCCUUUGGUUACCAAGUAAGGGCCUCAGCAUUGAUUUCAACCUAUUUAUUCCAUGUCUAAAAAACUCUAUAGGAGCUUUACUGUGGCUACUCUCCUCUUUCGUCUCCCAGGGUAUGGGCUAGGUCCUUGUCUCGUCUUGUGAAGAACCUUUACUUUAGUGAAUGUUUCAGUGAAAGGCCUCAUUGUUUUCACUUGCACUUCAAUGCAUUUCCACUUCUCUAUAACUUUUGGUGCUACAAGUGCAAACUUGAAAAAGUGCUUACAAACAGGUUGAUGGAACACACCUAAUGACACUUUUGUCACAGGUGCAAAAAGAGUACGUCAAUGAUUUAGGACAAACUGUUUCAGGCAAACAUGGAGACCUUCAGACAGGCAAUUUAGACAUGCAAGGCAUUUCCAAAGCCCCUUGCAGACAGGGUUAGGUGAUGAAUGGAAGUCAGAUUGAUUUUGGCAUGGCCACACAAUGUCCUCUGUGUAUUGUGGCAUUGAAAAGAUCUGCCACGUCCUGACAUCUUUGAUUCCUGUAGAUCCGCCCUUGGCUUCGAAGUCGGCUCACAAUCAGAGCGAGGGUAAGAAGUUGGCAGGCAGCUGUGAGGAUGGAGUGGACUAGAAUGGAGAAAAGUGGUGGCAGCAGAGGAGAGGAAAAAAUACACAGAGGAGAAUGAGAGGCAACGUUGACACAGAAAAAUUUACACCUGGUGUCCAACUCAGGGAAAGGCAUCGCUAUCAAAGUAAAGAUGUAUAUCUUCCUCUGUCCCUCCACAGUUCUUCAAAGACACUAAACUCAUGUCACUGACCCACUUAGGUCAACUAGAUAAGAGAAGUGGUACCCAAAGUGGGGGUCACAUUGUGAAUCUUAUUGAUAACUUCAUACUUCAUCCAUUAUUGUUAAAUUAAGCAAAUUUUAGAUCAAACCAGACAAUUAAAAAAAUGUUUCAUCAGUUUCCCACCUGUCUUUGUUGCCACCAUAGACUGUAUGUAGAAAGGAAAUCGUCUGCUUCCUCUCUGGGUGAAGCCACCCUAAGAACAGCACCCUCUGUUGACGGGCUGCAGUAUAGGUCAUAAAUCCCGCCUCCCCCAGCCAUCCUUAUGGAGCUGUGGACAAACUUUAGAAAUUUAUUACACAGAAUAUAAUUUUUCUCCCCCCUUCUUGUGAUCUUGACAUGUAGUUAUUGUAAGACUGGUUUGUGCUCAAGUCCUCAUUUUUCUGUGCAGCUCUGUUUUUGAAGUUAUUAGGGGGUUCAUGUUUUCUAUGAUUGACACUUGAUACAGCUGAUUGGCGAAUGAAGAUUGCGUAGCUCACCCGGGAAUACGCUGUUUGAGCCGAACGUCAUCACAGCGACUCUCGGUGACUCUCCCGCCGAAUGCGUAACACGCUACUGCGCAAGUGGUGGAGUGGGUACAACGGUACUGCGCAAUGUUGGUUUUUUACGGAAAAAAAAUGCGGAACUACCGAAAGCUUUUCGGCCUCAAAUCCAGAUACUGGUGGAAGGCAGAACCAAGUUGUCCAUAAUAUAUACAGUCUAUGGUUGCCACAUUACAGAAAAAAGAGGACUUGAGCACAAACCAGUCUCACUGUAACUACAUGUCAACAUCACAAGCAGGGGGGAGAAAAAUUUAUGUUCUGUGUAAUAAAUUUCUAAAGUUUGUCCACAGCUCUAUAAGCUUUGCUGGUGGAGGCGGGAUUUAUGACCUAUAAUGCAGCCCGUCAACAGAGGGUGCUGUUCUCGGAGUGGCUUCACCCACAGUCUAUGGUGUUAACCCACAGUCACUUAAUAGAUACAUAGAGGAGGCUGUGCAACGUAAGUGAUUUUGUACGUUUGUUUUUUUUUUUUAUUAAAAAAAGCUUUUUUUGCUUUUUUAUUCAACUUUAUUCAAACAGGAAAGCCUUAUUGAGAUUAUGAAUCUCUUUGUUUGUGAUGUAUGUGAUAUAUAAUAUCAGCAUUAUCUAUUGGCCUUUUGCCAACCUGCUCUAUUAACAUCAACAUCAGCCGUUGAUAAACUGAUAUAGGUCAACCACAACACAAGACAACACGUUGCCUCAUUAUGUUACUCCCAUUGAAAACCCAUUUUAAUGAAGAGUUUCUCACAUUUCACCUUUCUCUUGGAAGAAUGGGAGAAUAAAAUCUGUUUGUGAUCACUGCAGAUUUUGCCUUGUGGGAUAAAAAAAAGAAUCAUCUCAAUGCUUGAAGCCACAUAUGGUGCAGGGGAGCUGGAAACUACUGUGGGACAGAAUAACACUGAGCAGGUUUUAGUCUUUUCCAGAGAUUGUUGAAAAUAAGAGAAACUGAAAUAACACCAGCUUUAUCCUUUAAGACUGUUCCUUUUGGGACCUCAGGAGAUACAGUCUUUUCCAUAACACUUUAGAAACUUGGAUAAAUUUGUUCAAGAGGGGAAGUGAAAUAAAACACACAGAGCAGAGGGGAGAAAAAGAUUUAAGAGUGAUCAUGAAGAGGAAUGAGGAGGUGUGAGAAAAAGGUGAAUUUGUUUGUAGGAUACUUUGUUGGUUAGUACUGAAUUAGUUUCACUUUAAAGAUUUCUGCCACUCUCUUCUACAGGGGUUAAAUAGCUGCUUCUCCAGGGAGCCUGAGCUGUUUAUUUCUCUGGACUCUACAAAUAAAUAGACACAUUAAAGAUCAGGCCUGUGGGAGGAAACAGUUUUUCUCUUACUGCUAAAUUAAAGUAACAAGCAGUCAUCAUAAAUUCUGUUCUUAAGCCCUCCACUGACAAUGAACACAGAGAAAUAUGAUUGAAUAUACACCUACUCAUAAUUCUGACAAGCGUUGAGCUUUUAGACCAUCUGGAAUGAGUCCAGCUGAAGGAAAUUCAAAGAUUUCAGCCGCCCUGAAUUUCUCAGUGUUAUAAUUAGAGUCUGUUAUUGAUGUCCUUUGACCUUUGUCCUCACAGAGCCUCUUUACAAAGAGGCUACUUGCAAUGGGGAAACAUGAGGCAGAAAUAUUAAAGAGUACAGUCCACUUGAGACUGGCUCUAGAAACCCAGAGUGUCCCAUUAACACUCAAGUAGAAUACCUGAUGAGAGAGCAGGCAUGGACACAUUUACAGCCUGGUGCAAAAAGCGCUUUGAGCUUGAAAAGCAUCACACUGUACAGAGGGCAAAAGCUUUUAAACCUACCUGUUUUGAAGACACUGAUUGUUGCAAAUUGAGGCAUAAACAGGAGUGUAGGCACAUUGAGGCUGUUUUACAGGAGACUAAAGGCCAGACUUUUCCUGAGGUAAAACAAAAGUAUGGUUGAAACCUUUCUCAUAUUAAGGUGUUAAAACUCUGCUUCAGAAACCAGUGGGUGCCAUCACUGACUCUUAGUCCAUGUUUCAAAUACAGUAUCUGUUACAAAGUCCUUCACAAAUGUCCUCUAACCCAUAUUAAGGCAAGCUUUUAGACUAUGCUGCACAAGUGCAACUCAAGAAAACCUCUUACAUCCAUGAUGCUGAUAUCCGCAGACCUUUGUCGUGAGAGUGCCAAAAGCCUCUCAUCCUAACUCUGCUGUUUGUUUUGGCUCAGUAUCUGUAAAACAGAUCAAAUGUACCAAUUUGUGUAGGUGAGCAGCCUCAAAAUGUCCCUAAAAACUAGAGUUAAUACAAAUUUAGAUAGCAGCACUUGUCAAUUGAAGAAGAAAUAACUGCGUAUCCCUUAAUGUGAAACUAAUUCUGGUAACAAAACUGAAAGAAAGUCAGUGUUUCCCCUAGCUUUUUCACUGCGGCAGGUGUGUGGUGUUGCGUAUGCUGAGCCAUUUGUCACACCGUGUGACGUAUGUCUAUGGGUUGUCAAAACUAUCCUGCGCAAAACUGGCAGGGUAUGAGCGGCAAGUGCUUGCGACCAGAAUACCAGAACCAGUGAAGCUGAAAUGCCGCGCCUCUUCACUACGCAGCGCGGCAUGUCAGCGUGCGUGUUUAUUGUGGGAUAGAGAGAGAAGCAAAUGGAGAGCCUGCUUGCCGCAGAGGAGCGGAGAGAUACAUUUUUCUUGAAAGUAAUGGAACGAUUGCAAGCUUUAGGGUCUGAAAUUGCACAAAUUAUAUUUUAUAGGCCGUUUUGAUGAAAAUAUAAAUGAAACGUAUAUAUUCAGCUACGACUUCAAUAUCUGGGUUUGGGAUCUCAUAAUACAUUAUAGGGGAAACACUGAAAGUUAAGAUAGCACAACUGGCCAAACCAGUGACCUUUCAUACUCUGCUGUUUCAAACCAUUAAUACGCAACAAAGCAAAGGCUUCAAGUUUUGGUCCAUAAACUCAGAGAAUAACUUUAUUUUUUUUCAUAUUUGUGUUUCAGUUUCAGACAUCACAGGAGUAUGGACUUUGGAUCUGGGUAGACUUACAUUCUGAGACAUAGCCGGUAUCAAAUUUUAAAAGAGGCUUGAUUUUCACUGAGUCCACAGCUGCACAGCUCAGAUGACCUUUCUCAGCAUUUAUCCUUCACGUUACUACAGUCUCUUCUUUCCCUUAGACCGACAGAAAAUAUGUAACCUGUCUCCUUUUUCCCUCCGUGCACCAUCACUCUACUGACCAGCAGUGCAGCUGCAGUUUUAUGACACAGCAAAAAGAGCAGUGUUACCACUUUACCACUGAUUACUCCCCUCCGUUCAAUCACUUUCAAGUCCCCAAAGGCCUAAACUCUUACUCCCACUGGACUUAUAUUUAGUUAGAGCUGUAGAAAAUAAAUGAGGUCAGCCCGAUCCUCUGAUUAUUGGUGGAAUUUCUGACAUAAAAACUUGUCAUGUACAAAGCCACCAACAGUCCUUGGGGAAAUUUUGUUUCAGGGAGGACAGAAACAAAAGUGUACUCUGUACACAGCAGCAAACACACCAUCACCUGCUUUUAUAGCCACUCUGGUCAAAGUUGCACAUUUGCAAAGAGCAGAGCAAACCCAGAAAUUACAGAAAAAGUUAUUUUCAUCUUUGAGCAAAUGAAAAAAAAAAAAAAAAACGCUUUUCUUGUAAGGAAGGAUGAUGAUAUGGUGCCAAAGUUUAUCAGCGCUGACAUUUUCCAGAUCGCCUGUCUAGACUUUUGAAGUGCUAGCCACUUUUGCUUGCAACUUUCCAUAUUAAACAGCUACCUGAAUAAUCACAGGCCUCUUAUGCCAACCAACCUGCAUUCACCAGAAUUGAAUUGAACAAAAUUGAACAAAAGAAACACCAACACUGUGAUUCAACAAAUUACAAAUCCAAGAAAUCAUUUCUGAAGCGGUAGAAUGAAUUUAUUCAAUUCUUGGCUACUUUGAUCAUGCUCUGUAGAGGGCGUCUUUGCCAACCUGAGAGAUUUAAUGAUUAAUCUGUGUUUCCAGACAUUUUAUAUUAUUGUACCGUUUAAUAUCCUGUGAGUAUCCUGAAAAGUGUCCAUGUCCAUGUCGAAAGCCAGCACAAGCAGCAGAGUCCUCUCUCUUGCUCCUGCAUGGUGAAAAUCCCUACUGACUUUAUUGUGAUCAGAUCGUGGAGAAUAUGGUUCAGAUUGAAAGCGUGGGUCCCCUUUCACACUUUGUGCCCGCAGCUGACUGUUAAAGCCUCUUUCACCUGUUUGGGAAUCACUUCAGACCGACUUCAAAAUCGACAAAGAAAUGUCUUGAUGCUUUUGGUCUGACAGCUCACAGGUUUGUCGCCACAGUGUGAUGUCUCCAGCUACAAUGAAACUCCUGUAACUCUGAGACAACAGCACAGCUGAACCACUAGUACAAAAAACUGUACCCCUGUAAAUCAUGGACUCAAGGCUUCUAUACCAUGACAGGAGUGUUUAUCUGAUGGUCUUCAAAGUCCUUGGCAAUUCUGUAACUUCUGAAAUAGACAUCCACUCCCACAGUUCACACCAAGAUCGUCCAACUCUGCAGAGAUUGUCAGUCAGUUGAGCUGUAUUUCAUCUCUCUGUUUUCAAUUCUUGACAUGUCUUCAACAUUUUGAGUGCUUUCCAGGAGAAAGAGUCUGAAAAAUCUGCUCUGAUAUCUUCAUAUAUAAGUUAUUUUUACAUUGGUUUAUUGCAGGCGAAGCGGGGUGCCUUCACCACGAGAAGCAGUGUGAAGUCCUGUGGAGUCUUUGGCUCCUUGAGGAGAAGAACACAACAGGAAUAGAAAUUAAGUUUUGACUGUGAAGUUUAUUCACAUGUAGUGCUCAAUGUUUUUGUAGGCCUAACUUCAGAAUAGAAGGAUGAUCUGGAGUGAGAGCACUACAGUUGCAAAGUUUUAUUACUAUUAGUUGGUUGUCUUUUAAUAAAUCAGCUGAUUUUGAGUUUGGAAAUAAAGUGUUUGGCCUGGUUGUUAAAUGGCAUGCUUUGUACUAGGGACGUAACAGUAUUAAAAUUCUACCUAAUGGUUAUUGUGACCAAAAUGAUCAGUUUUCUGUAUUAUCGCAGUAUUUUUUAAAAUGUACUGGCAUUUAUUAUGGCAAUUUUGAUGCUUUUAACUAGCACUAAACAAUGCCUUUUUUAUCAUAUCAUCAUAUCUAUACAGGAUUACUGUCUUCAACUAAGCAUACCCUUGACAUUCCUAUAAAACCCAAAAUAUGCUCAUACUACCGACUUGGUCCUCUUAGAGAGCUGAUGAAUGUCUUGGGCGCAGUCGUCUCCUCCUUCCGCCAUAAUUCCAUUUAAAACUGUAUUGUAAAACGCAAUGUAAAUGUAAAUGCAAAUUGUAGGCUACACUGUGCGCCUGUGUGGCUACUUCAGGAGACUCAGAUGAAGUUGGGAUGAUUAACACAGGUUUCCCCUACAUGCAUGGCACACCGUUACGGCUAAAUAAAACCCACCACACCUUAAUAUUUUUUUUUUCUUUCGUGGUUCUACCUCGGAUUCAUCAGUAGCUGUAUCAGUAGCUAUGUACACUUGUGGUGCACUGCGGAUCGUGCACUAGCAGUAGCAAAUUAUGUUUGAUCACACAGCUGAUUCAUUACACACACACACACAUACACACCACCACAGAUAGAUUCCCAUCCUGCAGGAAACUGACACAGUUUUUGAAAUGAAAACGGUCAUUGUCAUCAUCAACAUUUUUAUCACAAUUUACCGUUAUACCGGUUACCAUUACAUCGCUACUUUGUAGACAGAGGCCUUGGUUCAAGGCAGGACAAAUGUGUAAUCCUUUAUGGGAAGUCAUUCCCCACUUUUUCCAUCUGUUAAAAAGAGCAAGACAUUGUUUACGUUGAAAAAUAAACGUAUAAAAAUGUGUUUAACAUGUUCAAGAAGUAUAAAUGGUCCAAUAUUGCACUUCCUUGGGUCUUAAUGGGUGUUAUGAAACACUUAACAGACUCAAGCCCAAACUGUGUUAAAUCAAAAGUGAAUAUCGUGGAGUACUCUUCGCCUCAGAUGCUUCUUAUAGAAAGGAGCUUGGAUUUGAACAGGACUACGCUUUCUAAAAAUAAAAGCACUCAAUGAGGUACUUCAAGUCAUUUUGGAUAAAAGUGUCUGCUAAAUACCAUUUAGUAUAUUGUAUUGCUACCAUUAAAGCAAUAUGGACCUCACUCUCUCACUGCCCAUUGACUUCCUCCAUUCCCAAUGGACCAUCUAUCUGUCCAUUGACUGCCAUUUAGUGUCAACGGGUCCAUAACUCGUUAGCAGAAUGACGUUUAGACGCUCAGAGGCUCAUUACAGAGGCCAGGGGUUAGACGGCUGUUGAGGGGACACUUCACCGUCUAUCUCUUUGCACUCGCUGUCAGUUUAUCUACCUUUCUCUUACACAUAUUAUCUGCACUCUCAGGAGUAACAUGCUUUAUUCAUUAACAUGCUUCUGCCAUGUUUUUAAUUCUAAUAAUGCAUCUCUAUAACUUGUUUUUGGCUCUACCCUGCAUGCGUGGGCUUCUUCUAGUCUGUCUGAAUGAGCUGCUCUUGGCCUGCUCGCUCUAGGGGGUCAAUUAUGCCCUUACUGAACAGAUUAAACAAAUCCAUGGGCAGAUUUGAGCAACACGAGGAUGAAAACACACUGGGCAGCUCUGGGUAAACUUUGUGCUCAUGUUUAGACUGAAUUAGACCUUGAGAGGAACCAGGAAGUGGAGUGAUUGAUGCGUAAUUCAUAGAGCUAAUAGCAGCCACGGUCAAUUCAAAGUAUUAUUUAAAAAUGCUCUGUAUGGUGUUGUGGAAUAUGCUGUUUUAGACGAUGAAUGCAGAAAAGAAAAAGGUAUCUCUGAGUUUGAAGAGAGGUUCUUAACACGCACAGGGACGGUUCAAGGUUGAAGCCAAUUUUUCUCUUACUUCAAAUUAUGCAUUUCACAAAAUACUUCAAGAAGACACUCCCAACAUCAGCUUCACACUGUGGGGGAAAGGAGCAUGUUUUUAAAGGUAAGUUCCAACAUUUUUCAUGUAUCAUGAUAAGCGCAGUGUCUAAAAUACAUUUUUCUAUUUCACUACCAACUAACUUUACUUCCUCUUCAGGUUCCCUGCUGAUGUCUCAUCGACUCCAGGUAAUCCACACAAAUUCAAGACAAAACAGAACAAAACAAACAAACUAAAAAAAGCUCAAAGUAAACUGAACAUGGUCAAACGUUUACAGAGAAACAGGAACUAAUGAGUGGUCACUUCUUCCAGGCUUGAGGCAGCUUUCCUCAAACAGGCUGCUCUUUUUUUCUUGUUCUUCUUUUCAUGGGGAACUUUCUCUUUUUGAAUUUGUUGUUGUUUUUUUUUUUUUUACUAAAUCAUCCCUUCAUUCUCAGUUUCUUAAAUACUAAUCUAAUUAAUUUAUCCUUUUUGCCUUUGUGCUGAUAGGGCAACAUUCUUCACGUUUUCCCACUAUUUGCAUUAAAGAAAUGUGCAUUAACCUUUACAUGGUUCAUUCAGAGUUUUAAAUGUCAGUGCAUGAUGCAGACGCUGUUGUAAAAUAAAAGGUUGCCCAUAGACUAGACUUUCUGUUCAGUGUAAUUCCUGCUGUUUGCUGCUAAUUUGGCCACAGGCUGAACAAACAGGUAUUAGAAUUUUGCAAAUAGAAGAAACAAGCUUGUGCACAAAAAAGACAUGAAAAAGCAAACUUAGCAUAUAAAAAUGCUCACUGUGUACACGUCUGCAGGGCAACCAGACCUUGUGACUGACUGUUUCAGCUCAAAAGGAGAACACAAAAAAACGUAUUUUUAAUUGAGUUGGUUUUCUUUCUCAAACUCUCACUGAAGGCAAACAAAAGAUAAAGUAUCACUAGUAUUGGAUUAUGAAAUGGAAAUUAAACCUUGGAUAAAAAGAUAAAUUAUCACUUCCUAACUACAUUUUGUCAGGUUUUAGCUGUAGCUUUGUGAAAAUGUUGAACAAAACUGUGCCUUUCUGGUGUGAUUAAAUUAAAAGUGUCUUAAAAAAUUUAUUAUAAAGGUAGCGAGAUGACUCAGAUUGAAAGUACUGCCCCAAAAUUAGGAUGAACCUCAUUAUUAGUGAUCUGCUUCUUAGGCGCAUUUAAAAAAAUUAAAUAAAUAAAUAGAGAAUAAAAAAUACCUAAGAAAAGGUACUAUCAAGCAAAACACAUUGAACAUAUUUUAAGGUAAAUGUCAAAUUUAAAUGUAGUAAAAGGUGAUCAAAUGUAAUGCGUUAUGCGUUAUAGUUUUCAUUUCCGGUAACCAGUUUAUGACAUCUGCAGACAUGGCGGUUCUCCUAAUGGCAUUAUGGUGGUAUUCAUGGAAGAGCUGAAAAUAAAUCAACAAAAUCAGUAAAAGAGAGGAAAUAGAAGACAAGGGUGGAGCAACAUGCUACUUCAUAAGCUUAACUUUACCUUACAUGUGGUUUAACUUUUGUUUUGCGUUUAAGUCUAUUAGUUAACAAAGUUAUGGAUCUGGGAGAAAACAGUCAAAUGAUUGGUUAUAAAUAAUAGGAGUAUCAGCUUUAAUAUCGUUUUUGGAUUCAUAAUAAAUCAGAAUGUCACCUCUCCCAAAGGGCUGCUACAGAUAGCUGUCUAGCAGUCCACUUCUUCUUCAUCUCCUAUAAAGAACAUGCAGCCCAGCAUCAGGACCAUGAUUAUGAUCUCACGGUGUUACUGUAUGCUUAUUUUUAGUGUCAGUUACCAUUAGUGACAGCAGAAGUGACUAGCUUCUGGCGCCUUAAUUUUUAACCAGUACUGACAUAUGUAGACCGAACUGCGGUUAUUGAAAAAAAAAAAAAAAAACCUUUUCAGAUAGUUAAGAGGAAAAAAAAACUUAUAUUUGUGUAAGAAAAUGUGUUGUUUCUAAAUUUUAUCCAUUGCCGACAUUAUUUUCUUAAUUACUUAUCUUCACAUGCUCAGCCUUCCUCUCAAUCUGUACAGCUCAGCUAAAAUGUUACAUCAGAUAUUAGAAGAUAUUAGGCUUUGGCUUUUCUAUUUUAGAUCAAUGUAAACAGGAUUAUGCAAACCACAGCCUUUCUCUGCCAGUUUGUGGUUGCCUGUGGGAAGCUGUUUUUAUACAAGGAAAAGGCUGUUCUAAGUGCUUAUUUAGGGAAACGUUACGGCCUUGCCAAGUGAGAGUAAUAAUGAAAUUAUAAUCUGAUAAAAUUGUGUUUUACCUUAAUGCGGCUUUUCAUCAGCACAGCACUGCCCUUUAAUUGCAGUAAUGACAAUCCUUGGCUCGCUGGUACAAUCUUUAAUAAAAUGAGUGAUGGAAAAGGAAUGUUGAGACAAGUGAGCACAAACACAGACACAAGCGGGUGUGACAGCCACCUGCGGGAAGCUCCUCCCUUUCUCCCAGCAGCCCUGUAUAAAAGACAAGUUUUUAGGUGUCUCAGUCAGAAACAUCUUUGUCUUGCUGUCUCCCUCUGUCUCAGAGUGAAGAUGACACCGAAGAUGAAGCUCGCCGUGUUUGUUUCCCUGCUGAUGGUUUUCCCCUUCCAGACCGAAGCUGCCUCAUGUAUCGGUAAAACGGUAGACGUGUGGGUGAUUAACGGCCAUGAUCUCACCGGAGACGGACUUCAGCACCCAGACCCCUACGUUAAGGUGAGUUGUGGAAAUCCCUCUCAGGAUGUAAUAAAAAAAAAACUGUUGGAGAAACUUUUCCAGACUAGAAAGUAAAUUAGUCAAAAAUGUUAAAAAUUACAAGAAUGUCAGCAUAAAGUGAAACAUUGACAUAAAAAAAUCCAGCAGGUUUUUCUUUCAUUUGAUGAGUUAACCACUUGUAAUUUUAUUUUGAUUAAUAAUGUCACUGGUUAAAAACAAACUGCCAUUUUUAAUCAGUUCGUUUACAGAUUUUAAUCAGAAAAUCCAGUAAAUUACUGAACAAAAGCGCAGUCAGUGAUGUUUUCUUGAAUGAAAUGUGGGUAUUUUUACAUUAGUCUAAAGAAUACAGCAAAAUGAAUUAAGGAAUUAGGCUACUACUAGAAGAUUUAUUGAUAAAUUUGACUGGAAUAAAGAAUGUGCUUCUAAUAUUGUCUUUUCUUUGAUGUCCACCAUUUUGCUCUUUUCCCUUUUGAUCUAAUUCAGAUUAGAAUCGGAGAAGUCACCAAGCGAACCAGAAUCGUUUACUCAAAUGCUGACCCAGUUUGGUACCAGAGGCUACGAUUCUACGAAGUGACCAGUAGCUUGAUGAGAAUCGAUAUCUGGGAGGCUGACCGGUUCACCGCUGAUGACCACUUGGGAACCUGCAUCGAGCAAAUGGAUGCAGAGGGAACUGAGUGGCAUCCAGUGGUGUGCAGGGCAACGGACCAAGGCUACGUCAAGCUCUUUUACAGAUGUUUUUAA